UCUCUCUCUCUCCCACACGAUCCCAGCAGCACACCCGGAAAAACAGCUGAUGUAUUGGGCAGGACGAGACGUGGCAGAUAAGGGAAAUCCUCCUCUCGUAAGUGAUUCAGUCUGUGUUUUUAAUCUGCUGCUACACUCGUCGAGUGAGUAAGUUAACGGUUUACAUCCAGCUGUUGUGCUUUAAGGAUGCUGGCUGACUGACGCUGACUGGUGGUGCUGCUGCUCGUUAGCUUGGAGGUUUCUCCAGGAAGUGGACUGAUUCUCAUCCUCCCGUGCAGGCCUCGAUGACACAUUGUCGUGUAUUUGAUCGGCAGUCACCCAGCAAGGUUGUCAGUUAUCAUAUAAACAUGAUUUAAGACAAAAGCUAGCCCACAUGUUUGAGCAUUUAGUGUGUUUGGCUUGUUUUUGCUCUAUGUAGCGCCUUAGCUCCAAACCGUUUCCAUAGUAACCUUGGCUCAGUCGAUGUCAUUCAUUCAGGAUUUUAAUCUCGGUAUGGACAUGCAUCUCCUGAUUGACUUCGACGCUCGUGAUGGCUAUUUCAGUCAUAUGCUGCAGCAGAUAUUCCUGUUUUCAAAAGGAUGGUGGGCAGCAGUUUGAUGUUAAAAUGGUUUAAUUCAGUGCCCCAUUGAAGCCUGUUAGGCCUGUUAGUGAGUGGCCUCUAUAUUUGAAAUGUUUGUACUUUCUGUCUUUUUCUUUCUUUCUUUUGACUGGGCUGAGUUUUUCAACUCAUAGGGGAAAGUGGGAUAAGAUGAGGCAUCUUUUAUGUUUCGGAUCACUACAUCAAGACAAUCAUAGUUUUGUCUCUAACUAGUGUAUCUAUAUUUCAAGAUGUUGUAUGUCCCUGCAAACCAACAGAAUGAGUGUAAACAAAACUGUCUUGAGAAUAUAGCAUGCCAAAAAAAAAUGGUCAACUUACCCUUACCCCGUGUAUGGGGUAAGUUGACCAUAGGAGUAGGUUGAGUUGAGCAGUAUCCCUACAACUAUCCCAACAACUGGUACAAUAAUUCCUUUUAUUAUUAUUGCAUAUAACUGCUGAAAAGCUGUUUUGUAAAAAGCCAUUUUAACAUGAGAAUGCCUUUAAGUGAUUCAGAACAUUCACAGCUGUAUUUUUGAAAAGAAAAAGUAACACGUUUCAACAAUCUGGACUGAAACUCUGAUCCUCUCAUCAGACUUCUUCACUUUCUCAGUUGAGCCACUGACUCAACUUACCCCAGAACUACUAUUAUGACUUUAUUAGUCCUCUAAGCAAAAAUGGUGGACUUUUAUGCUAGGUGUUUGACCUCAUGUUGUAGCUCAUAGAUACCACAAUUGGUAAAAAAAAAAAUUAAAGUGAUCUUUUUUGGUCUGAACACAAUUCUGAUAAAACUUAUGACAGACUAGAUACACUUUCAAGAGAGAAAAAUGUUUUUUUUUGGCAAUAAAUGUAUAACCCCUUCACCCAUGUGCUUCUAACCUUCACAGACUCCAUUAAUUGAUACCCAUCUCCUAAAUAUUUGGUCACAUGAUCAAUUUUUUUUACCAUUUCCAAGCAACAGGGAGUGGCUCAACUUACCCUUUGACUCAACUUACCUCACUCUCCCCUACCUGUCAAAGCUAGGGCAUUUAACUCUAGGCCCUCACAGAUUGGCAGGAAAGCUUUUAAAUUGUACUUGUCAGUAGCUACUAUGAAAAUAUUAGACAAGAAUUAUUACAGGCUUGCUACAUCCAAACAUUGCCAUUACUUUUAUAUCAGUGCAUUAGCAAAGGAUGUAAAGAAAACUUUCAUAAAGGAAUUGAAAACUGCUCAGACUGACUCCUUUAGCAGUAAUAUCAAAACAUCCAAAUCUGAAAGGCUGUACUUAUAGUUUUCAAUCAAGACGAGAUCAUAAUAACGGCAGUAUUCAGAGAAAACCUGACCUCCUUGGCCCCACUGAGCAAAAAGAAGGUUUUUUUUGUCUCAAUACAUCAUUUCAAUGAAUGUUAUUUUCGGAGGCACUUGGAUGCUGUUCAAGCUUCAAAGUUCAGGUAAACCAACUCUAUACUGUGUGUGCAGUUACAAACAGUAGAUUAGCACAAUUUAAUCUGAAAAUAGCGCUCACAUUAUACUAUUGUAAAGCUGUUCAGGGGCAUGUCUGUAUUAUUUAAUGUGGGUAGUCCUGCUGAUCACAGCUAAUGUUGUGAACGUUAUUUGUGACUACAGUUGCAAAGUCAAAUUCUCAGUGCUAAAUCCUUGAAAUGUCAACAACCAGUUAUCAAAGAUACUUGAAUAUUUCCUGACAAAGUUUUCUUUUUUUUUUUUUUUUUUUAAUUAAUAACAUUCUUUCAUGGCAGCAUAAUAGAUAUAACUAAUGUUUAACAAGCUGAAUAUCAACAUGCAGAGUAGGCUCAGUAAAGGUAUUUCAGACCAACAGUUCUUUACCUACUUGUUCUUACUGAGAAAAAUAAGCAUUUUCUUUCACAAUCUUAAUACCUAAAUCAGGCAAGGAGCAAAUUUAUCACAUAUUGAAAGGCCAUAAACUUUAAGGAAAAUUUGAUUUAAUUUCCUUUAACUCUGUCUUGGUCCGUACCAUUGAAAAAAUGUGCCAAUAGUUUACUUUUCAAGCUUCUAUGUCCAGUACUUAUUCACAACCUUUGUCUGUUUCCUGUUUGGUGCUUGUGCCAUGGUGUACUGUGUGAUUAUAAUACUUAAGCUUUGAGAUUUAAAAGAUCUGCCUGCAGCUGCUUGAGACGAGGUUAUUGAGAAUGAAGUUUGAGUGCUGAAGUGACAAAAAGAUAUCAAGAACCACAGAGGAUUAGGGUGAGAACUCAAAGUUCCAGAGCACCUUUAUGUGACACUUGAUAAUAUGAAGCACUGUUUAUGUAAAGUUCUGAUAAAUGCAGCCUCAAAUUAAGAGAAACUUUGUAUGAAAAAGAAAGAUCUAGGUAAGUGUAACUACUUUACCCUAGAAGGUGUAUAAGUGCACCAUUACCUUAGAAAUGUCUUUAUUCUUUCCAGGAACCAGAACAAACCACAGCUUUUUGAGGUGAAUGUGAAAUUAUACUGUGCCAAAUAACUUUGGAAAUGUGUUCCCUAUGUCAAACAAACUUUUUGUUUGCUGUAAUCAACAUGAUACAACUGGAGUGUACACUUGAAAAUUAAAACUUUAAAAAAGAAAGUUAGUACACUUCAACAAAUAAUCACAGUUACAAUUAAUCUGCCCAGCGAUCUCAUCCAGUCCGUAAGAAACAUGCCCUCUCUCCAAAUGGCAAAGUAAUUGCAGUCUUUGCCACCUAUACCUCCCACAUAAUAGCACUUAGACCUGCAAUUUUAUUUUCACUCUUCCUCACGUCUCCAUCUGCAUAUGUUAAGUGUAGCAAUUACACAGGGAAAUUGCUUUUAACUACAUGGGGUGUAGAGGAUGGACAGUUUCUUUUCUUGGUAAGAGCAUGAAAGGAAACAAGGGGUGAUAAUAUUACAUUGUUCCAUCUGCAUUCCCAUUCUCACGGGGAGGCUUUGUUCUGAUGCCAGUGUAUUUUUUUGUCUUUUUAAAAAAAAGUUUUAAAAGAUGUUCAAAGUUUUGUGCGUCAUUUGUCAAGAUGUCACUUGGGAACAAAAAGUUAUUUGUUGACUUCCAGUCAGCUCUGUGCAGUUAGGAUGCGACAAGUAGCAUAUUUUAAGACAUGACUGCGUUGACAUUUUAAAGCUUGGUUGAGACAGUGGAACUCAUUUCAGACGGUUAUCUCACUGACUGUUUCAUUAAAGAUUUAAAGGAAUGUACUAAUGUCAUUUUCUUACCUGUUUUGUGUAGUCAGCACAGCCAAACAGACCCUGCUAUGCUUAUUUUACAACAUAUCCCUUUUUGGAAAUUUUCAUUGUCACACUUGAUAGAUAGCACUAGAAUUACUAAUGGGCUACACAUUAUGAAUCAUUAGUAUUUUUAUUAUUGUAGGUACAAAAUGCCAGCAAGAUGUUAUGUCUAAGUCAAUCACCAUGGCUCUGGUCAACAGAGACAGCCAUAAUACUUCUGCCAUAUACUUCACUACCUGGAUGUAAACAAGCAUGGAUAACAGAUGGCUUCUCGGCAGUGUUUAGAUCCAUAAAACGGAGAUUAAGUUGUAUGUAGGUUGUCAGCCUAAACUGGCAGUGCAUAAACGGCACAGGUAUGUAGAUCUUAACCCGCAAGGAGCACUAAAGACAGGGGACGCUAGCUCUGCUAACUGUCAGCACUCUUUGCAAACUCAUUUAGCGUAAACUAUAUGUGAUCCUGUGUUUAGCCAUUUUUAUUAAUUGUGAUAAAUUAGGACUGUCUACUUUCAAAGUAGUGGUUUAGUCUUAACUUCGAAUUCAGUUGAAAAGAUUAGGAACUAAGUCUCUUUGGGACACUUGUGUUAGAAAACUUUGCUUUUGUACUGGCGAUCCAGAGAAAAAUGUUCAUUUAAGAAUCACAGAUGCACUCCAAGUUUACGUCCGUUCCUCUUUAAAAUUUUAUUUCUUUCAUGUUUGUGUCUGUUACUCCCAAAUAGAGCAGCAACAUCUCUGCCUGUUGUUAGUUAUGCCUAUUCAGUUACGUUUGUUUCUGACGAGAUGUUAUUAAGUGAGCACCACAGUCCUAUAGCAUUGGGAUGGUGUUAAAGAUCUGUGAUCACAUCUGUGUGCUGACAUCACUCUUGUAAAACUGUAAUCUCACCUUCUUUACUGCUCUUAUGACUGCUACCAUUCACUGGACGCUGCUGCUGCUGCAGGACCUCCAGGCCUUUGGGACUCUCUCCUUCUUGCAUCUCUAGUCUCUCUCUCUCUCUUUCUGGUUGGUCCCUCCACCCCUCUGUGACCUGGGGAUGAACGCACCAAUGAGGAGCCUCACAGUGAGUCCUCCUGAUCCACCUUCACCCCUCAUCUUCUUCUUCCUCCACUACACCUCAGUCACCACUCACUCACUCACUCACUCACAGAGUGUGUGUCGCAUAUAUGCCUUGAUGUCAGACGUGGUGGGCAUUCCUGUCUCUAUGAGCGUACUGUAGAUGUGGGUAGUGUACUGUAUACCAUAUAAGCCAUGAUGUUGACUAACUGUUGUGUGUUAUUUACAGGGUAUGCCUGAUCGCAUGUUAUGUGCAGUGCUGGAGCAAUUUCAGCUUUACUUUUCCCUUUGGUAUGUGCGCUUUGUCUCCAUUCAGAGUGUCAUUUCUUCUUGUGUUUCUUACGUUGAAACAGCCUGUACAAUUUUCUUUUCUGCAUACAGACACACACAAACAAAAACAUUGCACUGACUUGCACAAAAAAAAAAAAAAAAAAAAAAGUUUGGGUUAAUAUAGCUCUGACCUAACUAACUUUACCCACUACCAAUGGGUUGUUCAGUCAGGUCCACUUUUCAUCGAAUGAAUUCAUCAUUUGCACUGCAGUUAUAUUUGGCGGUAUGGCUUUGUUCUGAGAGCUUCCAUCCUUUCCAUGCUAAAGUCUAAAGCUAAGAGAGCACACCUUGCCUCUGUUUCAUGUGCACACAUGAAAGGCCGAGGCAGGGGGAGCAGCAGCAAAGACCUUUCGUAAGAGAACAGAGCGGGCAUUAGUGACAAUACAAAUGAGACUGGUAAAAUCAGACUCAGCAUAAACAGGAGGAGCUGGGGCGGAGCAAGGUUGCAAAGAGGUUUGCAAAGGAAGCAGCAAAAGGAGAGAUGUUUAAGUAGUUUAUAUAGAAACCUGUUUUAACAUUGGCCAUCAGGGUGCAUGAAAUCUAAUUAACUGAGCUUAACUGGGCUGGCAUAAGGAUCAACUGAUGCACUGUGCGGCCUGCUUGAACUAAUGCUACACUUAAUAUUCGCCAACUUCUUAGUUUGUUUUGUUUUUAUUACUUUGGGGUUGUUUAUCCUUUUCAAAUAUAGUCAAAAGAAUUCAGAGUUUAACACAAAUUUUACUUUUGAACUUUUACAGAGCUGAUGUUUGUUUAAAAGUGUUUAUAUCAGAGGGAUGGGGGUGUAGUGGUAUCAUCAUCUCAUUGAGUGAUAUUACUGUAAAAAGUCCACAGUACAGUAUUUAUUGUUGUAUUUAAAAAAGGGAAUGUGGUCAAUAGCUUUGGUCAGUUUGUGUGUAACUUUGGCCUUCUUUUCCUUUUUUGAAAGGUUCCAAGUAGUGUUUACUAACCUUCUGAACCUUCAGUGGUGACCAUGGAAAAUGUCUGUAGGCUGUUUAGUUUAGUGAUGAUUCCUGUAAUUUCUUAAACUCUUAAGUGUCUUUUGGCCUGGCUAGUUUAUUCUUUUCUUCUAUCUUCUUGAAAAUUUCUGAGGUGAAGAUUUGCCAAACGGCUUAUUGUAAUCAUCUUUUCUGAUGCAGUCACCGCAGUCUGUCAGUGUUAGCAUAUUUUCCUCUGUGUCCUGUCACCUUUUCCCUCUCCAUAAUUUCUUGACAUGAGGAAAUGGAGAUGCUUCCUCAUGUCAGAUUUAAAACCCACGAAACCAUUUAGGUUUUUGCUUCAGGUUUGUGCUUUGAAUCUGCACAUGCUUUGUUCACAUGACCCUUGAGUGUUUUACAGGCCUGUUUCUCUUAUGUCAGCUCAUGUUGUGAUUUUGAUAUUGGCACUGGGUAAUGUUGACCUGUUCUAUUGUUGGUGCUAUAUUGACCCACACUGAUUCAGUUUUGACACUGUGAUUUUUAGCCUGAGGCUAACAACAGCUCAAUCCUCACUUUAUUCACAAGGAUGUACAGCUUAAUCUACUGGUGUCUUGGUGCUCUGUAUAAAGAAGAUCACAUGUGAUCUUUUCCAAUGGUAAGUUUAUGAGAGCCUUCCCCGAUUAGCUGUUCAGAUACACUUGUCUUGUGUUCCAUGUGUGCUACGUUGUGUAUCACAGUGGCCAUCAAACAAUGCAACAUGUGUUAAAUUUUUAGGCGCUCAUCUCUGGCAGUUCAAGUCAGGGUAGUCUUUUUUUGCUGAAUACACAUCGUAGUAUACAAAAGCAUGGUACAUUCAGAAGCCACUAUUGAUACACAUCUUAUUUGAUACAAGAGUACUACAGUAUUUUGAAGUAUUGGUAAGCAUGAGCUCUUUACAGUAUUAGACUUUUUCUGAAAAAGCACAAGUUUUGGGUCAGUUAAUGCUAACAUAGAGCUGCAUUAAUUACAUAUUCAAAGCAUUUGUUCGGGUAUUAAUCCACCUGGUGGAGUAAAAAAAAGUCCUACUGCCCCUGCCCAGACUUGGAUGUAGCCAGAGUGUUCUCUUGUUGCUCUUUUAGCUUUGGUCACUGUGUGGUCCGCCUCCCUCUCUCUGUUAGAUCCACUCUCUGUAUAGCACGGCAAGCCCCAGCAUGCUGAAGAGGAAACAGAGCUCGCGGGUCGAGGCCCAGCCCAUGACGGACUUUGGGCCGGAUGAGACCCUCGCAGACAGCGCUGACAUCUUCUGGAUCAACAAACCAGUGAGUGGACUGGCAUGUUCAGCGUGGUUCACUUACCAAAGUGAAAUCCUGCACUGCUAUAUCUCUUCCAUUUAAUCCAGAGAUUUAAUCCAGAUAAUACUUUGUUGAUGUUCUUUGAAAUAUUGUUCUGAAAAUAUGGGAAGAGCAUCAAAAUAGAAAGCCUCACAGCACUCUGGCAUGUUUUUUUGUCUUUUUUUGCAGUGGGUGCAUUCUCUUCUAAGGGCCUGUGCAAUCAUCAGUGUCAUCUCCGUGUGUAUGAACACUCCCAAGACAUUCGAACACUACCCUCCGUUGCAGUAUGUGACGUUUACGCUGGACACAUUGCUCAUGUUCCUCUACACUGCUGAGAUGAUCGCCAAAAUGCACAUCAGAGGAAUCAUCAAGGUAGAUUUUGACUGAGAUACAAGGUCACAAGAAGCAUAGAGACAAAGACAACCAAGCAUAGAAAUAAAAUCUCUGAUUGCUUUGUUGUUUAUGAUAACUUUCUGUUGUGUUCUUGUUAAAAUUGGUGAUUUUUCACCUACAGUUGGCCAGCAACUGAAGAAAAGUUCAAAAAGUUAAAAUGUGGAGGCAUAAAAUUUUUGACAUAUUCAACCAUUCCUAAGUUACCGUUAGCUGUCAUGCAACACAAGCCGUAGACACCCCCUAUCUUAUUUACUGUCAGCAUUUGGACCAUUAGAAUAGCAAGGAAUUAACAGACUUAAAGUAAGCAUAACUUCAGCUUUGAACAUUUAGUCAGUGAGAAACUAACAUACUGUUUUCCAAGUGUUUAGUUUAAAAGUAAUUUUAGCAUUUGCAAAUUUUUUAUAAUAAUAAUAAUAUCAAUAAUUUUAUUUAUAUAGCACUUUUCAAAACAGACUUACAAAGUGCUGUUUAUGUUUGCUUGUCUCUGUUACUGACAACAUGAAGUUAGAAAAAAUGUCAAAUUGUUGCUCAUUAGGUCUAAAAAGUAAUCAGCAUGUUUGAUAAUUUGUUUGCUUGUCAUGCAGGCUAACAUAGUAGCAAAAAAACCUCAAUCUGUCCUUUUAUGUUGUGUGACACUAAAACAGGUUUAAAUACCAAUCAGGUUGGCUCAGUGACAUAUGACAUCAGAAUCACUUUCUAGCUAACAUACUAAAAAGGAUACUGUCUGUCUGUUUGACAGACAGUAUAUUUUCUAAAUUGGGGCAGCAGUAGCUCAGGAGGUAGAGCGGUCGAUGGUCGUUCAAUUCCCCCCUAUCCGAGUCUGUCCGCUGUGUCCUUGGGCAAGACACUUAACCUACCUUGCUCCCAGUGUGAAUCCUCCACUGGUGUAUGAUUGUGAGUGUUGUGUGGUGGUGGUCGGGGAGGCCGUAGGUGCAAACUGGCAGCCACGUUUCCAUCAGUCUGCCCCAGGGCAACUGUGACUACGAAGGUAGUCUACCACCUCCAGGAUGUGACUAUGUAACCAAUGUAAAGCACUUUGAGGGUCUCUGAUGAAGCGCUGUAAGAAAUCUGAUGCAUUAUUAUUAUUAUUAAAUUGUGUGUUUGCUGGUCACUACUACUAGCAAACACCUAAAGUGCGGAAAUUCCUCACUAACAUCAUGUGGUUCUUUCAGGGGAGUGGCUAAAUGCUAAUAUUAGUGGAAGGAUUAUUACCAUUAAUAGCGAAGAUGCUCAUAAAUCUCAGAAACAGUAAACUGUUGAUGACUUGCAAGUUCCCAUAAGUUCUUUCUUAGUUGGUACUCUCUUUAUAAGACAUAAGGAGACUGCUUUGAUAUUUAAGCCAGUCUUGUAAUAUCUUAUAAAUCAAUGAAGGGUAUAAUUACCAUCAUCUCAGGCAAUAGUUUUCAAAGGUAUGACUCUUUUGUAUAGCAGCGGAUUUUCAUCACUUUUUUUAGAUUCAACCUUACUUGUUUUGAUGAGCUGCAAAUUUGGAUGAAUCAACGCUAUUCAUAUUCAAGGUAGACAGAUAAUGUGCUAUAGAACAGUCCAGGAACAGACAGCUGGCGGAUGAAAGGACCGUAAUUACAGCCAUAAAAAGAGUGGACAGCUUAAUUGGCAAAUCACGAAUAACAAGCAGGGAGGCACUGGAGGACACAGAACAAAAAUCACCAGUACAACACCGUAAAACCUAAAACAUUCCUUCCUCUUUUGUUUCUUCUUGUUUUUAAAGUAGAAAAUACUUUAAUCCAUUAAUGCCUAUUUGUCUAUUUUCUGUGUUUGCAGGUUGAAAUGACCUUAUACAAUUGACGCAUCACACAGUUAAAGUUCAAGAUUUCAAAGUUCUAGUAAUUUUCAUUUUAACGUCAAUGACAUUUGAUAUGCUCAACAUGUCUCAACUCUCAGUGAGUGACACUUGAAAGUAGCAUUUUGGAGCUGGCGGAUCAAAGUGCCAGCACGAAACAAAACAAUCCCCACAGCCUGGUAAAAUUGCAUCUUUUGCCUUUUGUCAGUGUGUGACAAACAUGGUGUUAUCUUUAGAGUGUUUCAGAACACACCCUGCCAUUUGCAGCCUUUCUUCCUGUGGAAGACUGACCCCUUAAGAGCUUUUUACAGACUCUCUCUGUCUCUGUAAGUGGUAAUUAAGUAUGCCCAUUUCAGCUGGCCCCAUGACAUUUGAGUUUAUUCACACUUCAGGGCCUUAAUCAUUUCUGUCUUAUCGCUUUGAAAACAGGACAGUUUGAAUAUUGUGCUCUGCCUUUAAAAAUGUGGAAAUUUCUGUUCUGUUGUUUGCUUCAAACAUUGCCACUCCAUUACUUUUGCAAGCGAUGGCCCUCCAUCCCAUAAAAGCUUUUCCUGUCAGAAUGGUUGGUACUUGAUAUUGGCGACUUUCAGAACAAUAAAAACUGGCAGUAUGAAGUCCUGGAGAAACAUCACAUUAUGUUUUGUUAUUGGAAUGCACUGUCUAUCUUUAAAAUAUAAAUCCUUGGAUAAAAAUAAUAUUCAGUUAUUUGUGUACUUCUGCCCUUUUUUGAUGAAAACUUCUUCCAAGGACAUUUUGUUUUGGUCCUGUUUGUUUGUCUGUAUGCCAGUGGGAUAAUAAAAUCUCCUUUCCUUAUUCUAUUUGAAACAUGUUGGAAAUGUGUCGCAUUGGCUUAGGACAAAGGGUUACAUUUUAGAUCGGAUCCAGAUUCUGUUUAUGAAAAUCCAGUUGUGACUAAAUUUAAACAACCGCUGCCUAAGAAAGUAGAUUUUAAAAAACGUGGUUGAGCUACAAACUUAACUCUGUUAGCAAACCUAUAUUCUGUCUUUCAUUUCAAACAUUUUUCCUCUUUCUACAGGGUGAUAACUCCUAUGUCAAGGAUCGCUGGUGUAUGUUUGAUGGAUUCAUGGUGUUUUUCAUCUGGGUGUCCCUGGUGCUGCAGGUAAUUUUCUGCUAUUAAAAUUCCUGUGAAAGUUUUUAGGAUGCUCCUUGUUAUUAGUGAAGAACAUCUAUAAUUAGUCGACAUGAUGAAAUGUUUCUCAUUGUCUUAGGUGUUUGAAAUCGCGGGGCUUGUGGAUCAGAUGUCACCGUGGGGGAUGCUGAGAAUCCCACGAGCGCUCAUUAUGAUUCGGGCCUUCAGGAUCUACUUCCGCUUCGAGCUUCCUCGCUCACGUAUCACCAACAUCCUGAAGUAAAACAAAGCGUCACAUUUUUCAGUAGUCUUCAUUAUUAGUCACAAAUUUAAAACACAAAACAGAUCAGACCUAUGUAUAACUUUUUUUAUCUCUUCUGCUCUGCAGGCGGUCAGGAGAGCAAAUCUGGAGUGUCUCCAUCUUCCUCUUGUUUUUCCUCCUGCUUUAUGGAAUCCUGGGUGUGCAGAUGUUUGGAACGUUUAACCAUCACUGUGUUACCAACGACACACAGAAAGGGUAAGAAGAAAGAAGGAAUCCUACAUGACUCUUUUUUGUUUGUUUCUUUGUCUGCUCUGUUUGGAGUGAGCAGCGUUAUUGAAUAUACAGUUUCCUGCUUGUGAAUGAACAUCUUCGUAUGCUUUUAAGAAGGCUUUAAUGAAGUCAACUUCAUGUCUUCUAAAGCAGUAAUGGCUAAUAUGGAGUAGUUUUAGGGAGCUAAGAGAUGCACACAUUUCUGUAUCUUUGUUAUCCCUGUGUGGACAAUGCCAACACCAAAUGCAAAACACUACUGGACCUCUUACACGGCACAGAUUUACAUGCCUUUAAACUAAUCCAGGCAAACAUCAAAUUUGUGCAAUACUGGAAAUAAAACUUAAGCAGAGAAAUCUUCCUUUUGUUGCGGAAAAUAUUCACGAUGCUGAACUGCAAUUUUUGUAAUGUGACUGAUAAAAUUCCUUUUGUAUAAUAGCAAAUAGUACAAAUUCACACCAUAGAGAAUAUUAUGAAAAGUGUGCCACCUUAUCAAGUGUUUAGCAGAAAUAGAGCUCUGGAAACUUGUCCCUCUUUAAAAUGAUCAUUGUGUGAGAGAAUCUAUUUGCAUUGAUUGUAAAGAUAAAAAACAAUGGUUAAUAUUUAAUGUCAAACUUACAUAAAUCUGGUCUUUGACGCAUCAUGCUGCACUAUUUGUAAGCCAGCUGUUUGGGGUAAUAUAACUGUGUCCUGAAAACAGAAUCUCGUCUCUGCACACUAAAGCUCAGUUAUACACAGCUGGCAUUAAAAGGUGUAUGCAGUGUGGUAAACUUGAAUGUUUGUCUGACCCUGCAACUUUCACCUCGAGAAACGCUUUACAGCAGUUCAAGUACACGUGACAAGUUUUGUGUUUACCUGAUUCACCUGCCAGGAUUACCCAGGAUUCCUGACUGUCUGAAACCGAAAACGGUGUCUAGUUUAUACCCUGCUGGGGUGUUCUGCUUUGAUUCAUCCAUUCAGAAAACACCAAUGAUGGGUCAGCCUGAUCAGUUAGUAUUGGUCACCUACUGAGCCACAAUUUGUCUUUACUGAGCUUACGUACACAUCUGCAUAAACAAUUCUCAACAAAAUGAAAAAAAGAAAAACACUCUCAUGCUGAAAUUCUACAGAAAUCCUUUGGAAGCUGCACCGUAUGGAUGUGGCUGAUCUGAAGGUUUCAGAGUCUUUAAACAUUUUCAGACAAAAUGAAUUUAAAUUCAAAGCCAUUCAUUAAACGUUUGAAUCAAAUCAUUCAGUUAAGGGUGAUGAUAAUAUGAUAGAGAGAACGGUCUCGUCUUUGAGUCUAAAGAUAAAAUCAUAAUGGUCAAAGCCCCAGGCUGCAGGGAGAGCUAACACUGAUUAUGAUAAUUAAAGUUUCCUGCUCUGUCAAGCCUUUAUAUUAAGCUCACUUCUGCUCAUCAGCCACCCAUCUAUCUCUCCUUACUGAUUAUGUGCCUAAGCUCCCCGGAGACUGAGCAUACAUUGACCAUUAGCAGGAAGAAAGAUACAGUAGCUCAGAACAUUUUCACAUUUAUAGCCCUAUCGUCUGGCUCCGACAUCAUUCCAAAAGUGGCACAGCAGCUGGUCAUCUCAUUCGUUUGCUGCUCUGCUCCUUCCCCUCAAAAUCCCUCUUAUACAGCAUGUAUGUGUUUUUAAUGGAGUAUUUUAGAAAUGUGUCAUACAAACACUGAUGUGUCUAAUCUCUAUCGGCCAUAUGCCCUUGGCACAAAGUCAAAGCUCCUGAGCCUGUCACACACAAGGGAUUUGAUGGGAAUUAGGGAAAAAUAGCAGGGGUGACAUUUUGUGAUAUGGAUAUUAGAUGAAAAUGGUUUUGGAUUUGUGAACAAAACAGGGUCUCGUCCUCUGGAUUUCAGGAUGUCUGCCAUUGACCUUGUUAUUUAAGUCCUGAAUAACAUGCAUAUAUUUGUAGAGCAUUUGUAGAGCUAUUUUGUAUUUCUGUGAAGCUACAGGUUGCUGAUCCUGGAUUUAAAGGUCUUCUCCUGUCAUAUAAAAUAAGCCUUUGUAAAGAAAAGAAAACCUAUCUAUAUUGUGGUUAUGAUCAGAAAUAUUAAAAGCUCCUGUAAGCCUUUUUUUAAAGUGGUCAGAAAUCAAUUAUGAUGCCUCUAAAUGACCAACAAAAGGAUAUCACACUAUAAGCCAUAUGAUUCAUUAUUUUUUAGGAAUUAUUUCAUAUUUAUAUCACCCCUCUAACAGGAUAGGUGUCAGACAAGGGUCAUUGCAUCACACUGCACAAAACGCCUUCUCCAGAUUUCUCCAGUGGCAGUGAUUUUUUGUGAGAGGUCUUGCACAUAGUUUACAAGAGUUGCAACAAAGCUUGAAAAAUCUAUGCAGGAGCUUUAAUAUCAUGAGUUAUUUUCUAAAUGUGUCAGUUUUAUUUUAAAACUUGUUUGAGGAGUUUUAGCUUUUAUGCCUCUUAUUGAGUAACUUAGGCUAAAGAAGUCACUAAUUUUAAGUCUGAAAGAGACAUUGCAGCUGAGUGCAAACUUGUCAUGCACAAGUUUGUUCUAGUAUUGGAUCAAUAUCGGUAUCGGCCAUUAGUGAAAGCUACAAUAUCAGUAUGGUAUCGGAAGUAAAAAAGUUGUUUUCAUUGCUUGUAAAUCUUGGAGGGGGUAGGUGUAAACAUACUGGACACUGCUGGAACAGGCUUUGUUUACAGUACCUGAGGUAAAGAUUUAUGGUUGGUGACUUGUUUAACUGUAAAUUGGAAAAAAGAAUAUGAUUUUUGAAAGGAAACAACAUUUAGACAUGUACAGAAAAGGCUCCUUAAAAAUGUAAGACAUGCUGUCCACAAGGAGCGUCAAAAUCAACAUCAACUGAAAGUUCUUUACUGGAGCUUUAAGGAGAGCUUUUAACAGUUUUUUUUUUUGAGAGAGAAAUUGUAUUUACUGGUCAUUUGUGUCCAAAUAGAUAAUGGGCUUCACAAUUGCAUAACUAAGUUUGAAUUCAUAUGCUCAAGGCCCAUUUUCUGUGAACUGUGAGUCACUGAGGGGGUGUUAGAAAAGGUGGGCAGAGCUUGUUAACGGCACCUCACAUUUUCAAUUAUGCCUCACAAAUUAUUCUUUUGUGAUCAUAUGACUAAUUCAGUGUGAAAAAGCAUCAUAAAUUAUUUCUUAUCACAAAUAUGUUUUGUUUUUCAUGUCAGACUCACUAGAAUGAUAACAGCACAUUAAUACUGGACAUUGGGUUUUUCAUUUAAGGCUUCAUUUAUCACCCCUUUGUCAUCAAGAGACAUGAUUUCUUUGCUGAGACACAGUGGUAUUAUAAAACCCAGCAUAAUUAGCUUUAUCAGGAUUCAUCACUAUGCCUCUGGCUGCCCUUUGUGAUGGUGCAAUAAAUUAUCCCCUCUGAUCCUGUACCCCUUAAUAAACAAUUUGGAUGAAUGUCUGGGCAGCCAAUUUAUAGGCAUUAAUUUUCAUUAGAGGAAUCAAGCAGCUCCUGGAAUAACACCUGUGGCUGAAAGACAGGGAGACAUGGGAAGAGACAGGGAGGGGUGGCACGUGUCCUUAAUCUCUUUUUGCAUGCGAGUUAUUGCUGCUAAUUCUUCCUGUGUGUCAAGUUGUUUAAAAUAGUCAUUCACAAGCCAUUUUGUGAGAAAGACAGAAAGAAGGUUUGAGUGAAAAAGGACAAGUUUGAUCUGUUAGGAAACAGCACAAGCUUCAAGAAUUGCAUCGCUGCUACUGCUUCCUGUCAGCUUUGGGUGUUGAGAUGUUUUCUUGUUUCACUUCAGUACAGCCAAACACAACUAGCAUUUUACCACAGGGUUGGUUUCAUCUUCCAGAAAGUAUUUCCAUGAUUAGAAGUGCUGAGUCUUUUUGGCCUGAGCCUUUAGCUGUACAUCAGUGGUAUCCUCAUUUUUCCUGUUUACAGUUCUCACUUGGAUUAAAUGUAAAGUUAUAGAGUGCGGUGUAAAUUUAAAAGGGUACCUUUGACACUCAAGUUGUGCACAUGUAUCUCAUUUUCUUUUGUUUUGGUUUUCAUUUUUAGACAUCAAUUCCAUUCACAACAGAUUGCAUUAACAUAAAUUUAAAUGUACUUUACUUUUGGUCAGAAAUGUGUCGUGGAACAGCUUGGCCAUCCCGGACACCCACUGUUCCCCUGAUGGUGAGGGCUACCAGUGUCCUCUGGGCUUCAAAUGCAUGGACCUGGAGGAGCUGGGCCUGAGCAGGCAGGAGCUGGGAUAUAGCGGCUUCAAUGAACUCGGUACACUACAAGUUAAACAGACACAUAUUUAAGGCAUUCAAACACUAACACAUACUGUCUGAUGACUAAUUCCCUGAAGAGCUUUACAUAAAAACAACCUUGACAUUCUUUGUAUAUAUCACCUCAUUACUGUAUAUUGUAUAUAUGUGAAAGGGAGCCCACAUCUUGAAAAAACUUGUUUUUCCUUUCACUGACACACAGGUAUGAACUAUUCUUUCAACAAUCUUGGCAAAGAGUCAAGUAAGAGCUGAAGUGAGACCUGCAUGUACCAGCUUUUAGUGCAAAGCUGUGCCAUUCAGCAGCAUCCUGCACGCUUAUCAGCUGAACAGAGCUUAAAUCCAGUGUCGGUGCACAGUGCAGUGUCCCUAAUCUGUAGAUAGCUGUGAAGGAGAGCAAGAGUUUCACGGUAAACAGGACUGUGGAGGGCAUUAUGUUCUGGAAUUUGGCACAGUUACUGCAAUGGGCAACCUAAACGCAUUGAAGUAGCCAAACCUUUAGAUUUAGAGUGCUGUGAUUUAAUAUAAGGGGCUUAUUUUGUCCAUAUGAAUGGAGUUUAAUGAGGAUUUUGGUGCAUUAUUGUAACAACACUGAGGACACAAAGCUGUUUUUUUUGACACAAUUAAAGUAAUCUAGCCCAGAUUCAUUACUGUGAAAUGAAAAGCUCAAAGCAGUGAUAUGAUAUGAUUAAUAUUCCUGACUCUUUCAGAUCUGCCAGCUGUCUAUCAGCUGCUUUUGACAGCUGUUGGCUACUCUGAUGCAAGUAUACAAGUAAACACUAAUCUGUCUGUACUUAAAAUCACAUCACACGGUGUUACUAGACGUUGAAAUAAUAUAGAGUGAUGUGUCUUUCCUGAUUUAAUCAUCCCUGGCCCGGUGUUUUAAAGUGCAGACAGUUAAUUUGCAGAGAGCAGCCAAGAGUUUCAUUUUGUAGUUUGGCCACCGCUCAGUAUUUUGGUUAAUUAACUACAUCUGACCAAAUUUGUCAGUGACAGUGACAAAGACAUGCAUUAAAGAUAAUUUCAUCAGAUUAAUGAGGUUGCCAAAUAGUUAGGGCUCUUAGUCUUGUCAGUACAAAGAGGAAUGGAACUUCGAGGGUCCUAGGAGGCUAGAUUUUUCAUCCUGUGCGCAGUCAGAAUACGCUCCCUCUAUAGACAAAAAGAGCCCAACAGUGACAGAUUUCCUCUGUAAUAGCUCUUUUCAUGCUCUCUGUACAUCUGUCUGAUGAUCCUGUCUCUGCCUUGGUUUAGGCACAAGCAUCUUCACCGUGUACGAGGCUGCAUCACAGGAGGGCUGGGUGUUCCUCAUGUACAGAGCCAUCGACAGUUUCCCUCGCUGGCGCUCCUACUUCUACUUUAUAACCCUCAUUUUCUUCUUGGCAUGGCUUGUCAAGGUUAGAGCAAGUCUCUCUUUACUGCACUUUUCAAACUGCUCUCCGCUCCCUGGCAUGGCUGCAGGCUGUAGCAGAACACAUAAAAGGUUUUGGUUAAUUGACAUAACCUAAUCUUUCACCUACAGACAUUACCAUUUCCCCUUGUUAGUCGAAUGUUCUCCAGCUAAUGAGAAAAUGAAUGGCAUGUCAUGGAUACUGAGGGAAGUCAAGAGGCAGACCCGCACUUGGUCAUUUAUUUUUAAUUGUCACCAUGCUCUUUGUCUCUCCCUCUUUGUCCGUUUUACUCCCUCAUUAUCGUUUCUCUUUCACAGAAUGUGUUCAUUGCAGUCAUCAUCGAGACAUUUGCAGAGAUUCGGGUGCAGUUUCAGCAGAUGUGGGGGUCAAGGAGCAGCACCACCUCUACUGCUACAACACAGGUAGAGCCAUCACUUUUAUGGGUACAAAAUGACAAAGUAGAGCAACUUAGAUAAUAUAUAGCAAAGUCUAUAUCAUACCUUACCCUCAAAUGUCUUAAAUACCUGCUUUCUUUAAAAGCUGGUUGAGGUAUGGAGUGUUCAAAGUUGGUUAUAUCAUCAAGGUUCAGUGCAUAAAUAUUGCAUGAAUUCAGAAAAUCAAAGGAAUGAACACAAACACAUUUUGACAGGAUGACUUUCUUAAGCUUUGCAGGAAUGCACAGUCAUCAAUUAAUACCUACACUUUCAUCAAAACUGGCUCCCUAAGGGGUCCACAGACCAACGGAUGCCUUUUUUUUAUAAUAAACUGGGAAUUUUGAUCCUGAAAUCUGCUUCAAAACAAGAUGUAGGAGAUAUGAACUGUCAUUUUUUUUAUCUAUUUUAAUUCAACUGUUGAUGCAGAUUUUUAGCUGUUUCAAUAAAACUGUUGAAACAGAUUCAUUCAUUAGAUGAUGUUUGGGUUUUGGUAAGGGCUUCUUCACUGAUUUGAAAUUGUGUGUUUAAAGAAAGAUCUGUUUAUCACACCGUCUUAAAAUGACCUGGGUCUUUUUUUUGUAAUCUCCCAGUUAUAAAAGCGUUUCAAAGGUUUUAGACUGAGGCUGUCACAACGUCAGAUUUUCACCUCAUGGUCAUUGUGGCUGUAAAAUAUUGUUAUGAUUAGGGAAAACACAUUGCUUCAUUAACUUAACUAAUAAAUGCAAUUAACUUACAUGUUAUCAACCAUUUCUAAUAAUAUUCAAAUUUAUCAUUUAACAGCACCCCUGAGACUGAAACUACCCUAGAGUGGGCAGUGGUAUAGCUUUUUGAACAUGAUAUACCCUGCAUUAUCAAACCGGGCUUAUAUUUGGAAUUAUACUCUUUCCAGUCAAUUGUGAGUUAUAGAACUGAAUGACAACAGUUAAAAAAAGGUCUGAAAGUAUAAAUAUACAAUUGAUCCGUAACCUGAAGAGGCAAAAGUUAUGAUAGUGUUUUUGGAUUUAAAUGAAUAAAUCUUGAACAUCUGUGUUAUUGGUGCCCAAUCAUCUCUUGAAGGGCUGCUCUAGCAGAAGAACCUUCUCCAUCUUCUUCUUGCCUACCCUUUGUUUUAUGAGCAUUGAGGACCACUGCUAUGAACUCUGGGUAUUACCUUUAGCCUAUGUGUAGCAAAGAACUUGAUUUUUUAAAAAGACAGUUAUUGUCAAUACCAAUAUAUUGUAACAGCACUUAUUUAGAAUCAGAUUUGUGUUACUCAGAGAGAGACCUGCUAAACUAAAAUAUAUGCUAAAGAUUGAUGUGGAGAUGUUUGUUUCAGGUCCUUAUUUCUCUGAUUUUAUACAUCCCACUUCUUAAAGAUGCAGUUUGUAGAAGUGGAGAUCUGUAUCUAGCAGUAGUAUUCCAGAUUGAAACACUCAUUCGCUUACCCCUCCCUUUGCUGUGGAAAAGAUAGAUAGAAGGAGUAGAUAGAAAACGCUCAUUCAAAAUAUUUGGGUGAUUAAAAUUAAGAAGAAGAAGAAUUUACACAUUCUUACAAAUUAAGCUCCACGUCUACAGAGUCUGUUUUGAUAAAUGCUACCAAACACUGUACUCUGCAUCUUUAAGGUCAUUUCCUCAUGUGUCUGGAAUUUGGGAACAUAUUGUCCAUCAGUGCGUCUAUAGCACAAGGAAAAGCAAAACUUAUGUGAUAGAUGUCUGGGGAAGCAAUUUAGAUGGAAGUUUCCUGGCCUUGGAGGCACGGUGGAAAAAGACUCAGAAAGUGGAGGCAGGGUCCUGCCACAGCUGGGCCUUUGCCGUGCCACCUGGUCCUCAUAUAACCUCAGUAAGAGCUGCCAUCCUAUGUAUUCCAAGCAAUAAGCCAAGCGAGUUAUAGGAAACUUUAUUUUAUGGACAUACUCUGAUUGUGAAUGUGAUUUUUAAUAGACCGUUUCACAUAGUGAUGCCAAGUGGAGAAGACUUUUAGCUGAAGUGACUCAAGAUUCCAUCACCACCUCUUGAUUAAUGUGUGGCUCUUCAUGUGGACUGUAUUCAAGCUGUUUCACACAAAACUAGUGGAAAGGGUCUAUUAUAGCUCAACUCAACAAGUACAACUAUUUUAAGGCAUUGUAACCAGCUCAUAAGGAAUGAGACGUCCACAUUUGGGUUGGAGGGAGUUACUCCACUGAGGCAGUUCUGGUAUCAGCCGAUUUAAAGUAAAACGAAAGACUGACAAGCAGAAAAGUGCACGUCCAACAGCACCAAAUUAUUUUGGCAAAGAGCGAGCUGAGCCUGAAGGGAGAAUUCUUUGAUUUAACAGUCAGUCAGUCCGUGUUCAAACCAUCCUCAAAGGUCACGAGCUCUGGGUAGUGACUGAAAUUUGAUCUAAGAUACAAGUUGCCAAAAGAAGUUAAUGCCACGGGAGGGGAAGGUUGAGAGUUUGGACACCUGGAAAGAGUUUGGAGAAGAAAAGCUUGUUCUGGUGUUUAAAGGAAACAUUUCAGGUAGUUUUGGCACCUUUAAUAAGGAUGCUCCCAUGACAGAUCUCUUUGGAGAUAUUCUGGGAAUAACAGUGUGGAGACCCUGGGGCAGACCCAGAAUAUCCCCCCUGGAUCUACCUUGGAAAACUGUAUAAGGCUCAGAAGAAUCUAGGCUGCCUGGCUUCGUCUUACUUUGCUCAGUUCUACAUAGUAUUGUUUAGUCUAAUAUGAGCCAUGUUUGUAGAGAACUGGAAUUUAAAGGUGAAAACACUGACACAAGUUUGCUUGUGUUAUUCAUAAGUAGGGUUGAGUAAUAUGGCUACAACAAAAUUUUAAACUUUUUAAAAUAAAUUUUUCUUUUCCCUUUGAAAAAUGACAAAGAAUGACUCAAAGAAAUUACUCAAAGCAAGUUUUGUAGUUAGAUAGACUUUAACAAAAGCAAGAUUAAUUUCUCCUUUGGGAUUAAAGUGCAAGCUGUAAACUCUUCUUUAACAGUGCACUAUUUAUUUUCAUAUACGCGAAGUUGAUAGAUAUUCUCAUGCUUUUCUACUUUAUAAGAAUAAGAAUAAGAAUAACUUUAUUUUGUCCCUGCAGGAAUUUUCAAAUGAAAUAUAUGUAUAUUUAAUAUAUGUUAUAAUAAUAAUAAUGAUAAUAAUAAUAAUAAUAAUAUUAAUUGUGCAUUUUAUAGUUAGUCACAUUUCUCCUACUUGGGUGAAAUGCUUUUACUUAUGAUGUAAAAAGAAAUUUUUGGUCUGACCACUUUUUUAGCUUUUAAACAAACUUCGCAGUGGACUGUGGUUUGUUUGAAAUCCGACACCACAUAACUUAACUAGAGCCAGAUCACUGAGAGGACUGUACUUUUUUGUAGAACAAGCUCUUCAUGGACACUGGCAGCCACGGUGUUGUUGUUGUUGUUGUUGUGUGUGGAAGUAAAUUGGAGGAAAAGUGUGGACUAUGGAAGCGCAAGGGGAGCAACAGAGGAAGUAAACGAGCAAAUCAAGAUUUUCUAACAAGAUCUUUACCGCAGAAGGUUCUUUGUAUUAAUACUUGCCCUGGUUCCUUUCCAAUGAUUUCCCAUAAUUUGCCAUGGAGUCAGGUCUCUGAGGGAAACACACAAGGGAGAGAUAUAAGGAAUAUUUACAGAUUUGGUUAUGUGUGUGAAACAUUCAGUUCAAUAAAGAAGAGAUCUGAGGAAAAAGAAAAAACAUAAUUAUAAAAAGGUUUGAUGUAUUUUGCAAACUUCUUACACAAAUGUGUGCAGAUUUCUCACCUCAAUUAAAUCCAGACAGCACCAAUGUGUGUUAGUGAUUUCUAUUGGUUUGACAUUUUCAACUUUUAACAUUUCGCUAUCUUACAAAUGCAUUUUUGUUUAUGAGGGAAGUUGAUAUUUAAUUGCCUCUUAAACGUUUAACCUGAGCUACUCUGUAUUGCUCAGGAGAUGGCAAGGAAGCUGAUUUGAAUCAAAGAAAAAUAAGACACAUGAGCAAAUUUACUUAUUAAACUUUACAACAAGGUAUUUAUGAGUCUAGUGAUUUAGCAAUUCACAGGAGAUAUGCGUAUCUACUUGAAUGCAACAAUUGAAAUCACAGAUGAUCGGUGGGUGUAUGCAUUUGCAUUUGCAUUUUAUUUUGCAUCUGUUCAGUAAAUUGUAAAGACAAAUAUCCAACAUUUGUAACCAUUAUAGAGUUACUCUGACAAGCAGCAAUCUGUAUUAAUUGUACCAAUUUCCCCCGUAGUCUUUAAAUGAUGCAUUUCAUAAAGUCAAGAAGCUGGAGCUCUCAUUCCUCCUGUCAUGAUGGAAAACAGGCGGAUGUCACUGGCAUGCAUACACAGCUAUAACCUUGAAAACAAUUAACCUUUCUUCUCAUUAUCAAAAUUAAUUGUAAUCACAUAGCCAUGCCCCAAUCUUUAUCUUAGAGGGGGGAAAACUAAUUAGCAAUGGUGUAACACUUAACCGUCAAUCAAAGAGGCUGAAACAGUAUGCGCCCUGCUUCAUAUUCCCCAGAGAGGUAGGCUGGUAGAAAGGGGGCCCCUGGGAGACACAAACCAUGCCACACUCUUUACUCCUUGACUUUGACAUACCAUCUCAUGGUUAAUGAUUCUUUUAGAAGAGAUAAAGCUGGAAAGUCUUACUGUUUUGAUUCAAUGGAAUUAAUGGAUUCAGGAUUGAUUUACAGGACUCUGCUUAUUUAUCCCACACACUGAUGUGGAGUCUUUUUUUAGAGUAAACUGGGAGUUGCAUCACAUUAAAGUCAGCGUUGUAAUUUCAAAGGCUGAAUAACGUCAGCUCUUUGUGGUCCAAACGAGAGUUGAAAUUGUUUUCAUUGAUGUCGCUGCUCUAAAAAAAAAAAAAAAGAUGAUCAAAGCUCACAAUGUGGCAUGACAGGUUUGCUGGGAUAUGACUCAGUGAGAUGACCUGAGGGUCAUAGUUUGGAGGCAAAACUUGAGAACUAAUGAGUAGUUGAGGGUUUUUUCAGUAACAAGGCCACAUGUCGUUGCAUUGCUUGUGUUCUGCAAACAACUUAAUUUAAGAUGACUACGUACUUUCAGUUUUGUAGCCUACCAUAUAGUUAUGCAAGUCUUCCACCACCUGACAGUUAUCCCUGGUAUACCAGAACUCCUCCCCUCCAUGCCAGCUUCUGCUGUCCAUUGUAUACUCUAGUAGGAUCUCCCUAUGUUACAACCCAACCCAAGCAGCACUACACUUUUAACAGACCCACUAAUGGACAAAGGGAGAGCAACAGCAAAGACCCCCCCAAUGAACAAAACAGAGCAGGUAUCUGUGAUAAAAAAAAAAUUAUUAAAAACAGCUACAUAGGAUAGAAAAGGAGAGCGGGUGUAAAAGCUGCAAGAGAAGGUAGGCUAAAGCCAGGCUAAAAGUCCAGCUGUAAGCCAACGUGGGUUGGUGUUUGGAUCAGCUGAUGUACUGUGGGUUUUUGGCCUGCCUGAAGAAACUCUAAGCUCAUUUUUUUAAUUGAUUGGGCUUAUCACUAACUGUUUGCCUCCAUGUUAUAAAGAAAAGACUGUUAUUGAUGAGUGAAACAGCUGUUCUGUGAGUGUGAACGUCUCUGCUGUAAUAUUGGUUUUUGUUCUAUUUCUGGAAUUAUGUCCUCAGGCUUACAUACUGUAUUUGGUAUCUGUCCUGCUCUGUGUGUGUGUGUGCGUGUAAGAAACUGUGAGUAUGCCGCCUUCAGACAUUUUUUUUUCCAGGCCACAGAUGUUUUAUGGAGAUGUAGCCAAAGGGUAGAUAUGUGCGUUUCGGAUUUGUCCAGAACUUUGAAUGGUAGGCACGGAUUUUUUCUUGUGUGUUCUGGCGCUCAUGUGGUGUCCUUGUGCCACAGAUGUUCCAUGAAGACGCUGCUGGGGGAUGGCAGCUUGUGGCUGUGGACGUCAACAAACCACAUGGCCGAGCGCCUGCCUGCCUCCAGGUAAACACACCACAUAAUUAAUAUGCUGCUGAUGCUGCUAGUGUUAAGUGUUUCUUCUCUUCUAUUUUCCCUUCUCUCUUUCACACAUAAAGAUCCAGGAACAUAUUCUAAUUUUGUAUGAAACUUGACUCGUGCACAAACAUUUGAACUUAGCUGAAUUACAAAAUCGAAGCUGUGUUUUUGUUUGUGCUUUAUUUUUAUUCAAAUGUCUCCCUUGAUGUCCACAUGCUUUGUAUAACCAGAGAAUCAGUAAACCUCAUCCAUUUAACAAGAGCCACAGAUGCAUGCACCAUCACCUCAUUGUUUCCACGUUUGUCAGUGUCAAAUGACUAAAUGAUGUGUUUUUAAAUGAGGGGAGGCUGUAUGAUGUGUAGAACGGCACUAAUGAUGUUGCUUCGGUGAUAAAUGACGUCUACAUGAUGGACACCACCGUUUCUAUUGUGGUCAGUGUGAUCCAAACGGUUGGGCUUUAAAGAUAAGCUGAAAGCAGCAGGCGUUGCUUACAGCUGGCGCACUGUUGAUAGCGGUGUAGAGUAGAAAAGCUGAGCCCUUGCUGUGAGAGACUGGCAACGGAGUCUUCAGCUAUGGGAGGAAGGACGGCUGUCAACAAAACGUCACGUUAGAAAUUACUAUUUCAGAGCUGAGCGCAUACACACAAACAAGAACAAAGAGAAGAAAUCAAAACAGAAAAGUGGGGUAAAGGAGAAGGGAAGAACGUGAAAUAUGCAGUACUCCCAUUAAGGCAGCGUGUCCCCUGGAGCCUCAUCAUCAGUUGGAGGCAAGAUUUAGAUAGAGGGAUAACCAGAGGGAUAAACACGGCUGACUUCCCUCUGAGCCCUGUGCUCCAUUACGUGGAACACCCAAAGACUCCUUCAUCUGCCUCAUUCCCUUAAAGCAAAAUAGCUAUUACCGUGUCUCUGUAACAAGAAGGAGAGAACUUCUAACGAUAGAUUGAAGGGUAAACAGAUUGACAAAGAAGAACUGGGCCAAUGCUAAGACCACUAAGAGCACUGAGUGAAAAAAUCAGGGCUUCCACUUCAAGGUGGAUGAAGCCCCUGGUUUUAUAUGUAAAGCUUUAGUGAGUUACCAUGAAUUGCAUGUUACUUAAUGUCCGUGGAUAGUGAUAGAGGGGGAACUUUAUUCUUAUAUUACAAACAUAAUCCAGUCCCCCGACUUUCACCUGUGGAUAGCAGUGUGGUUUGUUAACAUGAUGUCAAGGUAGGUGAUUUUUUAAAUGAUGCAGUGUGGACACUAUGCGACCAAGCAGCAAGCUGUGGGCUUGAGAAAUUAAACUGACAUGGAAGUGCUAAAAAACGCAGUUCCCUUUUUGUCCUCUAGAGGCUGGCUCUGGAAACAUCAGAAACCACAUACACACCCAUUCAAAGAUGAACAUGUUUACAACCUGGGACUAAAAAACAUUUUGAUCUGAAUAGCUAACUUAUAUACUGGUACACAGUAUGUGGAGGAAGAAUAUUUUAAAAUUCAUUACUUUGGAGGAAAUUAAGGUUAGGGUUAGCAAUCUGUUAGCAAGGAGGCUAAAGGCUCACCCCAACUUUUCCCUCUUAGCCUUAUAGUUGGUCGACUGGUUCGGUUGAGUCAUCAUUUCCACUUGGCAUCUGUAUCCAUAUAAGCUCCAAACCAUUGCUGUAGAAAUGAAAGGGUAAAGUCUCUGGACCCUGACACUACAUCCAUGUUUUACAUAUUCUGUGGAUGUGACAAGAUAUUCAACACAGACUGAAAGUAAACACAUCUCUGCUCAUUCAAAAGAGAGUGAGAGGAAAUAUGGCUGGACUUCACCUUCUGUCUGGGAAAGAUAAACAGAUGAUUGGCUAUCCUCAGUGCUAUUUCCAAUGUCAUCCAAAUAUGUUUGCAUCUCUCUCCAAAAGGAGAUGUUGAUGGCCAAGAUGUGAAACUUAAGGCUUUUAGCAAUCCAGUGGGUGACGUCACAUUGACUCAAUCUGUUUCUUUAGUACAGUCCUUGGUUGAAGUACAUGCUCACAGAGUAUCACUUUAUAGAAGUGUCAUAUUUUAGCUGUUUAAUGGUGAGAUUUUAGCCAGAGAUGAUUGCAUCCAUUCUAACUUUUGAGAGCUCUAAAACCAGCGAAAAACACUUUGCAGUGUUAUGUGACCUCUCCUGUAGCACUUUACCCACACCAGUUCAGACCCCUUGAUUUUUUUAUACUGCAGCACAUUUUUUUUUUAGCCUGCUCAGUGCCUUGAGGAUGUAGACUUUGUGAUCACGACUCCCUGUGAGACGGACGGAGUUGCAGAGUGUUUUAGAGGGUCAGAGUGUAGAACAACUCACACCUCCAUCACAUGGACUGUUUCAGCUCAGGGCAAUGGUCCAGAAAUUGUGAUCGAUGUCUCCUGUCAAAUGGAGUCUGACACAUGAAUAGCCCAACAUAAGGUGAAAAAGCAGAGAGAAACACACAAAACAAUUCUCAGCUUAUUGAUUAGGGAAUUGUUUUGUUGCAAUCAGAAAAAUUCAUUCCAACUCAAGUAAUGUAUCACACCUUCUCAGUUUUAGCCCAUCACAACACCUCUCAAAAGUUGACUGAUCAAUCAAUGUCCCUGCACUAAUUCACAGAUUACUCUUUUAAAUUCAAUUUUUUUUCUUCCUAAGGUAUGCAGCUUUAGAUGUCAGCUCAGGGUUUCAUUGAUAUCUUUGGAUGCUACGUGCUAAAGACUAACUUUUUGCCACUGACAGCUCAGUUGUGGAUUGGGUCUCUUCACAAGUUACCCAUUUAGGUCUUAACAAUAGUGUCUUUAAAGAGGUGAUAUUUUCCUUUCCUUAUAUUAGGGAUGGGAAUUGAUCUCUAGAUUUUAUCGAUAUCAAUGCAAUUAUCGAUUAUGCUUAUCAAUUCAAUUCUUUAACGAUUCCCUUAUCAAUGCCUUUUUUUUAUUUAAACAAAAAAAGUAAAGGUUUUCACCGUUAACUCACAAUUUUAUUGAGUCUCUGAUAACAGAAAAUGAUGUGUGCCACCUUUAGUGAGAGUCUAAAAAUAUUAUAUUUGUACAGCAUUUGUGGCAUGCAUUGGGCUUAAGUUAGCACAGGACAUACGCAUACCUGCCAACAUUAUGGUUAUAAAAGCCGGGAGAUUUUUGCUGUGCGCACCCUGCAGUUUUGAGGUUACCUUGUAUCGUGGAUAUGAGCUAAUUAUGAGAGUAUUUGUAAUUAGAUUGCUCAUCCAAAUAAGUAACCCCAUCAUGUGUUCCUUCAAUGCCGUGCUGAGACAGAGCAGCAGCGGCUGACGACCGGUGGAGAGCAUUGAAUACAUGUUACUCCUUAUAUUUGAUGCCGUGCCCUGCUGAAAAAUGUUUGAGCAUGUUGCUGGUGUUUCCACCUUUGCAUGUUAUCUCUGCUUGAAAACGUUGCAAUGUUGUUGUCUUUCUUAGUAAAAUUAAGCCAUGCUUUUGCUCGUUUCUGCCUACUUUUUGUACCAUCCGGCAUAUUUAUUUCUCCGUCUCUGUUCCUGUUCACGUAGAAUAGCACUCACGAGACCGUUUUUCAAGGCACCUGGAAGAAAGGAAUCGUUAAGGGAAUCGUUAAGAUAAAAUGUAAAUGAUGUUGAUGGAUUGACCCAUUCGGAACCGGUUCUUGAUUUCCAUCCCUACCUAAUAUUGAAAGCGUUGGAUGUCAGCACCAAAUGUAGGAAAAGUGUCAGAUAGUGAGGUGAACGUGUUAAAACAAGUCCAGGUCAAGUCCUGAACAGCUUGUUUAAAAGGUCCCUUGAGAACUUUGCAAAUUCUGCAUGAGAUUUGCUCAAAACAUGACAUUACCAAUGGAUGGAUCUCCCUGAAAGGCCACAAGGGUUUUGUUUUGUUCUUUUUCAAACUUUCCAGGUCAGAUUUGUGAUUCAGAAUAUAUAACUGUGUUUCAAGAUUCAUCAGACAACUGUUUUUGCAUGCACAGCAACAGUGGAGGAGGGUCCCAGAGUGCUAGUUCUGGAGUGCUUUCAAAGUGCAGUAAUGAGAAAGCUGAAAUUAAGUGUCUGCACAGCACAGGGGCUGAAAUGAGGGUUUGUAAAAAUGUGUGGUUAUAUGACUGUGAAAGAAGCAGAGUGAAAAGAGAAUCUCGUAGUGUUAGAGGAAGUUUGUUUUUGGUGAUUGUGGUACAUUUUUGAACUGAUGGUAGUUUUUAGCUCUUCUAAUCUCAUUCUAUUGGACAUACAUCAUGUUCUUUGUUGUCAUUUGCAGAGCACCUAGAAGUAUUGCAAACAGUUAACGAGAAAAAAAACUGAUAUCCAUUGUUUUGUUGCCAGUCUCAGAUGCAUUAAUGGGUGUAGUCAUGCUAACUGCAGCCCUUGAAUUCUGAUAAUGAUGGAGGAACUAUUUUCACAGCCACAUUUGAAGCUUAAACAGAGCAAGCAUUUGGCACUGAAAUUCAGAUCGAGCCAGAAGUGCCACUUCUUUCUGCCUUUGUUUUUAUUUAAAUUUCAGCCCACUGGAGUAUCAAACAUGAAGCAAAUAAAAACCAGGCGGUUUAAAGGUUGAAUAGGACUCAGAGCGACUUUGACAUGCAUCAUGCAGUACUUGGUUCCAAACAUUGUUCAUUGUUUGCAGUCACUCUUCACCCACUGACAGCAUUUCAUGACAUGUUAAGCCAUCACAGUUCUCUAGAAAAUGUUUAAAAUUUUCUGAUGGUGUCAGGAAACUUUUAAGAUCUGAGCUGGCUGUUCAAUCCAAACCACAAAGGCCUCAUCAUAGAUCACAGAGAGGAAUAAUAAUGCAGCGGUUUCUUCUGUCUUUACAGAACUUCAGUCAGAAAGGGCCCUUCGUGACUAAAAAUGAUCCACCUCUUCAGAAUUUUUUUCUUUUUUCACCAGAGGUGCUUAUUUUUUGAUGAAACAAAACACGAACUGUUUAAUUGCUUUGAUAAGUAAUAAAAAGAAACAUGAAGAGAAAGCAAAUGUCCUGAUUAAAUUGAUUAAAUGUCUGGUUAAAAGGCUGUAAAAUUCAAGAGAAUAUUUGUGCUGCAGAUGGUUCUUUCAUCAGAAUUUUUGAAGUCUAAAAUGAAAUAUAUGAAACUUUUAAUAACCAGAUCAAACAAUCAGAUCAGUGCAAAAUCAUCAAACUGAAAUAAAAAGGGAAAGAAGGAGCCGGAUUAUAGUGCAGUCACCGGCAAAUGUACGUUAAUUCAAUUUGUGUAGAGCACACUUAAGGUUGGCAGAUGGAGUUUUGGUUUGUUUGACAUAUAAUCUACAAACACCUGCUUGAUUAAAAGAGAAAGUGAAAUUCUGUACAUGUAAACAAAAGUUGAAGGCUACAUACCAACUAUAACCCCCACAACUGCUGUGUUUCUAUGAUUUUUCAUGCUUUAAUUAGCACUCAGGCACAUCACCUGAGUCCAAAGUAAACUCAAAAAGCAGCUUUUUGUUCCUCUAAAUUUGAAUCUGAAUAAAUCAAUUAAACUGAGAGUAGCAAAUUGAUAGUUUGAUCUCCAUUUUACUGCAUCCAAAGGGUAUGAAAGCAUGGCUAUCACACCUGGGCCUCUAUCCAACAGAUCAAUAGUGUACAUGCCAAAUGAGAGAGCACUGAUAAAAUGGUUUUCUCAUCCAUCUGAAUUAAUCCUGACUUUGAAAUGUGUUUGUAGUAAGGCUGUCAGAGUUAACCAGUUUGCACCUGUGGUUAACUAGGAGACUUUCUUGUUACAUAAUUUUUCAUGGAUACAAUGACUCUUAUUAACAUUCAUUAGCUUGGUAAAAAACCUAUAUAAUGCUAACAAAAAUAUAUGAUAUGUACUUAUAGCAGAGAAAAUGAGACAGCAAGAGACACAAAAUAUUUGCUAUUGCACAGAUCCUCUUUAUGAUGCAUCUGUAUCCUCACUCGCUGUAGAAACAUGAACUUGUGGGUCACAACUCCUGACUGAGUCACUAAAGCAUAAGCCUCCAACAGUCCCUAGGUGGUUGUCUUUUUGCUCCUGUGUUUGCAUCUAUAAUUGUUGUGUAUUACUGUUGCAGGCACCUUUGUAUCUUUGUUGUGCUGCAUUGGCUCAGGUAGGGUACUCUUGCCUGGGCGGCAGGGGUGGAUCCAGGAAGUAGAAUCAGGGUGGCCUUGGCCCAACCCUAAUUCUACCCCAAAGUUUUUAAGAAAUGAUUUGAGCUUUAUUGCACCAGUCUGCUUAUAGCUUCCUGUGCAUUUCAGUGUGAUACAUCUACACUAGUGAAAACAGUAGUAUUUUGAAACUUCUGAUUAGUCACAAUGGCAAUGUUUGUGAAUUGUAAUUGCUCGAAUUAUGAUAACAAUGAUGCUGCAGUUAUCUUGUAGUUAUGCUACCACUAAACUGAACUGAACUGAACUGAGUUGUCUCUCUUUGUUCAGAGUAAGGACAGAGGUGGCUAUGUUGUUAUUCUUCAGCAUUUUCUGCUCUUUGAAGUUGUAGAAGAGGCUUUGAGAAAGCACUUCGCAUUACAGUGGCAUCAGUUUUGAUUAACGAUGGAGAUCCCAUUUUCUCUCCCUCCAAAGCCUUGCCAAACACCUUAUUACAUUGCUUUUUCACCCAUAUCAGAAGGAAGCAGAGCUGGCUGAGUAGACAGGUAGAGUGAAGACAGACAGGCAGGCGGUAGAGAUCCAGCCUGCAGGCCCAUCUGCGAGUGCCAGGGAAGUGAAGUGUGAGUUUCUGUUCUGCUCUGCCUGCCUUCAGAGUAAUUGGCCGUCAAAUGAUUAAAAUGUUUCAGGGCUGGCAGGUGGGCGCUAUCUACAGGCGGCUUGUGUGUGUGUUCUUCUGUUUGUCUGCUGCCAGCUCACCCGCACAUGUUCGGCGUGUCUCUUGAACCACCUGUUCAUGUCCGGUCGGGUCUCUGUGUGUCUCACUGUCAGUCUGUCAAUCUGUCUGCUGACGUCUGUCGGUUUGAGGAAGUGUGUACGUCUGUGUGUGUACAGGUCUGGGUCUGUCUGGGUCUGCAGCAGUUGGAGGUAACACAUAAUUGAUUAAACACCUGCUCCUUUUGGAGACAGAAGAGGAAACAGGCAACUUCUCCUGUUGAAGGGGAUACAAACCAGAACAACCCUCAGAGCAGGGAAAACUUCCUCUCUCAAUCAGGAAGUCAUUUUUCAAUGUUUUAAUCAAUCUAGAUAACACUAAAUACAAAGUAUUCAUUUUGACAUUGGACAGUUUAUGUUGUUUUAUUAUCUCUACUAAAAUUAAACUUUUAAUUGGGUUUGACUCCGAAAAAAGUAUUACUGUCACAAAAUGACAAAAAGCAGCAAAUCUCUUAAAUUAUAAUAUGCAGCAAUUUUUCUUUAAAAAAACACAAAAUUGAGUCAUGAAUUUUGUAAUUUUUGGUAAUUAUAGUUUCUUUGAUUAAUAAAUCAAUUCAUCAUAGAAAUGUUAAGUGACAUUUCUGUUAUUCCUGCGGCUUAAUUCACUUUUAGAUUUGAAGAUUUGUAGUUUUUCAAGGUCUUCAUGUUACUAAGGGUUGCAGUCUUAUAUCACUGGCAGAGAUUUCCCCACAUUCCACCUGGCAGAGAAAUAUUUAGUUUUUUUUUUUUUUUAAACAAAUUGAACCUACCAAGAGUAAUAUGAUCAUGAUUAAGAGAUAAACUAGCUAUUUCCCUCUUUACUGUUUUUUACACUAAGGAUAGCUAAGCUAAGCUUGUCAUGUCCUUCCUUGCUUCAUAAUCAUUAUAUAGGCAAUGUAUGAAAAAGUUAACAUCUUACUCUAUUCAAGAUUUUGAACUAUAUCUUUAAAGCCAGGACUGCAGCUUGAUUGUCAUUGUUUUUUGUUUUCCACAACUGCAAUGUAGUCAUUGCUAUGUGCCACGUUAUCGCACAAGGGAGGUAUAGGGAAACUCUUAGCAAUGUCAUUCUCGGGACUUGUAAUGACAACCUGAACCUGUCAGUGGUGAAAUAAAGCACUUGUAUUGGAUGCCGUUUGGCGAUGUGCAAUUGCCCCGCUCGAGCUGCAAACUACAUUUAGCUUGUUUUGUGGUUGCCAGCUGCUCAGCUCUCCCUCAGUACAGGACCAAUUUCAGAGAUUGUUCUCCCUUUCAGUCAAGCACACACUAACACAUGGGAAAAAAGAGCCCAGGUUGAAAAAGACAGAAGUUUCCUUUUAAAGGUAUAGUAUGUAGAAAUUGAAAUUUUAGCAAUAUCUAGAUGUCAGAUAUUAGAUGGAAGUGCUCCCCUGUUUACCCCUCCCAUUAGUGAUGCAAUGGUGGUUUUCAUGGACAAAAAGCCCAACAAUGCUUUGUAAGAAUAAUUGAGCUACCAUUUUUGCACAGCCACUCACAUGAUGCAGAAAACGCAUUUGUUAAGAGUGUGUUAAUUCUGUGCUAGAGUAGAAAGAAGGGGAGUCCUAUGUGGAUGGCUUAUUCUGAGUUACAGAAACAAAUAUAUGUCUAUAUAUUUCCAGGUGAUUAUACACUAAUUUAAACAUUCUUGUGAAUAUUUAUUUCAUUUCUACCAAGUCUGUUCUGCUAAAUACCUCUAAUCCUCCACACUGCACCUUUUAGCUAGAAAUGAUAUUCUUCAUCUUUGAAAACCUUCCAGUCAGGAGUAGAAUUUGAAAUAUGGUUUUAUCAGACUGAAUGCAUGAAGUAAUAGUCAUUUGUCACACAACUGAGGUGCUAGAACAACAAAUUGAUGUAACAGACUUAUAUAAUGUCUUUCUUAUUUCAUAAUGCUGCAUUAGUAUCCCACUGACUUUAGUACAGACAAUGUUAUUUUUGAAGGUUCUUGAGUGCUCUCCUGGCUUUCUCAGCAUAUUUCUCAUGUUAGCGGCACGGACCAGUGAAGGUUAAUGACGCGUCCUGUUUUCGUCCCCACAGACGUGCUCUGCUAAUUAGCCCCUGGUGCGCCUUCAUGCCAUAAUUACACUACUGAUUGGAGCUAUAAGCAAAAAUAGAGGGGGACACUCUUUACAGGUUUGCCUCCACUGGAAUUAAAUAAAAUCAGUUUCAUAACAUGUGUGUUACUCCAAAUAGAAAUCAAGAAACGGAAAAAAUUUUAUACCAAGAAAUUAAAUCUUUAGAAGGACAUAGGAGAGGUAUAAAAUCGAAAUAUCUUUGUAAUACGGGGGAAAAGUUUGAUGAAUUCAGCAGGACUUUUUUUUUGAUGAGUAGCUGUGUCUGCCACACAUAGUCCAGCAUCCCUCCCUGCUUACACAGAGCUAAAUACAGAGUGAUGGAUAACCCAGCAGCCCACUGGAAGGGGAUCUGAAGUCCAAUGAAAGAAACACCUCUCUGACCUCUCCCUCCUGAGCAGGAGGUUAUUGAUUCUCUGGAACCCUCUUUUUACCCCUGCCACCAAUCUUCACCCUCUGGAUCUCCCUCAGUGACACUGCUUGUAUCAUUUGAAGCUCUUCUCUCUCUCCCUCUCACACACACAUACAGAGAGUGUCAAGGUUAAGGUCAGUUUGUCUGUGUGUGUGGGAGGAGAGCGAUGGCACAGAGGAAAGAGAAAUAGGCUGCAGAGAAAAAAACAGCAGAAAGGAGCUUGAAUAACUAAGAGAGCAUUUUCUAGAUAGCUAUUGGGCAUUUUGGAGUACGAAUACUUGAACAAAGGAAAGAAAGAAAAUAGCCAAACACUUGAACUGCAUGUGAACCGUCUUCAUUCACCAAGUGUUCCUGCAUUGAAUUGAAAAACUCUUAUUUACAUCAACAUUUUCAACCCAAGCUUAUUUUUUUAUUUUUGAUGACUUAUAUAAACCUUUGGACACCGUUUGAGUUACUAUGCAUAGCAAACAAGUUUUUUUUUUUUUCUAGAGUUGGCUAAUUUUAAAGGCAUUGGUAUUUUUGACCCUUACUCAUACCUUAUCUGUAAGUUGGGAACACACACCUACAAAUUUUUUUUUUUUUUCUCGGAUUUCUUGAAGUGUCUGUGUGCCAUGGUUCCAUAGUGCACCUGGAAGCAACUGUAGAUACCUUAAACCAAUCAGAUUAACACAGCAUGUGAUUGAGUGCAUAGCAAAGACACCUAAGAUAGACCCCUUUGUUACCUGCAAGCUCUGUAUUUGUAGCUGUUUAUUCUUACAUCAGGGGGUCAAAUCUUUGAGAAUGACAGCAAAUCCAGACAUGCACCAGCCAAAAUGAACAUGGGUUGGUUAUGUCUGGCAGUGCCAAGCGAGUUGAGGCCCCAUUCUUGGGAACAUCACAUAUUUUUUGGUCAUCCAGGAUGGUGUUCCUUAUUUAGAUUUCACUGAUCUGAUUUGGAAAGUUUCAAGUUUUCAGAAGCUUUAUUUUGGGCGAUUUCACAUUUUCCUAUAUUGUGAGGUAUGUGAAGAGUGAUUUCCCUUUCCCUCAUCUGCUUUGACAAUAAUUAGGGUUGUUUGAUCAGAAAUCAUAUAACGAAACAUGGUAAAAACUAAGCAUACUAAUCAUGCUCAGUAUUUACCAUCAUAAAUCAUGUUGUGUGAGGGUAAGGCAGGGCAAACACUACAAGAUCAUUUUGCCAGUUUUGGGGCCUGACUCCCCCUUUCAAACAAAAUCAGCAAAGGCUUACUCAUGGAUGGUUCUUAGAAUUAUCUCCUUAGAUUAUUUUGUCAGUUAAAGUAGAUAUGACUAGCAGAGACCAAAAUAUUUGCAAAAUUUUAUGCCAUCCAUUCCCCUCUGGGCUGGACCACCUUGGUUAAAACAGUCUGGACACACCCCUGGGUCUGGCUUUGGCUAUGACUUUUUGGACUUCUUUCCUCCUCUUUGUAAUUGUUUGGUUUUUAUGAUGAACAACAACUUCAGAUCCCAGGCACACACAAGUCUGCGGUUAGGUAACGCAUGUCUUAGACUUUUUUGAGGACAAAUUCAAGAAAACAAAAUAGUGGAUAUCGGUAAAUGAGUCCAAAAGCUUGUUUUGUCUCAACCUCAACCAGCUAGAUACAAGUUAAGUGUUAUAUAUUGAAGUGAAAUUAAAGAAAAGUCUAUAAGGGACAGCCAGGAAGGAUCUUAGAGGUGGCAGAAGCACAGCAGAUCUUAUUAAGAGUAGGAGGCUGCAGACAGGCAGGCCAUCAUGUUUUAUUAAGACCUGUUUUCCAGCCAGACCCAUGAGUCAGCCCGCUCUAGUCAGGGCCGUAUUAAGCCAAGGUGGCUGCCACUUCACUAGAUCCCCAACCCAGCAAGAUUUAACACACCCACUCCUUCAGUCGUCCGGCACACACCACAAGUAGGCUGUGUGUUUUUGCCAUAAUUUGACAGUAGAUUUCUGAAUAAGCCUGCCUGUUCUUUCUUGUUUUGUUCAGACUUGUUUACCACCCAAACGCCAGAAUCUAGACACUCUGAUUAUUGCCACUUGUCAACAAACACCAGUGGAAUGACAAGUCAAGUGAAGCAGUCUGUAAUCCCACUCAGUUUCUUCUUAAUCUUGGUAAACAUGAGAGAGAGAGAGAAAACUGUAGCGGGAGACGUUUGCCAGAACAAGGCCCAGUCUGUUGGUGACAAUUCCUGUGUGAAUGCUGCUACAUCCUGCCAGCUCUGUGCACAUGUGCCACACUCCUCUCAUGUACCGGCAUAAAGAGCAUUUGUCCUUCUUGGCAGAGUGGGAGAACAGACGGAGGGUGAGGAAGGAAGCAGUGACUGGUCCGUCAGUCUGCUUCUUGGUCUUGGUGGUGUUACAGUCGAUGCCACUCGAGAUGCUCCAGGUAUGAUGCAUUUAAAGCCCCCCUCUCAACCUCCUCCAGAUGACCAUCUUUUUAUUGACAGCCAAUCAUGUUGGGACUUGUUGUUUGGAUUGUCUCACCUCUUGUGUUAGAUUGCCGUUUAUCUCAGCCUUUAGAGAGCGAGGCUUUGCUGCGCUGUUUAAAUUGACUGGGCAUAAAUUGAGUGAUAAAGGAACCAGACGAGCAGACAGAAGGCGUGAUGAAAAGAGACAACGGUGUUUGUUUCUUUUAUCACCAGCGUUGUUUUGUUAUAUAUUUCCUCAUACAGAAACAUUUUGAAAUAGCAGUUUACCCGUAUAGCAAUAUACAUGUCGGUUAAAAUCAUGUCUAUUUAUCUACUAAUUUCUUUAUACAUACUUUGUAGUGUUCAAGAAUAAAGAGAUGAGUACAUGCUGUUAUGCAGAAUGUACUUUCCACCCGUUCCCGGGCAAUAGCUCAGGGAAUGGGCGAUUGUGUAAAUUAGAAUUCUGACAAGGUGAGCUAAUGUAGAAAGGAAGGUUUUGUAUUACCCUGAAAGUAAUGGUUUUGUUGACCGAAGAAACUAUUCUUACAGCUAAAAUAGAUAGCCUCUCUGGUUCCACAAUCGAUAUCUGAAAUAGAUAUAUGAUAAGCAUUUAAAUUCUUCCUUUUUUUGUUAUAUUUCUGGCUGUUUUUACCUAUAUUGAAUAGGACAGCUGAGAGAGACUGAAAACAUUAGGAGUAGAGAGUGGGGCAAAGGGUCAUGGCUGGGAAACGAGGACUUCAGCCGCUGCAAGUCUUAGACUGCUAUGCCAUUUGCACACCCAAGCACUUAAAUCCAUGGUGCAGUUAAAACAUGAACCAGAAUCUUUCGCAUAAUAAACUUACAAAUUAACAUUUCCAUUGAAGUUUAGGUUCAACAAAAUGAACUUUGCUUCUGCAGGAACUUUUAUGUUGACAUUUCGUCCCCCUCUCGGACCCUGACGCACAUUAAAUUAAACACAAUUUUGAUCAAGGAUUUAGCAAAGCCAAGCUGUAACUAAAUGAAAACUCUACAGGGAGAAUAAAGCCUUGUUAUCCAUCUACUUUCUUGAGACAAACAAUCUGAUUUGAUAGGUGAUAGUCUAUUUGAACCCUAGAUUGUAUAAAUCCUUGACUGAGUCUCAGUAAAGCCGCCCAUAGGAAAGCAUGAUUUUAAAGCCUGUUCAAAGCGUUCACCAUGUCGCAAAUGCUGGCUCAACCAAACUCUUAAGUCAACCUACCAAGAGGUAAAGAGGUGAAGUCGAGGCAGGUCUUCAGCCUCCCUGCUAACGCCUUGUGUGCCCACCUGUCAGUCAAAUUAGCUGUGCCCCUAAUUAUACAAACUGGGAACCUUCAGGUCUUCAAGACUAUUGAAUUGUAAAAAAAUUCUUGACACUUAGAGAAUGUGACUACAACUCAUUUGCAACUCAGCCUGCAGACAUGAGGAAAAUGUGGAAAAGACUGUUUUGGCACUGACAUAUUUCACCACAGUUUGAAAAAAUCUGCUGUCUUAUUUCAAGUCUUGAAACAAGAGCAGCAGCCUUGAGACACUGAUGACAACAGUCUUUGAGUGUUAUUACGGUAAAAAAUUAGGGAAACUGGGCGAGCUUUACAACUUUUUAACUUCAGUUUAUCAUUAGAUGUUAGACUAAUUGCUGCCCUGAUGUAUAAGAAGUUUUCUUUUCUAUCACCCAGAAAGAUGCCGGUGAUCCCCAGCCAAAUGCCAGAGAUACAACUCAAUGUGUGGCUUCUUUUUUUGAAAUGUGUGUGUGUGUUUGUGCACAUUGAGCACCUGGUGUUUCAAAGAGCCAGCCAGAGGCGCCACAAAUAAAUAGCAUCCAUCAAAGAAGUGUGAAAGGUUUUCAGAGACACACAGGCUCACAAGAAACAUCAAACAGCAGGGGAUGGCCAUCUUGUCCCACAACUGAUGCUGUAAAAAUUGAUUUUGACAUCUUAAGGCCAUAAAUGGUGUGACAGAGCCUUCAGCUGCACUGGGCAAACUCAGCCAUUUUUACUCCGGGAAGAAUCUGGAGAGUCUUAUCUGGUGAAAUGCACCAAAGAUGGGGAAUGUGAGGCAAAUAGUUUAAGGCUAUUCUGUGGCAGAGUUAGACGUGACUGUAUCUCCGUAUGACAGAUGCUGCAAACAUACGCUGCGCUCCAGCUAGCUCUCCAGCUUUUUCUUAGCCAUGCGAUUCCCAGAAGCUGACAGGAAAUAUGGGCAACUUCAGGGGCCUUGAGAAAGCCAACCAUGUCAUACACAGAGCCAUGCACUUUCUGUUCUCUGUCAGUCUGCCUCUAUUUCUCUCCUUCUCCUUCUCCUUCACACACACACUACCACACACAAGUCCUUUCAGCCAAAACACCCAUGGGGGGAGAGCGUCUGGUUGCUGGAAAUGUCAAACUGCUUUGUCACGUCCAAUCUCAGUCAAGGAGCCUAGUAUCCAGUGAGUGUGUAGAGUGGGUAUGUGUGUACGCUCUGCACGAACACCCGAUCCCACGGCUAUCAGUACGGACCAUUUGUUCAGCUAAAAUUACGGUAAAAGCCCACCUUUGUGACUGAAGUGUUCUGCAUGUUGUCUCUCAUAAAUCGGCUAAUACCCUAAGAUAACAAGGCCAGCUAGCCGGAGGGCCAGACAACACAGAAGUAAAACAAUAACACAGAGUCGUGGGAGUAAAAAGGUGGCAUUAUAGAGGGACUCCUUUCCCCACAAGAGAUGAGAAGAUUUGAGGAACCUUUGACAGAGACUCUUCCUGCUAUCAAGCUGACUUUCUGUCUGCUGUGAAUGUGACGCAACAGGGUCUUGUCUCAUCCUGGAGGGAUUCCUCUGCUGUCUCUUCAAACCACUUUAGAUGCUGUCAUCUGGUGAUUAUAUACUAAAAGAUACCAGCAACUGAAUGUUAAAUUCUGUAUCUACUGAUAAUCAUCUUCAGUUUGGGGGGAAAAAAGAGUGGUCUAGGAAGCCAAAGGAAUUAUAUUUUGAUUUGAUUUGAUUUGAUAAUUUUAUUUAAGUGUCAUACACCAAAAUUGGUGCCCAGCCUACAUGGGCUUAUUAGACACUGAUCAACAGAUUCAUAACACAAUGUAUCCAAGACAGCCACGCAAUAUAAUAUACAACAACAAUACCAACAAAACUCCACUAAGAAUCAUGACACAUACAAUGAGAAUAAUGAAAAAAAAAAAAAAGUUCAUCAUAUAGGCUACAAAAUACUUUGCCCCACAUGCCAAGCCUUUUCAACAAAUUUUGCCAAAACAAAAACAUCCUUUUCAAACAACCAACCCAAAAUCUCACCUUCACUCUUCCAAAAUAAAUCAGGAUUUUUAAACUGAAUUGAUUAAAAAAUGACAUUCCUUAAGUCAUCGUACAAGGGACAAUUGAAAACAAAAUGAAUUAUAAAUCAUUUGGACCACAUUCUAUAAUCUCCAUAAUUGCAUUUGAUAUAAAUUGGACAGAGCUAUAUUGCAAAAUGUGAUAAAUGUCUGCAAGUAAUUGGUUAUUUUGACAGUGGUCCUGCCUGAAACUUGUUUAUAGCCUUGUCCACAAACAGUUUUGAGAAUACAGCUCAUUUAUUUGUUCGUACACACUUUGAAAUCCAUCUUAAAGUUAAAGAUUAGAGUUAUAUAUUUGCAACGUCGUCAGGGGCAUGGUUGAGUUGACGAUGGUUGUGUUGAGUCCAGCUCAGCUCCACCUCUUUGCCAGCAUUUCCAACAUGGAGUUUGCUAUUGUUGGACUUCAAAUGUCUCUCUAGAAACAAAUGGAUGUUGUCCAUGUUUUAAAAAGUCAAUUGUUGAUGCUUAUACAUGUCAUUUUAUGAGUUAAAAUGUCUCCCUUUGCUUAGUUAGAAUGGUCUUCCUAAAUUUCUGGUCUUUUUUUGUAAACUCUUCCUUAUAUCUCCCUUAAAAAAAGAAUUCUUUCUGCAAUAAAAAGUUCAACUUUAAUCAGAUGAUUUUGUCCACAAAUCACCACUUGUUUGCAGAGCACUAAAAACCCUGCAGUUCAGACUUCAGAGACUUUUUACUGUAAGUGUGUUUGUGUGUAGGAGGUUGGAUGGCAGUGGUCCCAUUCUCUUGGAGAGGAUUUGAUCUCCUCUCCUCGGUAAUGCUGCAAACACUCUUCAGCUGUCUAAAAGUCUUCCGCUCAAUUUUCAGUCCACCGUUGCCUCUCUCGCAUGCAAGUCUUUUUUUAGGGCGGGUGGUUCUACCCACUCACAAGCUGUUUGCUUUGCCACAUACAUACAAGCAGUGCAGGGCUGUGAUCACAUCUGUCAUAUUGUCUGAAAACAAACGCAGUGACAAUCUCUGCAGGAAUGAGGGGCGCAUGAUUGGUCUGAUUUUAGAGGGGUUAUGGGUUCAGCAGGGUUUUGGGUAUUGCUUCUAUUAUGUGAUGUUUUUGUCACUGUUUUCAUGCCAAUGCAAUCCCCACAGGAAAUAACACACAUUUAUUGCCCCUUUCCUUUCUUGUUUCGGCUGUCUGAAUACACUCUGAUUCUGCUGUCUGGGUGGGUGUUUUUUCAACCCAGAAGCCAAUGAAAGGUUCUUGAUUGCUUUGAAUUUUCUGCAGUUUAGCUGCUGGCCUUCCCUGUUUCUACCUAUUUAUGAACAGCUCUGACUUUGGUUGGCACUUUGGGAAGGAAACAAAACCUGUUUGUGUGACUUGAUUAUGUAUAUGUCAGAUUUUUCUGUCCUCAAACAUUUGCCAUCAAUCAUCUGUUUAUCAGCCUGUGUACCUCAUCUCAUCUCUUACACUCUUAAAUCUUUCUACAUGAUAAUUUGCUUUACUUCACAGCUUUAUAAAAGCUGCCAGUCUCAUUUGCUUGUCUGAGGUAUAAUCUUCAGUCAGACCUGAGACAAUACUAUUCUCUGUCAUGAGGAUAUUCCUGGCUGUCAUCUAAACCAGAUUUUAAGAAGCUUAAUUUGAAACAAAUGAAAAAUGGUUGCUGAUUUCCUCUGCACUUUUUCACAGGGCGUAAUUUAAAUUUGAUUGUAAUUGAAGACAUCUCUGUUUCCACAGCAACUGAUGCGCUCGUCUGUGUUCCACAUGUUUAUCCUGAGCAUGGUCGCCGUGGACGUCAUUGUUGCUGCUAGCAACUAUUAUAAAGGCGAGAAUUACCGCAGGCACUAUGAUGAGUUUUACCUGGCUGAGGUGAGAUGUUUGUUGUUUUGUUUUUUCCAUCCUGGUCUUUACUUUUUUUUCACAUUUUCAAGCUUUUUCCAAAUGUUGAUCAAACACUCCUUGUAUCACAAAAGGGUUUCGACCAAGGUUUCCAUGUGCCAUGUUAUACUGAAACAGACGAGGAUCAUGUGUAUGAUUUGAUCUUUUGCAAAAGGACACACAGUAUAUUUGAGUGUGAUCAUCUUCAGCACACACACACACACACACACACACACACACACAGAUUACUUUAUUAGCUUUUACAUUUGUAGGUUAAUUCUCGAGAUUUUCACAUUCACAUUAAACUGUACUGUGGGUGUUAUCCUGGCUGGUUUGAUGUCAUCAGUAUUCAGGUGGUAAAGCGCCAACUAAGACGGAUCACAUCCCCUUCAUACCUCCCUCUCCCUCCUAAACACAGCUGAAUGGAGGAGAUAAGGAGAGGGAAAAAAUCAUAUAGUAUUACCUUCUCUAACUCCCUCCUUCCACAGCAUACAGACAUCGAUCUGCAGAUUUGUUCUAACUUGCGAGACGGAUGUGAAGGGAAAAUAGAGAAUGGAGUGCUGAGUUUAGAGUUAGUUACAGAAAUAAACCUGUAAAUUGGCAGGGUACCAGAUAUACUUCCUCCAUCCUACUGUGUUUCCACUGUUGAUGACCAUGUUAGUGGGGAAAUCAUGAUACAUACUUAGAUAACUCCAUCAUUGACUGCAGGUUUUCAAAACUAGGUGACAGAUUUAAUCAUGAAAUUAUUAAAAAUGAAGAGAAAAAAACUGUGUGGUGUUCAUUUAUUUAUUCAGUGUUUAAAAAACCACAGAAGCACAAAUUCAAAAUGUCUAAAUGACAGUUCAAGGACCCAUAACUUUAAUAACCAGGGAGAGCUGUACUCCUGCCGUACAACAAGAUGUGUGUUUGCUGGAUGAAAAUGCCAAAACUGAUUCUAUCAUCUCUCUUCCCUCCCAGGUGGCCUUCACUGUCUUAUUCGACCUGGAAGCCCUUCUGAAAAUCUGGUGUCUGGGCUUCACAGGUUACAUCAGCUCUUCGCUGCACAAGUUUGAAUCUUUGUUGGUGGUGGGCACCACACUGCACAUCUACCCAGACCUCUACCACUCUCAGUUCACUUAUUUUCAGGUAUGAAUACAGGCCUGCAAACAAGCUUUCUUUUGCUUACAGUGAAUCAUGCAGACAUUGAUAAUUUUAGGAAAAAUCCAGUUAGGAAUGAAAGCUCUGAAUUAUUUCUUUCUUGUAAAAAUCAAUCAUGUCACUCAUCUGUGUGAACUUUAUUACCCAUUCUUUUAAUUGUCACGGCAGAUGUUUUUAAGAUUUGAUUUUAAGAUAAACUGUUUUCUAGGUUAUGACAACCCUCUGAGGAACAGCUUGAUGUGUCAUCUUGGAUGUUCUUAGAUUUCUUAGAAAGAAAUGUUGUACUACAAACAAUAACAAAAAUUACAAUUCCAGAUCAAUCUAAUAAUUUACAAUGCUUGAACUAUGUACUUAAAUACGGCAAUGAAACUCAGUACUUCUUACUCAAGUAAAUAACUAAGUUGUGAGAAAAACAAAUAGCACUUGUCAAAACUGUAGCUUAGGUUUGUCCCAGGCAUGCAGCAAUCAUAGAAGUAGCUUAGCUCAGGAUGCUGUCUUUCCAUUACAGCAUGGUAAUAACAGUAUGUAAAUGUUAUAAUACAAGCUCCACUCACACUAUAUUAUAAGAAUGUGUCUCCAUUUAGUGAUAUGUAGUAUAAACCAAUGCUCAACUGUGUCGUCUUUGAUUUCAGAGGCAGUGAGAUGGUUAAAUCCUGUUCAUAACAGUUUUUUCUAUUCUCAGUUCUCAGAGCAGGAACAUAAAUCAACCCUGAAUAUUAUCACCCUUGUGGCAAUGGUGUAUUGUUCUAUAGCAGUGUCAUCCCUGAACAGAGCCUGUAAGUAAUGCACCCAAAUUGAACCCUGCGACCUAGCCGCGGGUCACAUAAUGUAACUGAUAAAGAAGGGCUCAGAGGACGAUCUGGUGGGAAAAGGCUUUUUGAUAUGUCUUUAAUGAGCCUUGACCACACAAGCUGCCCUCAUGUUGUUUAGCUCUCCUAACAGCUGCAGUCAACACAUACCAACAUACAGUACACCUCCUCAUAAAGACUUUAGCCCUUGUGUAAAAUACUGAAAACCCUAGAUAAGUUGUCUCUCAUAGUUUUCAUGUUUUUACUGCACAUUUGUAUCAAUACUUACUAAUUGUAAAUAACCACCCGGUGAAAAAUUGAUUUUAACAACCUCAAUCAGUAAAACAUUUACGUGUGGCAUGUAUCAUCAAGUCUACAGUAAUACCUAGAGUUUGUAGCAAUUCCCUUUUUUACACAUUUUCACACACCUCAUUUUUCUAUUCAUGGUCAGUGAUUCAGCCUUUAACAGCAGCUGUGAGUUUUUUGCCAUACUUACUCAUCACUCAUGAAACAGUGUGUCAUUCACCUUCACUGUGGAUAAGCUACCAAGUCGAUCUCUGUUUUAAGAGGCGACAUCAAGUCACAUGUGAUUAACCUUCAUGCUCUGUGUGAGAGACAGAAGUUCUGUGCUCAAAAAUCAAUGAUUGUUUCAGGUUUCUACCACCAAUCAAAGUGCGUUUCACCACCAAAGGUUAACCUUACUAAUUGUCUUUCAUUGUGAAGCAAAUGUCACAAUAGUUUUGAUUUGGCAGGAUGAUUGGUAACACUUUAUAAUAACUAUACACUAUUAAGCAUUAGUUAAGCGUUAAGCAUUAGUUAAUCCUUAAUUCCUCAAUGAAUUCAUCAUUAGUAAUGCAUUACAAAGCAUUAGUAAAGACAGUUUUAAAUGUCCAACUAACACAUUCUUAAGCAUUAGUUAAACAUUAGUAAAGUGCUUAAUUCAUCGUUACCUCAUCAUUUGUAAAUAAUUAGUUAUACAUUACUAAGCAUUAGUAAACACAGUUAUAAACGUUUUAAACUCAAACCCAUUUAUAAUUACUUAAGCAGCAGUUGAACAUUAGUUAAUGCUUAAUUAACUGCUUAAUUCAUGAUCUGUUUAGCAUUUAUAAUGUAUUACUAAGCACUUAAUAAACCCGGUUAUAAAUGUUUUGUUGCUCAUUGAUAACCUGAGUUGUUAAUACUUUAUAAAGGGUUAGCAACUGUGUAAGUAUAUAUUUUACAAACACGUAUUCAUACUCUAUGAAUAACUUAUUAAUGCUUAUGAAUGCAGUUACUACUCAUUAGUUACCCAUUAGUUAAGUAUAUUCUUGAGCCCAUCUAAAGUGAGGACUAUCUAUGCUUUAUAAAGCAUUUAUAAAUGACACAGAAGCAAAGAUAUACAAAGUGUCAGUUUUAUUGGUCCCAAACAAUACAAGCUCUUUUAAAUACACACUUUAAACAAAUACAAUCUGAUAAUUUAAUCAGCCAAUGAAUCCCAUCUUGACACGUUCCCUCUGUGUUUUCAGAAUUGCAGUAGCUUCCCAUUUCACAGCUCCAUUCAGAAAAGGCACUGCUAUUGUGUCAUUUUUGGACAGAUCUGACAAGGGCGCUCUGAUCCGAUUCUGGUUAUUGUUAUUUGGCCAGUAAUGGUUUGGAAAUGCUGACUGGGAUAUCUGUGGUGCAUAAUGCCGUUCAAUUUUACAUUAAGCAUUGCUUUGUCUUGCACCAAGCUAGAGCCAGGAGCUAACACAGGCAGCACAGCUGGAAAGACAUUCUCAAGAUUAAUUAUUGCUCUUCUCAUGUGUGCAAUUUAAGGGAUGAAAUAUGGUUUCCUCUUGGAGAACUCAAGUUCCUUUUUUAUUAUGAACGAUUUCACCAUAUGCAGUAAUAAAAUGAAUAAACUCAACAUCAGUGCUCUCCAUUGACUGAUAUUCAUGGUCCUUUGGCCUUGGAGAUAUGCAGACAGAUGAGUUGAGUUCUUCAUGGCAAAAUCAGCAUUCUCAAACAGGGACAAGAGCUUAUUCCAGUUUCUGAAAUUGGGGUGUGAUACACAAAAACGUGAUACUUCAGAACCAGUGUACUUGAGUUUAAGCAGAUGUUGUCAUUGUGUUAAGCCAUGUUAUUUAUUUCCCUUAGACAAGUCAGUUAGCCACUUAAGUUCACGUUUAUAUGGCCAAUUUUUGGAAUUCCCCCCUGUGGGACUAUUAAAGGAAUAUCUUUUCUUAAACAAACUGAUUACUUCAGACUUUUUCUUAAGAUUUGUGUGCAUUUGCGGUAUAUCCUUACAGUUCCAUCUAUCCUGCCACAGAAGAGACUAUAUUUUAUAAUAAAUAAAUCCCUGACUACAUAUACAGCACUUUGCCACUUUGCUUUGAUGAGAAGUCUUGGCCACACCAAGGACUUGAACUUCUUUUCAUUGACAAACUCUUCGGUGAAGCCUGAGAUAAAGUUAAAUUUUAUUUAUUCUGCCAAGUUUUCUUUAAAGCUAGACUUGCGUUUGUGGAAUGCAUCAAACUAAAUGAUGUCUCUAUUAUUUAGUUCUUUAUUCCUUCAAUUGAGGCCUUUACUGCUGUAACUCAGAUGCGAAAACUAUGUGGUCUCGGACAAAAGAUAAGAAAAUAACUAGUUUUGCUUUAAUGGCCUCAUAUCCUUUGUGGACUCACCCUCACAGCCUCAGAGCUGCAUCUGCUGUGAAAUGGAUAGUGGUCAUCACGGUCUGUCAGGACUAGAAGGUAGUGUCUUCUCAUCCCAUCUGUCAUCAUGCUGUGAGUGUUAUUGCUGUAUUUGUUUACUGUGGGUUCCCUUUCAUCCAGCAUCCCCUGUUAGGCUUCUUUAUUUGGCUGCAUAUCUGGAGAAUGAGAGAAAAUUCUUUGGCCAGAGGCUUCACAGAGAGGGGCCCGAUCAAUAGCCACUCUCUGGAUCCCCAAUCAAAGGAUGACCAAGAUGCAUUACCUUUUGGGGGUUGUUGUCACCACAAGCAAUUUAGGGCCUAGGCCAGUUGACAGAGCACAAUAUCACAGCAUCUCUAACCACCAGGUCAUGAUCAAUGUUCUCGUCUUAAAAAUCAAUACACAAUCAAUGAGCUUCUCUUUUUCCACUUAUGAUUUAUUUUAAAUUAGCUUCAAAAUACCACUUUCUCUUAUAAUGGGAUUAAAACACCUAGAUUUUCCAAGACCAGAGCUAACAAUGGUUGUUUUUCUUCCCUUCAGGUGCUGCGUGUGGUACGUCUGAUAAAGAUUUCUCCAGCUCUGGAGGACUUUGUCUAUAAGAUCUUCGGUCCAGGUAAAAAACUGGGCAGCCUGGUGGUGUUCACAGCGAGUCUCCUCAUCGUCAUGUCGGCCAUCAGUCUACAGAUGUUCUGCUUCGUGGAGGAGCUCGACCGCUUCACAACAUUCCCCAGGGUAAGGAGCCACUCAAGUUAAGAUUUCAUUCUAAGACUGAUUAGUUUAGACUUUUAGACGCCAAGUUGAUGGAUAGAGGUACUUUAAACCUACUGUUCCUCUAGCCAUCCUAGCUCUAUCAGCGAGGGUAAAUGUAUAGUGGGUGGGUUGUAAUGUGAGUUAGAACCGCAACCUUAAGUUCCCUGAAAAUAUUGAUUUUCAGAGAUUUAUUUAUCCAGCAAAAAAAACAGUUCUUUGGAUUCCUUGGUCUAUAACAAUUUCGUUCUUAUUGAGGGUGGGAAUUGGUAAGAAUUUAUCCAAAGUGAUGCAAUUAUCAGUUCUGGUUAUUGAUCUAAUCCAAUCAGCAACUAAGAGAUGCUUUUACCACCUCUGCUCCUGCUGUCUGGAUUACAGGACAGGAUGUUUUACAACUUCAGCCAAUCAGAAAUGGUCAGGGCCCACUGGCUUCUCAGGCUGCUCUCACAUCUGCACCUGCUUGCUCUCAUAAUUUUCCAACUCCCAAGUCCAGCCUUGAACAGAAAUGAUUUUUUUUACAGUGUGAACAGGCAGAAGUGAUAUGUGGCUGACUCCUUUCUUUCUGUUGAGAAUUAAUCACAAUUUUUACAGGGUAUGAAAAACUGUAAUAACAAGAUAGGAACAUUUACUAUAAAAGAAACACAUUUAGCUCACAUGCGACUUGCCACUUAUGCUGAAGAAUAUAUGAAUAGUAAAGAUGCUAAAAAUAAUGAAAAACGUGGUAUUUUGUUUUAGCACAUGGAAACAUUCCCCCGGCCCCCACUCUCACCAUCAUCAUCCUCAGCUUGCUCCAAGGAUGACGGUAUUGGAGUUAAUCUUGGAGUGAUAGCAUUAGUAAGAUCUUCACUGAAUUUGGCCGCUAGCUGUCCGGCUUUGUUUUCCCCUCUAACUCUAUUAGGAACCUUUUAAUGAAAACUGAAGUCAACUUUUCUCAUCACUUAAUGGUUUUGUCCUCUGUUGCGUGGCGGCGUUGUAAUGCAGUCAGUGUCUUUGGUUUUGUAGGGGAGCGGAAUAAAUAAAGGGAACCAAAUAAAAGUACUAUUUUUGUUGUGCAGUGUUAAGCUUCAUGUGAGUCACUGCUUCUGAAAUCGUGUUUCAGUAUCUUACCUUUAAUACAAAAUCUGGAAUUUUGUAUUCUGCACUGGAGGAUUAUAAUUCUCAUUUUACUUUAAGUUGCAGUUGUAUUGAUUUUACCUGCACAGAUGGAGCGGUAAACCUUCAAAACACUGCAUUCAACAGCUAUCAGCUCUGAACACGCUGGUCUAAUUAUGCCCUGAUGUUCCAGUAAUUUCCUCUCAGGGACAAAUGAAAUGUGAUUAAAUCCAAAAGAUGCAGGUAGUGUGUAAAAUAAGCUACAUAAAAUUUUAGGAAAUGAUACGAGCCGUUCCAGAAGGACACCUCAGACGAGUGGUGGGGAGGCCCACAGAUGUUAAUGAUGGGUUGCAUGAUGGGUCGACAGAUGUGGUUCCUCCUUUGAUUCCUAAGUGCUCAUGAGCUUUUUUCUCUCUCAUUAGCCACAUCUUACCAUGCUCGGUUUUUUAUCCUCCCCCUCCAACAUUUCACUGAUCCCAGGCACUGCAGGACGUGAAGAUUCAGUCAUUAACAGAUGCCACUUGUAUGCUGUAUUACCCUUCUCUUACAUUUUCCCUUCAUUUCCAUAUCUGUUUCUGCCUCACACAGCCACAUGUAUGCACACUGACACACACACUCACACGUCAUGGCUAAUGAUGUUUGGCUGCCUCCCCCACAGGCAGACCUGUUGCUGGGUUUAUCUUUAUCUGCAGUGACUGGGACGUGCUUGGGAGCAGGUGGGAGGGGCUGGGGAGGGAGGGGGGUUGGGUGGCGGCUGUCUGAAGGUGAGAUACUAAGGAGGAGGCACAGGCGUGCCAUUUGACUCCAGGGGCCAGAGUGUUGCAGCUGGCUGGUCUCUACACCUUCAUCUGACCUCUACCGAGUAGAUGAGAGGACAGCAGAGCAGAAUGAACAAAACACAGCUGCUCCCUCACGUCUUCCUCUCUUUCUUUGGUUAAAAUCUCCACUUCUUACAGUUAUAGAAGGAAGAGCAAAAGGAGGAAAUAGGGAUUUGUGGGGCUUUUGGAGUCUACACAGGUGUUUAUUUUUAGUAUUGCUAAUACUUUAUUUUUGAAUACUUGUUUCUGAUUCGUAGAAACCAAAUGGUUAUGAUUAUGAGUUCUGAGUAAGAGCAACCCAAGAGUCAGCCAGCAACCCAAGAGUCAGCCAGUUCAUACAUGUCAUUUCAAAUCAAUCCGUAGGAAAAGGGUUACACUGCAAAAAAGGAAUUUCAAGAAAGCAGCCUUGUAUUAAGGAAAUAAGUCUUAUUUUUUGUACAAAAAGAAUAUUAAUCUUGUUGAGCAUGUUUGGCAUUAGAAAAAUUAUCUAAUUUUAAGAGAAAAUGGCUAACUUUUUCUUGAUAACAUAUUCCAGCUAAUUUUGAGAUAAAAUGAACCAGAAAUAGAGUAGAAAAAUGUUUUACAAUAAAAUCCAGCGGAGCAACAAGAUCAUUCGUCUCAUUUUAAGAGUAAGACAUAUGUACAACUUCUCAAUUUAAGAAUGCCAUAUAAAGAUGUCUGUACAACACACAACAUAAUACAAUGACCAGAUGAAAACUGCAAAACAACAAAGAACAACAAAGAACACGCUUGCUUGUGGAAUAAAAAUAUAUAUUUAAUGAGAAUGUUUUGGUAUCUUGAUUUAAAAACAAAAUCACUUAUAUUUGCUAUGCUGUUUUAAGAAAUUGUGUCUUAUUUAAACUACUGUCAUGCUCGUUAAUAAUCCUAGAUUAAGGUGUAAUUUCUUUAAGUUCAUUUAUUCAGGAGACUAAAAUUCUAAUUUUAAGUAACUUCAUCUUAAUUUUUCAUUGCUUGCUGUAGAGUAAAUUAGAUUAAUAUAAGACUUUCUGUCUAGUUUUAAGUUUCAUUUGAGUCUGACAGGGCCAAGAAAUUUGUUCUUAUUCUGAGAAUUCUUAUCAUGCAAAAAAAGCUUACCCAAUUGGCAGUUUUUUUUGCUUGAUACAAGAUUAUUUGAUUGAAUAGAAUAAUAUUUUGCUUCUUUCUUGUAGAGCUGUUUUUGCAGUGUAGGAAAAAAAAACACUGCUUAUUGACUUUGUGGCAAUAAUGUCAUUUUUUGUUGUAAUGACAUGGAGGACAUUUCAGUAUUCAAUCCUUUCCUGCAUUCAAUCCACCACCUAGAUGUGUUGAGUGCACAUCUUGGUGGUGGAUUGCUGCUAGGUAACCUAAACCAUAAGGUUACACGCAUUAUUACAUAUGUACAUUUAAACUAACAAGGAGCCCCUCUGUAAUAUGUCAAAUAUGUGUAAGUCAAUAUUUUUCAAUCACUGGGAAUGGUUGGCAAGUAAAAGAAAUUACAGCUAAGGGACCCUGAACAUACUCCUCUUUUUUGAUUGUACACAGAAGUCAGUGCAGUGUCUCUUUAUUUGAACUUUUUUUUUAUGUCACAGAUAUUUGGCCUAAAGGUUUGUUUGAGGUUGUCUCAGGCUAUUUCAGAGAAAACUCAGCAACCUGCCAGCCAAUACUUCCUACCAACCUUGUAUGCACAUCAGCCUCGUGAUAUUUGCUCUCCUGUGAAAAAAGCAUGUUCUAAAUGUCAGACCUGUCGUUUUUCUCUCGGUGUAAUUUCCUCCCGUCUCUGCCUUUCUUUACCUCCACUCACCAUUUCCACUUUGUGUACUCGGUUGCCCUCUCCAGCCUUCCGCGUCUCUCACCUUUUUUUUUUCAUAUUGUGUUUCUCUCCCUGCAGGCAUUCAUGUCCAUGUUCCAGAUCCUAACACAGGAGGGCUGGGUGGAUGUCAUGGACCAGACUCUGGUGGCUGUAGGUCACAUGUGGGCUCCCGUUGUUGCCAUUUACUUCAUCCUGUACCAUCUGUUUGCUACCCUGGUGAGGAACUUACUUUGCUCUUUCAAAUAUAGAGGUCAAAGAAGUCAAGGACAGUGAGAUUUAAAUUAAAUUGGAGUUUAUUGCAUAUUGGCUGCAGAACUCUUCUCAAACUAGCAUUCUUUUAUUUCAGUACAAGCAGGUCGAGGAAAUAAGUGGUGAAAGGCUACAUUAAUUGUUUUCUUAAUGCAUUCAAUUAGUGCCCCCUGUCUCUCUGUUGUUCUCUCAAGUGGUACAUCUAAUCACAGUUAAUCAGACUUGCAGGCAUAAGAAGUGCUGACAUUUCAGUGUUUGGCCUUCUGAUAUGGAGAGCCAUCAGACAGCACUGACAGUCUCUAGAUGACUCAUGCUUCACCCCAGACGGACAGGGAGUCUUUGAGAACAGAACGAGCAACGAAUCUAAUUAGGAGGCAGACUUUGUACUUGUGAGACAGUCUUAGUUCUAUUGGGGUAAUCAUAUCAUUAUGUUGUGAUUUUGAUUCCUCUCCCUCUGGUCGGGUUUCAGAUCUUGCUCAGUCUUUUUGUGGCAGUCAUUCUGGACAAUCUGGAGUUGGAUGAAGACUUGAAGAAGCUCAAACAGGUAGGAAGCUGACACCGUCUGAACACAUUUUUUAAUUGUCUGGAGUGAGUUUAGUUUAGAUAUUAACACACACAGGAUCAAAGUGUUAAAUACAGAGAACAAAAGAUGAUCAUUAAGGAUAGUUUGAAGGUUUUUCAUGUUAACUUCUGCAGUGAAACUGAAAAAAGUACAUUCAGUUUUGUCGCAUUAAUGAAACACCACUGCAUACACUGACAGAAGUCAGAUUCAAACCUGUACACUUUGUACAGACUAGUCAGCAGGCAUUAAUAGACUGAUAUUACUCAGUGCUGUACCACCCGUGAUUCAAGAACAAUCAAGACUUGUAACAGCCUAUCAAGGGUUUUGUGCUUUAUGACAGCAUAGCAUGGCGUUGCAAAGCUGGGUCACUAUGAUGGCUGAUCAAAGUGAUCAACUUCCCCCUCUUGGUAUUUGGUGCUUCAAGGGGUUGAUUCAAAUGUCCACUCUAUUUGCACGCUCUUCCAUAUGGAGGCAGUUCAAAAUAGUUUGCUUUCAUUUUUAACAGCAAUAAGGGUAUCUGAGUGUGUUGGAAAUAUGACCUCCACUGUGUUCCAUUUGAGUUGUUUGCAGUAAACAUGGUCUCUUUUUAGGACACUACUCUCUUUAAUGAUUUAAAACAGAUGCAAGGUCCAUAUAAAAGCAAUCUUCUUAUGUAUUGUAUGUUUAACUUGUGUCCCUGCACCCUUUUUGGGGAAAAAAGCCCAAACAAAAUGGAAAUUCUGGAGUCUUUAGCAUUUUAGAAGCUUAAAGGAGAUUCAUUAUACUCAUUUUCAUCUUUCAGUAUAUCAGUGUGGGACCCCCAUAGAGGAGCUCAGCAUGAUUUGCAGUGAGAGCCCUUAUUUCAGUACCAUUCAGUGUCUGCCUGAAAUGCUUUGUAUUGGCUGCUUUUUAAGUUAGACGCAGCAGGUGUAACUUUCCUCACAGUCGUGUUCUACAAAUCAAAGCAGAAGUUAUGGCUUUACAGAAAACAUCUGAGGCCAGCCAGUAGCUGUCCAUGAACAGUCGGUUAUAGUUAAAGGAACUGCUGUUAUGAUUUAAUUUAGAUCCUGCUCUUCAGCUUUGUGAAGGAAAAUAAAUUACAAUUUAUUUUGUAAUUUAUAAAUUUUUUGUAUUUAGCUGCUAUUUUAUGAUAGUUUUUGUACAAAAAGGUAGAAAUACAUCAAACGAAACUACCUUUGAUAGUUCAGUAACACUUUAUUUGACGCCUAUAUCUAUAACACAUUAUAAAUAUAUGUAUAAUGUGUUAUAAUCACAUUAUAGCACUGUAUAACUAUAGUUACAAACUUACAAGGUCAGGUGUUAUAAUGUGUAAAAACUGUUAACAUCUCACUGACAAUGCCCACAUAGAUAAUGAAAUGCAACUGUUGUUAACAGUUAUAACACAUUAUAAUACCUGACCUUGUAAGUCAUGGUAAAAUGCUUUAUAAUGAGUUAUGAUUAUUGUUAUAAAGCAUUAUGAUCAUUCAUGAUAGUUAUGCAGUGCUAUAACGUGAUUAUAACACAUUAUAAAUAUAUUUAUAAUGCGUUAUAGAGAUAGGCGUGAAAUAAAGUGUUACCAUUAGUUUUUUUUGUAUCCCUACAAACAUACAUUGAUUAAUCUGAAGCUCACUGACAUUAACAGGUUCAAAUGGACACACAUGCUAACAUUAAUAGCAUGCUCUGUGUGCUUAUAACUGUCUGCCAUGUCUCAGCUUGCCUGGGCAGGUUAUUUCCCACCCACAGCUGAGUGAUUAGGCGCACUGACUGUAAAAUUGCCUAUUUUACAGGUGCUUCAAUCAGGGAUACACAGACUGACUAUAAAUAGACCAUAGAUUAUGAUCACCCUCUUAUAGGAGAGGGCUUCUGCAAACAUUUGAUAAAGAACCAAUGACAUGACCAUCCUUUCUAUGAGAUACACACACGUUGGCUGUGAGCGAUGAGAAACCAAUUAUGGUCCAUGUGAUGAAUCAUUUUUGCCCGCUGUUUGAUGAACGACUUCGUAGAGCUGGUAAUGUUUGUUAUUUGUCAUUAAUGUGACUUGUGUCCAUGACAAGCUCUUUCAAAGAGACCAUGUAGAGAAAAUAGUACCUGAUGUUUUUUUUUUCACUUGGCUGAACUGUUCCAGGGAGCGUCAUGAGCGUGGAGAGGGUAUCAAUCAAAAUAUAGAGUGAGAGUUUGACACACAAAAUUCACAUGUGUAUUCUCCUUCCCAAGACAUUUUUAAUCCUUUCCUCUUCACAGCUGGUUGAACAACCAGACAGUUGCUGUGUUCGAGUUAAUUGGAAAUAAUGGAACAACAAAUUGGAGCCGAAUAAACUAUUCAAAGAGUCUGUUCAUGCAAAUCAUGGGAUUUUUGUCUGAGUGUUGUUCGAAGUCAUAUAAGGUGGAGUUUGUGUGGGUUUCGGUGGAGAGUGGGAUGCUAAGCAGAGAAUAUUUCAUAUGGUAACAGCGUUGAUGGUACGAUCAGCAGGAGUUAAUAGCUAUUAUGUCAAAAUUAGCUAAUGACGGGUGUUUUUACUGCCAGACAGACUCCAGAUUUGUGGCUAUGCUGUGAAGAGAAUCAUGUUAUAAUAAACAGUUUGUGACCGUAUCUUGCCUUAGCGUCACUGUUGCCUGUUUUACUGAAAAGGACAUGUGCAGCCAAGCUUUAAACAAUAAGACCUACUGUAUCUGCAGAGCAGUAGUCAAAGAUAAUACUAAACCACUCUGCACUCUGCUUGACAUUUUUUCAGUAAAUUAAUGCCAAAGUCGUGUUCGAUGGAAAAUGCUUUGGAUUUAGAUGGAUGAAUCAGUAUCCUACCUCUUUAGAUGACCAAAACACACAUUUAACUUAUCACUCAGAUGGCAAAUGGCAAAGACACCACCAACCACAGCAAAAUAGCAGCUGAGUUUGUUGACAGAGCUGACAACCAUGGAAUAAUACUCGGUCAUAUGAUUCCUAAGCUUCUUGGAAAUAAAUAACCAAUACAUGAAUAACUAAAACUAUUUGGAAACUUUGUCUUGGCAUGGAAAUGACAAAUUGAGAAAAAUGAUUUGUAUCAGACCUUUAACAUGUUAAAUCUUGGUGUAGAACUUGCAUUGCCAGCCUCAAGUGGACAUUCCAGGAACUGCGGGUUGCUGCUGAUUUUUUCUUUCUGCACUCAGGGCUCUCUGCUAAAAAAAUAUUCAACUUUGUGAAACACAAACAUGCUUAUGAAUGCCACAUCUUUAUCACCAACCAAUCAGAAUCUAGAAGGUUUAGAGCCGCUCUAAUGCUGUGACCUGUUUCUGUCAAUUGUUUGUUUGUGUUUGUAAAAUACCAUCAAAUGAAAGCCCGAUAUGAAGCACACAAUGAAUUUUAGAGCAGACUCAACAGUCAAAGUGCCAUGGGACAACUUCUAUCAUCAUUGUUUGUUGUUAAAGCAGAUAUGAUCAGUGGGGGGAGAAAAGCUGGAUAAAUGCCAUCUAUUAGUAUAUUUAUAUGUGUGUGUGUGUGUGUGUCUGUGUGUGUGUUUGUGUGUGGAUGCUUCAAGCUAUUAAAAGAAUGCAGAUUCAGGGUUCUCCCAAUACGGCUAACUUUUAAAAUCAAGGCUCCACAGUCUGUGUGUUUUCAUAACCCCAGGGUGCAAUGGCCGGAUUAUUAGCCGGUAACUGUGAACAGUAUAUUAACUCUGGUGUUCAGUCAGCUAAAACUUUGACCCACCAAUGUUUGAGAUUAAUUUCCCUUUCAGUCAUAACCCUCUUUGAAAAUAGUUCACUGAGGAUGUUUCUGCACCGUCAGUUGUUGCGUAUAGACUGGGAACUACCUGUGAGUCACAAUGUUUAAAAAAAUUACACACUGCAGAGGCUAAACACUCUGUUUGGCUGCAGGCAGGUAUAGAAUCACCUCGUGAGUCAUAGAACUUAAAAUAGAGUGAAUGUUUGAAACAACUGCAUAAAAGUAAGGCACCUGUGACAGACUGAAUCGUAAAAAUACAACCUUAAUGGGCAUUUAAAAGUGAAAUUGAAGCGCUCUGACUUUCCUCAGGUAACUGUUUCGUUAUUGCUCAUAGAUGAGAUGAAAUUCCAGACAAACAAAUUUCUCUUUGGGGAUCAAUAAAGUUCUUGUUUUGUAUUAUAUUGUGUUAUCUGUUCUCACUUGAGCAGUUCUCAAGCUGAUCAGCUUGGAUCGUUACCUGGCAACAGGUUUUGCUUGUCAUCAUGUCGUCAUCACAGCCGGUUUGUACAUUUCCAGCUGUCACUCCACAUGCAUAAGCUCCUUUUCCUUCACUGCUGCCCUAACCAGGUGUGUGCAGCAGGACCCCACUGUGUCUGCCCAUGUUGAUGAUUUGAUAAUGACAUCAUCAAUAAGGCACGUAGCUAAAAACAUCCGUCAUCAUUUGUAUGCUGAUUGCAGUCCAGCCUUUUAGGGCAAUGACUUGCAUCUGUCAACCAUGACAGGGCAUUUGUCUUGAUUUGAUGUUUUUUUUGUCCAAGACCUGAAGCUCAAAACACAAGGAGAAGCACCAGGGGGGAUUGUGGGUAGUCUCGCUGUGAUUGAGCAAAUCGGUGUUACAGCACCCUAUGGCUGGAAAAGCCGGCUGUUUUAAUGCAAUCUGAUGUGAGCUGCUGUGAGAGUCAAACCGUUAUUAAUCUGUCUGUUUCAAUCACAGCCUGAGAAGAGAAGUCCAGGUUGUUUUCAACGCACAGACUGAAUGAACUGUAUGUCUUCCUGCAUAUAAAAAGCGGUCAUAAUUACAGAAAGCAAGGAAAGCAGUUCUAUAACUAAUAAACAACCAGCCUAUUCCAUCAUACUUAUGAACCAGGAGCACAGAUUUGGCAGAAGUUUCCUGAUAGCAUACACUCAGAUGAACGUGAGCAUCCUCGACUCAUCAGCUUUGAUUAGGAUAACACAUUUAAUGCAUGAAGUUAGAUUUGCAAAGAAUUUGUAAUCAAAUGAAACCUGAGAGAGAAGAAAAGUAGACGGUAGAGGAAAACACAAGUGAAGGGAGGAAGUAGACCUCCCCCAACCCCAGCCCUAACAUCCUAUUUCACACCCAUAGAAGCCUCCUGGGCAUGUUUCUGUUCAUAGCUGAUGUGAAACCUGGUCGAGGCCUGAACCGCUCAUGAAAUAUACAUAAAGCAGAUUCUGAUUGAUUUUUGCACUCCCUUAGAUUAAUUAUUUAAAUAAUAAAGCUGAACACAUUCUCAGUAAGAAUGAAAGUGGGCAUCAAUUUUUUCUUCAAAUUAAGUCAAAUUAAUUUAAAACAUCAUGACUCAUGAGGUUAGGAGGUGGCGCAAGUUACUGAAAAAAAAGAAUGACCCAUCCAGUUACCCACACAGGUUCUCAAAACUUCCACUAAAUUAUUGAAACACAUUAUUCUGCUUUAGUUUGAUAUGACAGAAAUAUAACAUAUGACUAACUGGCUGAUCUUAAGGAAGAACACACAGAAAACAGUCACUAUUGAGUAGGGCUGGGUGAUAUGGCCUGAAAUCAAUAUCAGGAUAUAUUGAGCAGUUCACCUCGAUAAUGAUAAAUGGACGAUAACUACUCCACAAGCUGCUCACCCCCUCCCCCAUUAACUCUGUCUACUUCAGCCGCUACAACUUUUGAGCCUUCCUUCUUGAACCUCCAUCUCACCUGUCUUUCCCUCUUUGUUACGGACUGGACGGGGUGGAGUCACGUAUCCGACGUAGGACACAUUUUUUUUUUUUUGUUUAUUUUUUUUUUUGACACCGAAUACAUUGACAUGGGCAAAAUGAUGUUGGUUAUCGCCAUAAAUUUCGGUAUCAGUUAAUUUUCGAUUUAUCGCCCAGCCCAACUAUUCGAGCCCAAUUUUGCUAACACAGUUGAAUACAAGAUCACAGAAUAUACUGAUUAAUGAUGAAUUGGUUUGCUGCUUAUGGCUGACAAUAGCUGCACUAGCACCACUAGCCUUCGGUACCUGUAGCAGGUUGAUAUAAACAUGCUUUUGCUGAUAACACAUUGCUCUAGUGGAACAGUUAUAUGUCAGCUUUUCAGUCCAUAUAUAAUUUUUUCUGUUUGCUUAAAAACAAAAAAAAAAAAAAAAGAAAUGCGAAACUGUGUCACUAUAAACGAUUCUGUCUAUCAGCCGUGCUUGUUUACAUCCAGAUAGGGUGGUAUGACAGUAGCUGUUCACAGGCCCGGCUAUUGGUUGGUGGCAAUUCUGGUCUACAAUACUAAAAUCUGUGAAGUUUUGUUCAACCCGUAGGCUAAAACAUUGCCACUCUUUGAUUUACAUGGUGAGUCUUGGGCUGCCGCCACACUUUCUUUGAGUGUUCAUCUCACAGAAAAGUGCUGGACAGGGUUUGUUGCACUCUGAGGACUUUUUAUGCUCUGUCCCAAAAACUUGUACAAAAAUCAAUAAAAAGGCUUUUGAAUUUUCUGCACCCUCGACCUGGAAUUUAUUAUAGAAUGACCCAAAAACUCAGGAGCUGGUGUCUUCAAAUGUUUUCAAACCUAAAGUGAAAGAAUUUGAAUCAUUCAAGUAAAGGGCAUAUUUCAUUGCAAAGUCUUUGCAAACACAGUAAGAGGUUUACAAUUUGUUUCAGACAUUACAGCAAUAGUGAGAAGAUUUGAAAAUAAGAUGCCGCCACAGUAAGGUUGACUUGUUCCUUCCAUUGCAUUGUUACCUCAGUUGGCCGUGACCAUAACGCGGCUGGUUUUAUGCAGUCAUGUUUGAGUGCAGAGGACGAUAACAACACCAAGAAGAAUCUGAAAACCAAGUUUGUCUCUUGGACAUUGUUAUUGCCCCGCCUUUAUCUGCGGUGUCACAGGUGGGUGGGCUUUCUGAUGGGAGAGAGUAAUGACCCAUCCUUAUCCAACAAAUCACUGCUGCCCACAGAGCAACUUCUGCAGGGGCCAGGGGAGGCGCAGGGAGAGGGGAAAAUGUUUAUCUUGAGCUGCUAGAUAUCAACCAAACUGAAAGAGGUGUUUACCCCUAAGGGCGCUGAUAAAGAUGAUAAUAGUGUAUGUAUGAGUGUGUCUGUGUGUGUAUGAAAAUGAAUUGUUAAGACAUGAUAAAUUUGUGUGUGCAUGUUGUACACACAAACUUUUUGGGCAUUUCUGUGAGCGUUUGUGUGAAUGUGAAAAUGUGUGGCAAUCAAACAGGUCCUGAGGCCAGGAGGAUGAGUCAUGAGGAGCACAUUUGGGAGACUGUGCAAGUUAAAAGCUGAGGCACAUAGCGAGGGCAAGCUGAAAGCAAAGCUUUUGUCUAUAGUCUGUGUACAUAAUCCACUCAGACAAACAGACAUUUGAAUCCUUUACACCUUGAACUCAGAGACCUCUCAGUCUGACCUUUGACGUCUUCUUUUUGUCUUCUUCAAAGUCGGCCAACCCUCAGAGCAGAGAGGAGAGGAUGUAUCAUGGAAAACACUGUACCUGCUCUGAGGGCACCACAAGAGUUUUUUUCCCACUCUUGAAUAUUUACUCUUAAAGUAAACAAAACAACAGCCUGUGUGCUUACAAUCUGAUUUUCUUUGUCUGUCUUCAGGUCAUAUUUUAUGACCCUGCAAUGCCUGGUUGAUCAGCUAAAUGAGGUAAAUAGGGAGUUUAACCUGAAGGCAGAGGUUUUAACUUAGCAGUCAAUUUACAGUAUGUUCCGUCUUUUACUCUGGUUGGUUACUGAGUGAAUCAUCGGUGGCUGGAAUCAGUUUUCCUCUGAAGUGCAGCCUACAUAAGAUAGUAUUACUCCUUCACAUCCAAAGGAGGCAGUUGUGCUGCUUCAUGUUACUGUGAUAAGGAUGCCUCUUGGGCAGACCCCACUUGUAGGAGACCUAAGGGUACUAAGCUUAGAUGCAGAGUUCCCAUACAUCCCAUCUGACUUGGAGGUUGCCUCAGAAUCUCCAGAAUUAGCUCAAAUAGAUCGUCAGUGAGAGAGUAAUCCUGGUCAACUUGUUUGUCCUGCUGCUGAAGGGAGGGAAAUGAGUGAGUGUAUGGAUGGGAUUUGAUAAUAUUUACUGGCCAGCUGAUUGCAGACACUGAUUGGUUGAUCGACCAAACCAAAGAUAGCAGUCUCUAUUUAACUUUGCCAGCUAGUAACAAAAAAGGGCACUGAUAUAUAAGCCAUCAUAGGUUACCUUUGUUUCUGAGAGAUUGAAUCUGGACAGUCUCCAUUGAGCAUAAAGGCAAAUGCUGGCUUGAAAUAGCUGGAACUAGUUCUUAAGCUUAGCUGAGUGAAGUUUAAAGAUGUUCAUUACAUUUACAUGCUGAGAUAUAGCUUGAUCAGAAAAUUCAACCCAUCUUCUGUUCCAUCCGUCCAGUUGGGACCUUCUUCUGGUUGACCUAUUGUGUCAAAUACUAAAAAUAUUGACAAGCAACUUGGUAAGGGGAAAACUGGUUGUAAGUUGGAUGAUGAACACACUAACAGCUUAUUAUCUCUGUACCUUUCAUGCGACUCCAUGCUUUCUUUUCCUUUCUUCCGUUUUACUUCUUGUGUUGAAGUUUAGUUUCUCAUUCAUCUUCCUUCUACAUAUUAGUUCUGCUCAGGAUCAAAGUGCAAUGUACUCUCAGCUUGUUUGGGGCAGAUUGAGGGGUAUGUAUGCGGGAAAAAAUCAAUCCCCAACUGCAUUGUGGAGGUUUGUUUGUUUGAUUUAAAGAAAUUCAACUUGAUGCGAUUUUACUCAGACUGAUUUUCAUGUACUUCAAAACUCCAGUUCAGACUUUUGCAGUGAUCUUUCUAGCAUCACUUUACCAAUGUGACUGUUUACAACAAAAGCAAUAUAUUCCAAGUCUUUUACUGACUGAAUACAAAUAGAAAUGCCAGAGAUUGAACUUUUUAUAGAUCCCCAUAUAGAUCUUAUCUGGUAGUGAAGAUAUAAUGUUUAAGAUGUUACUUUUUGCUACUGGUUGAGCAGCAACAGAGACCAAAUAGAACAGAACUGCAGAAACAUGCAAAUCACAAGAGAGCUUUGGAGAAUCACAAGUUUGAAAUGGCGAGCUUGACAUCUUUGUGACUGUAUACUCUUAAAUUUGUCUACAGGACAAUGAAAAAGGCUUUUGGGGGGCAUUUUGAAUGUAUGACAAUCCACAGUCUCACAGGAGAAGCUUGAUGACAAAAUUCUGGUUCUAUGCACAAAAUUAAGGACCUCUCAUCAAAAAAAUGUGAAUAUUUUGUGUUGAUUAAAAAAUUGAAAGCCAGACAUAAUACAACACCAUAUAGAGGCAGCGAGGGGUAACCUUUCUUGAGGCGUUGUCAUUAGUUCCACCCACAUACUCUGUUCUUGUGUGUACCCAGAGUCCUCCAGCCUUGACUUUUUUCAAAGCUACACCCUCACUGACCUCGGAGAAGGAUUUCCUCUGCUCUCACUUGGGGUUAAUUGUGGUUUUAAAUAUCAGAUUUCCCACAUUAUCAGAGCAUGUUUGGCUCAGUUUAAAGCUGCAAGUGACAAAGCUGGACUGCUUUGUUUCAUGGCCUGUACCAGCUAACCAUACUGCCAUCUAGUGCAUGAGCUACACACUCUAAGUUUGAAUUAUGAUCUGUUGUUGUUCAAGGAUUUAUGGCUCUAGCAGACAAGUGUGUGUGUUUGUGUUAAUGAUUGUCUUUUUGUGCAGCAGAGGUCUGCGUACGCAUCAAUUGUGCAAUGAAGGAGCAUGAUGGAUGACUUCUAUUUCCAUUCUCCAAUAUAUUACCCGCGUAACCGACAUGUUUUCGAGGGAGUCUCAGUUCCAACAUGAACAUCCUUAAGGAAGCACUGUGGGGAGUCCCACACGCCACAGACAGAUGGUGCGAUGCGACACCGAGGUAAUCAGAUUGCUGCCCCCAGCGUGUCAGGCUUGUCAAAGCCGGCGUGGAGAGAUGCUCUACGGUGACAGUGUGUGGUCGGUAGUUCAGUUGCGUCUAUCUUUUUGCUCCAUAUUUGUCAGCUGAUGUGGCAUCCAUGGUGAGAGAUCAAACGAAGAUGAAGAAGGGGAGGGGGAAGGUGGAGAUGGAGGAAAAGAUAAACACACAGGGAGGUGAGAAAGAAGAAAAAAGAGGGGAGUUUCUGUUGGUAUCACUGAGGUUUCUUACCGUAUAACUUCUGCUUUACCCUAAAAUUUGGCAUGCAUGUGUGUGACGUAUUUUUACAUGGGUAGUUUCUCUGCUCUCUGUAUUUUAUUCACACCUCAUACUGAAUGUUCUUUUUGUCAAGCAGUAUUUAGUUUGAGCAAAUAAGUCAUGAAGAGGUUGUGUUUUGGCCUCUCACCGAGGAUUUCAUUAUUUAUGAAUUAAACUAAAAGCCUGUCCUCCAGUUAUGUGAUUUAAUGGCCCUAGGACUUAUUUAGGGAUUUAGUGGAGGAGAAGAAAGGCGAGGAAGACGAAUAAAGGAGAGAAAAGAAGAGCAAAUCCCUCAGAGAAUCCAAAUACAAUGUGUUCUUAUCUUUUAAAAUGUCACCUUCAGUUUUCUGUUGGAAGACACUCUUGGCUCUUGUUACGCUCCUUACCCAGCAUUAAGACAUAUUCAGCCACGGCCACAAAUACCAAAAAGAAAAAUCUGACAACGCAAAACAUGCAAAUCCUUAAUUUAAAAUUACAGUGUGAAGAAAUGGGAAGACAGAAAUGCUCCCUUACUCAUCCGUCUUGUUAGUAAAAGAACGGAGGCCUUUGAGGACAAAAAGCUCAUGUAAUGCAUAUGGCAGCAGGAGACCCAUUUCUUUGUAGAUAUAAAAGCCUCAUUCUGAGUCACCAGAAACAAAACCCUUUUUUUUAUAUUCAGGUGAUUACACACCAAUUUCAACAUUCAUAGAAAUAUCAUUUCUGCCAAGUCUGUUCUGUUAAAUGCCACUAUGUAGUACGACACUGUGUCUUUAAAGGUUACUCUAAUCUUUAUUUGUAUACCUGAAUGCUGGCAAAUUACACAGACAGGCAGGGAACAUGUGGAAUGAAAGAAAUGACGUCCAACAAAGGUUUCCAGCCAGGCAUGCUGCCAUUCAGGGAAUCAAAUUAGUGCCUGCCAGCUGCCAAAUGCAGAGCUAAUGUUGGCUGUAGCAGGUAAAGAUCCCAGGCCAGCUGCCACCAUGGCAGAUAGGUUUCCUCGCAAUGAGUGUGUGUGUGAUUUUUGUUUUUUUUGUAAUUUUAUCAUGCAAUUCAAAUAACCACCUUCUCUUCAUGCUAUGUAAACCUCCACAGUGAAGCAUUGGUAUGAAGCAGUGUAAAUUUCUGUCCAAAGAAGGAUAGCUGCAAUAAUGCAUCUUUGUGGCACUGUUUUCCCACACAACCAUUUCCCUUUUUGAUGGUUUUGCAACUAAAAUGAGAAUAGACAGUCAAUAUAUGGAUGGACCACAGGUAAAAACACUGUGAUUUGAUAACCUUUUAUCUAUUUAGACAAUAGCUAUUGCUCACAUCACAUCUGGCCUCUAUCUUGCUAAUAUUGAGGUUGAGGAGAAAUGCAAAUUGCUAGCAUAUGUUGUGUUGGCUUAGAAAAGGUUGAAUGCUUAUGUUAGCUGUCCAUGAAAAAUAUGUUUUUUUACAUUGUGUGACAUUGAUAGGGGUGGAAGAAAAAAUCGAUACAGCAUACUAUCGAGAUAUUUUGUCUGGUGAUAUAUCGUAUUGUGUUAUUUACCAAGUAUCGUUUUUUUUUUUUUUCAAAUUAAUUGUUAAUAUGAAGUCAAAUCUAUGAUAAUGGAAAAAUAAAAUCAACUGUUUGUCCAGUGAGAUUAGACUCUGUCUCGCUAAUUUACCCACUACUCAAGAAAUGUCUGUCAAGAUGAAUUAGGCAGUGUUACAUUUGGUUGAGGAGAAAUGCGAAUUGUUAGCAUAUGUUGUGUCGGCUUGGAAAAGGUUGAAUGCUAAUGUUAUCUAUCCGUGAAAAAUAUGUUUUUUUACAUUGUGUAACAUUGACCUUUAACCAUUCGACUAGCUGUUGGCGGAAACGUCCAGUUACCUGACAGUGGUGCGUCAGCAUCUUAUGUGAGUGCACUCAGAUACACAGUUGUGGAUACUGAGGUGGAAUAUAAAGAGUAUCUGCAGUUGUUCUGGGUGUUGGGGGUAUAGAGGUUUACAGGCUGUGUGGUUUUACAGCAGCUCCAUAGCAUGGCUCAUUACCCAGCUAAUGAGAGGAGAGGGUGACCCCGCUGACUCGCUCUCGGCUUUUCCACCCCUGGGUGUUUCGGCUCGACUAGCUCAGGGCCUAGACAACCCAACUAAGAGAGUGAGAGAGAGACUUGAGAGUGCAAACAGGUUAGCAUGCAUGACAGUAACCACAGUUGUUUCAGGAAUUUUCAGUUUUACACUUAUUUCACCUUAAAUAAGAAAGUAUCUUGCUGAAAGACGGAAAGCAUGGCGCAGUAGUCCAUGAUCACACAUACACACACUCACACAUGCACAGCUGUUAUCUAGUGGUGUUGCUGAAUGACAGGCUCCGAUGUCUGAAUGGUAAAAUACAGAAGGCUGUACAUAUCCUCCCGCAGGCACUCAAGUGAGUGUGUGUGGGCAGCAGCUACGUAGGCGGCUGCUCAUCAGUUCCUCAUUGUUCUGUUUGCUCCUCUCACAGAUAUUCAUACUUUUUUCUAAGCAUGCCUUUGAGGCCCUUUUACCGAGAGCACCGAGGGAAUUGAUCUGAGAGUUUAGUGGAAUUAGAGAGAUGAAACGAGUGUUCACCAGCUUAUCUGAGUCAACAACCAGUGUUUGUGCUUUUUAUGCCAAAAAGAACAAAUGACUCGAAUGCUUUAAACAUUUAGGCUGUUGUUGUUUUUACUGACAUAUCAGUGAUUACAAGGAUAAUUUUGAACUUUUCCCUCUUUGCUGUUAAGCUAAAGUGAGGGAUCUGUUAGCUCAAUGCCUGUCAGCUCAGAGGUGUAUGGUAAUAUAAGGGUUCUUUACUGCAGAGUAUCAAUAUCAUCAAUACAGCUUUAAGUGUGGCUUGAGUAUCAGCUAAUAGACUAUUCUCCUGGAUGGAUAUGAUACCAACAAGGAUUCACUCCCCACAGUUUAUUUUAUUUUUCCCCUAUUUUUUCUUCCCUGGCAGACCCUAAAAAAGAAACACUGUCAUCUAUUUUUGAAGAGCUGCAAGAACCAACUAAUUUGGCUUGAAUGACACAUUUUCUCGUUGUUGAACUCAAAUCUAAACUCUCUCUUGGCCGCUAGUCUAAAGAUAAGAAAAUACUCUUUCAACGGUCAAAAUUGAGCACAGUUAAUUGACAUGGCUGAGCAUAUAAGUUGUGUCCCAAUUUAGGGGCUGCAGCCUUCAAAGGAUGCAUUUGACGAGUGAGCGUGUUACAGUGGUGAGUCGAAGGCUGCUCCAUUUCGAGGGCUUCUCCAAAUGCUGCCAUCAAAUGUGUCCUAUUUUUCCCGGGCCUUGAAAGCAGCAUCAGGUGCUUCCUUCGCAGCCUCACUUAUCCUCUGAUUCUGCUGAGCGAUACACUGUGAAGUAAAAGUACAUGGUUUUAACUUAAAAAACUAUACAAAUGUUAUAAAAGACAGACAUAUUACAAUUUGAAUUUAUCAGAAACGUUGGCGAUAGUGUUCAACUUCUGUGAUGCUAACUGCAUUAGCUACUUAGCUGGGUAGCCCUCUGUUUCGAGGUAAUACGAGCGGCACUACGAGAUGCACGCAAUUCUCAGAGGGUUAAUCUGUCUUAAUUCAGAGUUUAGUCAUUCAGAUGAGUCAACGCAAACAUUGUGUUAUGUUGUGUGUUCUGUAGCUCUGUGGUCUUGUCCUGAUUUCCUGGUUUAAUUUGUAUUUUUACCUUGUGCUGUAUGUCUUUCUUGAAUUCUCUCAUAGGUUAGAUUACGUUAUUCUUGCAUCACAUUUACAGUAUGUUGUUGUGUCCUGUAUCAUGUUCCUAGUGUUUCUGUUUUUGCCUAAUUUGUCAAGUCUAGUUUCACUUCCUGUGUUUUCCCUCCUUUUUAAAGCACCCUGAUUGGUUUCACCCAUCACAACUAAGCUGAUAGCAUUUUACAAAAAGAAAUACCCAAUGAUCUUUGGUGGACACAGAGUAUUAAUAGAGGCUAGCCAUCAUGUUGCUAACGUUGGCUCAGUUAGUAUAAGUGCUUUUGGUAUUUUGAGGCCAGGGUUCUUUUAGUGAACUAAAGCAGGCCCCCUCAUACUGAUCGCAAUAAUUUCACAUUCAUACAAGGCUAGCAAUAGGUGUAAAUAAUGCAAAUUAUGUUUUUCUUUGUUUUUCUCAAUGGUAUACAAUACAAGAGAUACUCAAUGUGGGCUAAUACUGCAGCCAUAAUCGUUAAGAAACUUCUGAAGCAUAAUGCACAUUUGGUAAUAUAGUCCUUGUCAUGCUAUCAGUGUAGUGCAGCCUGUGUGUCUUAACUAGUCCUGCAGCUGUAUUAAAGCUGCUAUAAUAACCACAAUAGCUUGUGUAGUGCCAUAAUGAGUGUAUGAAGGUAAAUGUAUUAGUAAGUGUUAUUAUAAAAGGGUUUGUCCCUUUAAAAGAGUUUUGUUCACUUCUUUUAAAGGCAUUUCAUCCCAGCUAGUUUUCACUCCUCCAUCAUAUUAGACUCCUCAGCAGCUUGUCUGAGACCAUUUUAACUCAGACCACUUUAUCUCCUCCCAUGCUCUCGCUGAAUAAUAGCUAUGACCGAAUUUGGUCUAAUGCUAAUGGCCGGCAUUAGCUUUUUUUCUUCCCUCCUUGGGUGCUGGUCAGGAAAUCUGUGGAAAUCCCAGACAGAAAGCUCCCCAGCUCAGCCGAGCCUGAAAUUGGCUUGAAUGGAGGGGGAAGCAGCAGCAGGUCACCUGAAUGGGUCUCAAGGCAAAACACAUUAGUCUCGGCUCCAUUGUUACACCAGCAUACACUAAAUCUCCUCUGUGUCAAGUCAGGCAAUACUUUUGAUUUAUCAGCCAUUGACUCUGACAUAAAGAGAACACUGAGACAUUUUCUCCUGCUCAGACAGGUGGAGAUGGACAGAAGAAAGGUUCAAUUAUGUUUCUCACAGACACAAACAGGCACUUCAUAUUAGUAUUUACUGAAAUAACACAUUUUGGCCAAAUAGCAACGUUGUUUUAUUUUAAAGGAGCUGGUGUCCAAUUAAAAGUUCUCAAAUGUACUCUCUACAUUCCAUUUAAAUGUCCGAGUACUCUUCUGAGAAAAUCUUAAGUUUUAUCAUUAGCUCCGACAAUUUUUUCAUCUUUAUUCACAAGAUAGUUUGUCUUUAACUGUUAUGCAGGUAUUUGGUACUAGAUUUUUACAGGGCUCAAUGAUAUCAGUACCUCGCACAUAAGGUCCAUUUCCAAUGUAUGAACCAUAGACUGUAUAUAGAAUGGACGCCGUCUGCCUCCUCGGUGGGUGAAGCCACUCUGAUUACAGCACCCUCUGGUGACGGGCAGUGUAGGUCAUAAGUCCCGCCUCCGCCAGCAAAGCUUAUGGAGCUGUGGACAAACUUUAGAAAUUUAUUACACAGAACAUAAAUUUUUCUCCCCCCUGUUUGUGAUGUUGACAUGUAGUUACUGUAAGACUGGUUUGUGCUCAAGUCCUCUUUUUUCUGUACAGCUCCAUUUUUAAAAGUUAUUAGGGGUUCAAGUUUUCAAUGAUUGACACUUGAUACAGCCUAUGGUUUGUAUGAAGAUUGCGUAGCUCACCCGAGAGGUACGCUGUUUGAGCCGAGCGUCAUCACAGCGACUCUCGGCGUCUCUCCCGCGGAAUGUGUACAACACUACUGCGCAAUAUUGGAACCAAGUUGUCCAUAGUAGAUACAGUCUAUGGUAGGAACUUUCUCCAGGGAUCAGGAACUUUAGCGGGAUGUCAGAGCAUCAGAGACCAAAGUCUAAUUAUGGUGAAAGAUAAAGCUCCCAAAAAGGCCCUUAGAGGUUGGACUCCUCAACCUAACAUUAAGACCUCACUUAAUUUGCCUCAUGUUUACACAUCCCAAGGCUUUGAUAGACAAUAGCAAGAUAAAGGAACCUUUGUGUACCAUGAAGAGAGGUUCCUGGAACUUAAAGUUAGGAUCCCGUGUCGCCAUAUUCAUAACCCAAAUCCGGUUAAUCACCCAGCUCUUGCUGAUGUUGCCAACAAUCCAACCCUUAUUUUUUAUGCUUCACAACAUCUCUUCAGACACCAAUGGGUGAUGUAACAGGGACUGCAGGAACUGUGAAAUACAUACUGUGGUGGAAAUAUGCUGCAAGCCCCGUGCAUUUACAGCCGUAAAUGUGUACACACUAUGAAUAAUAAUCUUGUGUAUUUGUUGGAGAAAGUCAUUCCUCUUCUCUGAAACAGUAACAUGUAAAACCAAUAAUCAUUAGAGAAUAGAUUUUGCUAGUAAGUGCUCUUUUCCUUAGCUCCUCCAUGUCCAUGUCUGCCUUAUUGAUCCUUUCUAUCGACCUGACAGAAAGCCCUAUGUGUUAGCACAUACAGAUAAUAGUGAUUUAUAGCAGCUUACCAGUGAAUCCCCUCAAACCCUUCACAGAUAAGCCUUACACAGUGUCAGUGCAAAGAAAACUGUUAUUUUAGUGGUGUAUCCAUGUUCUUACGCCGACCUCUUCUAAUUUAUUUUCUAUGUUUUAAGGCCUCACAGCACUUCUUCUAAUAAAAAAUGUCUCAUUGUUUCAUGGUGGAGUGGAUUCUGAUUCGCUUUCUGGGGGUAAAUUGAAAUUAAAUUCAGUGCUAUCUAAUUUAUUUUCACAGUGGGUGGGUCCCCAGAUGCAGCACAUCAGUAAAUAAACAAACACGUGAAUUGAAGGGCACAAACAAGCGUGUAACUCACAGUAGUCAUCUUUAACAAUAAAAAAGAAUAAAAAAGUUAACCUCUUUCUAUGCAGCUACUUAUUUUUCUGGAAGUAAGGAGUGAAGGCGAGGAGGCAGUGAACAGAAGCUGAUACUGAGAUCUAGUGACCGGGCAGCCUUGUGUGAAGAAUGUAGACCGACGUGCUCUUUGAAGGAAGGAGCAGACAUUUCAGAGAGCUAAAAAGGAGCAAUUCACAGAAGGACAAUAGACAGAGAAGAGAAACUUUAGCUGUAAUAGGACACUGCUUGCAGUUAAGGGCGCAGCGCCUCGUCUAAACUGUACAUCUCGCUGAGUUGGCCCAAUUGAUUAGGACCAUUGGGAGCAGUACAGCCCAUAUUAAUUCCUCACUGUGUGUGUGUGUGUGUGCAUGCUUGUUUGUGGAUUUUUUGUUUGCGUGUGUUUUGCUUGCAGGGAAUUUCAGCAAGUAAAUGUAAAGUUACUGUAGAAGAUGACUGCAGCACUUUUCUACAAGUUUCACCAAGAGAGCUGCAGCACAAAAAGAAAAAGCUGACCAAAUUUUGAUUCUUAUUUCCAAGCAAUUUUGUAAAAGAUGGUGUCUGUUUGUCAUUACAUCUUAAAAAGCUUUGUCUUCUGCUUGUUUUCCAUACAUUUCUGUCUGUCUGUCUUUUGCUUGUUCUAGCUUCAUGCUCUGUUUCACUCCAUCUCUCCAUCUUGUGUCUAUCUUGGGAUUCAGAUUAUAGACAGAAAGCCUAGGCAAGCAAAUACUGGUGCAUAACUCUGUCUUCACAGCAUGCCACUCACCACUCAACCCACUCAGGGUAAAAAAGCCGCUCCUUUAUUUUAGUCUUGUUUGAGAAAGAAAAUGGAUAGACAGAUUUCCAUUCCCUCCUUUGUCAGGUCUCUUCCUCUACCGGCUGUUAUCCCUCAAACACGAGAGGCUGUUCCAAUCAUUCAGGCGUGCUCACAGACAGAAAUACCAAUGCACAAGGACAGGGGUUUGCAUUGCAAGACAGACAAACGUUCAGAUAGCAUGACUGACGGAGAAACAUUCAGCGAGCCCAGUCAAUAUGUUUCACAGCGGUUUCCCUGCUCUGCAUGAUAAGCUGCCACUCACCAUCGCUCCAAAUGCAGUUCACUUUCCAGGCCUUAAUCUGCAAUGCAUCAGGGGUUAUCUCCAGGCACCCAGACAGAGAAUACCUGCAAGGGAAUUUCAAUCAGCCUCCCUCAUAUGUAAUUAAAUGGAAAUAAUUGGUUCCAUUUCCCUUUGUCAUCUUUUUAUUUCACCAACCUGCAGCCUGCUCACAUGCAUUUUUCUAAGUGUCUUUGCCUCUUUUCUUUUUCUCCAUGAACCACUCCAAAAUAAUCUUUUCUUUUUCUUUUGUUGCUUUCUUCAUUCUUUUUCUAAAAGUAAGUGGGAUCUUGUGUUAAAUGUGGUAUAUGUAGUGUCCGUAUGUGUGUGUCGUAGGUAAGUGUGUUGCUGCCAUCAUCAGGCAGAAAUACAAAGCUGCAUUUAUGAGACCUUUCUCUUGCAAAACCUGGCUCAUUCACUGCCUUUUUUCUCCUGAAACACCAGAGGCUACCUUAUCCAGCUCUCAGAGAAACCCUUAACUUUCCUCACCCAAACUGCUGUAACAGUGUCCUUCUUUCCCUUUAAAAAUCUCAUUUUAUUCUCCCUCUUCUUUACUCUCAUCCUGUGGGUGACUCCUUCCCUUUACUGUACCUCAUAUCUCACUUCUCUUCUGUGCCUAAUCUGGAUUUUAAACUCACUUCUGUCAGCUCAAGCAAAGUGAAGCCAACGCUGACACCAAAGAGAAGCUCCCCCUGCGACUCCGGAUCUUUGAGAAGUUCCCCAACAGGCCUCAGAUGGUGAAGAUCUCCAAGCUCCCGUCUGACUUCACAGUGCCCAGGAUCAGGUAAACAGUUCAUUCAAACAGCGUUCAUUUUGUAGAUAUGCAUACAAAUCUAGAUGUCUGUCAUAACACAAUAAAGUGCAGUUGUGCGAUCAGCAUGAAACGAUUUGAACUGAGUGAGAGACAUUUUGGUCAAAAUGUGAGAGGUAUUUUUGAAAGAAAGAGAAUAACAAAUGAGUCAUUAGGGUGUGCAACAGUACCAAAAUACACUAUAUCAAGAGUCAAGCAUGGGUAAUAAAGAGUAUUAAAACAGCACAUUAACAGAGUGUACAGAUUGUUUUACCUGUAACUGUUGCCCGUAUAUGUACAGCGUAUAAGGUAUGAAGUAGAAAAGGAUUUUAGACCUGCUCCUCUCAUAGCUAACCAUUGAUAUUUUAAACAAAGUGUUUUUUUUGCUCUGAGGCAGCAGUGAAGAUUUAACUGUGCCAAAAGAAUGAAGCACAGUCAGAGAAAAACACUUAAAGCUUCAGUGGGUAAUGUUAUUUGAUUAGUUUUGGUUAAAGGUCCUGUGAGGAGUUUGACUGUUUCUAGAGAGUAUAUAUUUGAAAUCUGAAACCUCUCCUGCUAGGCAGUUUGUCCGAGGCAGUGAUUGAUGACAUGCUGCAACAUGAAGCUGCUAUUUUUUCAUUCUUUUUACAUCUGUGCAGCAAAGAUACUUGGUGAGUGAAACUUUUCAGUGUUACAAGAGAGCAGGGAAAAAUUCUUCUCUGUGAAACAUCACAACUCACAUAUGUAGGAGACUAUCAGCAAGCUGCCCAUUCCACAGGGGGUACCUCAAAUGAUUCAAACCAUAAGUUCCUGCCAGGAGCUUCAAAAUGUGAUAAUUUUAUAUCACAGACAGUGUUUCACUUUUAUGUCAUUUAAAGCUCCUGUGAGGAACUUUUGGUUUGAGUCAAUUUGUGUACGAGGCAGUUUGUGCUUACUUUGUCAGGCUUAUCCUUUAGUCUCACCCUGACUCUGACAGUCAAAUGUAUCAUUCAAUGUGAUUUUUUUUUUGUGUGUGUGUGUGGAAAUGGUACGCAACAGGGACACUUUUUUGCUCCUCUGCUGACACCAAUGCCUCACAUCACUUUCAGGCAUGCAAAAUAGCAAUAUCAAAUCAUCUAUCUUGUUGCUGCUGGUCGUAUUUGCUUUAGAUGUCAUGAAAAGACACCAGUAUACAUUUUAGUCAUAACAUCAAAAACUCCUCACUGGAGCUUUAAGUACAGUUAGGUCUGAUUUAUGUCUUUGAGUCAACAGCUUGAGAGAGACAAGAAAUAUUGAGACAGAGAGAGAGAAAGAGAGAGAGAGAAAGAGAGAGAGAGAGAGGGUAAUGACAUGCACUAAACCAUGCCAGGACAGAGAAUCAAUUCCUCAACAAGUAAGUACGAUGUGGACCACAGUGGCACCCAGUCCACCAGCUGAGCUGAACUGACACUCUCUUCUGGGGUAUGCACUGAUGGGCUUUUAGUGCGUCUGUCCCCUGAGUCCAAUAUAACUGUCUGAAUGGGAGUAACACCAGUUGGCAUGUUUGGAGCAUCAUUCAGUGGGACAGGCUUGGAGGAGGGUUAAGAGGCAUCAGAGGCAGAGGGAUAUUUUAUCAAGACGUUCACUUUACAUACUGAUGUUUUAAUACUACAUGUAUUUUUUAAAUGCAUAUUGAUCCAAAGUCUGUUGUACCACUAAGAAUCUAUCAAAGUAGAUGAUCUCAAGCUAUUACAGUUAGAUUGUUAAAAUUCAUGAUGUGAAAACGGUGUAUUUAUUUAAAGAAUCCUUUGGGAUGUACAAAAGAAUCCAAUUAUUUAUGAUUUAUGGACCAAAAACAGCACUUCUUUGAACAAAAGGCACAAACUUGUCUGUAAAAUGAGAAACCGUUUCCACUGUACUCAUAAAGACUUUGAACAGAAAAUCAAUGGAAGAAACAAAACAAUUGAACAUGGAGCAGCAAUUAUCUUUAACCCUUUCAGAGCUGGCACCAUUUGACAAACACUUUCCUCUGCAGUGACAUGAUGUGAUUGAUUGAAUAAAUGAAUAAAGACAAGUCAUUUUUGCUGCUAUAAUAGAUAAUUAUGAUUAGUAUCCUGUAAGGACUCCUUUUGUGUCUCCUUCAUUUUUUAGCAGGAGAGACUUACUGUGUCCAACAAAGUAGAGCCCAUAAUCAGUUUAAUCAUUUAGUUGCUGAUUAGUGCACAGCGAGGUACUUCACUCCCCCAGAAUUCCCCCUCCUCUGCAGCCCAUCUGCCGGGCCACUGCAGCAAGAGCCUCCCCUGACAUACUUUGCAGCAAGAAUAAUGCACCAAGAUGGUUUGGCAAGAUGAUCCAACUGUCGGCACUUCUAAUUUCUUUUAACACUUGGUUUAUUUCUGUUGGGAAGCAUGCAUUUUUAUUCAUUGCGUUGUAUGUGUGUAUAUUUUUUGUGGUGUCCUCUAGGGAGAGCUUUAUGAAGCAGUUCAUUGAUCGACAGCAGCAGGACACCAGCUGUUUGUUCCGGCGUCUCCCCUCUGCAUCAUCCUCCUCCUGUGACCACUCUAAACGCUCAGCCAUCGAAGACAACAAGUACAUCGACCAAAAGGUACUUUAAGGCACUUACGCUCUCUCUCACUAACACAAACAGAAAGUGGACAGGUUCUUGAUUAUUUGUUCUCAUCAGUUUAUGACUGAACACUGUUUACAGACACACCAUCUUUUUUCAUGAAAUCUAACUGAGAUUAUGGACAGUGUACCUCCCUUUCCUCUGUCAUCUGCACUGCUUUAAUUGCCACAUGCUGAGGUAAAGGCUAGUAAGCCAGCCAAUCACUGGGAUUCCAUUAAAGGUGGGGUAGGCAGGAUCUGAGGAAGUGCCAGUUUUUGGGAGAAAUCUUGAAUGUAAACACUACCCCUCCCAACCAGUUUUCCCCUCAGCUCCUCCUCUCCCCUCCGUCUCUGCUCCAGCAGACGCAAACAGAUGCUCCCUCUUGCUCGUACUGUUGCAGUUAAAUUCAAAUAUAAUGCAGAUAAAUACCUAAGAUAAUUACAAAUGGGGCCCAGUCAAUGUUAAAGUAAAAAGCAGUAGUGUUACUGUAGAUGCCAACAGACUACCAGCAAACACAAUGUUUGCAGGACGGCUACAACUAGAAUAAAGUGACAUACUCCAGGACCCAGGGUAAACAGUUAAGGUGCGCUACAGCAUGCAGCAGAUCCCAUUUUACAAGAAACACCUCUGUUACAGACAACGGGCUUACUUUGUUAAAGCAAUUUAUCUGUCUAGCAGGAGGUUACAGGGUCCGUAAGAUCCUGAAGCGUCCCCUAUCUACCCGGCUUUUUAGCUCCUGUCUGGUCUACCUCCAUUUUAGGCACCCGUUAUUCCGGCAAAGUCUCUGGUAUUUACUUCAUUUUCUUGCUUGUGUUGGCAGUCGUGGUCAAAGGAGGAUUCAGACCGUUUUCUGUACUUUCUGGUUGGUUUCUACUGUCUGAUAUUGUUGUACGCUAACUUUGUAUCGGGAGCAGCGUCCACCUCACAACCAAACUGGUUGGGGAAGGCAGGGAAUGGCUUUGUUUACAGUCAGAAAGAGCGGGCCACUCAAAAAAUGUAAAAUGUUGACUACACAGAUAUAACAGAACACUGCGACACCGUUAUAUUAGCAAGCGUCAUCAAUAACUAAUAGCUAUUGACUGAUAUUUAAAACUUUUUUGUAUAUACACCACGAAAAAAGAUGUUUCUUUAGCGGAAUCCUGCCUACCCAGCCUUUAAAACCAGGACUGCUUGGUCCACUUGAAACUAAUCCUGGUCUAAUCCUUCAAACAGUUCAGUACAUUUUGAGCAGUGUGAAAGUUAUUCCAGCUCUACUGCAGAGCUAUGGUAGUUAGUUUGAGGUGUUAAGCAAAGUGGACCAACUUACUGAAUUUUUUAAAGAGACGGAUCAUGAACAUAUUUAAACAAUCCAAGUUAAAACAAUCUGUUUAAUUUGUGUUUGAUGAAGUGAGCUCUGUUGGAUAAGGUUUUAACUCAUGAACUCACACUUUUGCCUCUUUCAGCUUCGCAGGUCUAUAUUCAGCAUCAGAGCUCGAAACCUACUAGAAAAAGAAACUACUAUCAAUAAAAUACUACGGUAAGAACAUGGCCACACUUAAGUAGGCACUUGUUUUGUAAUAUGCAAGUAAAACUGAGCGUAAUUGGGUUGAAUUGUGUUUCUCUUUUUACUUUUAGCGACAAAUAGCCCAGUUUAAAGCCGCAUGUGUCGGCACGUGGAGACUGCAACUUCACACAGCUCCUCAUUUAUGACCCUCAGUUGUUUGUGUUCUUUUAUUAUUAAUCAGGACAUCAUAAGAUUUGGGAUUGACACCAUCCUUGGAGACCUCAGCUAGAUGUGUUUAAUAUGCAUCAUCCAGAGUCAUGAAACACAUGCCAGCCUUUGUGUGGGUGAAAGCAAUAACGUGUGUGCAUAUUAGAUGAAGCUCUCCUGCAACAGCACUCAUACAUAUUGUUGUUUCUCUCUCUCUCUCAAACACACACACGCACACACAGACCCACUUCAGAGUCAUUUACUGUCACGGUGAGGUAAAUGGAUAAUUUGCUGUUCAGCAUGGCAGAGCUGGCACUAAGUGUAGAUUAGCUCGCCGGCACCAUGUCCAAUCUACCCCCCCUUCCCCCCGCUACUCCCCCUGUCUCUUAUUCAGUCAGUCUGAAAGAUAGACAGCGCAUCAGUAGUCAUAACACGUUCUGUCUGGCUCGCCGUUUGCCACACAAACACACAAUUGGGCCCACAAUCACACCUACACAGCCUAACACACACACACACACACACAUGCGCGGGCACUCAUGUAUGCUUACUUACUGCCAAUAAACAAGUAAUCACCCAGAGUCUCUCUAAUGAUUAAAGUACACACGCUGCUUGUGCCCACAGUGUCAUUAGCUCUGUUCUGGUACAUGACUCUGCUGUAGCCGGGACACACAGGGAUGCCCGCACACACACACUGACACAAAUACACACACUAACUAAUGGAAUGAUUGGAUCCUGACAGCCAGCUUCACCUCUCUUUGAGGUCAGAACGAGGAAAGACAAAUACAGCCUGUUUUUCAUAAACACGGUCCAGAUCCGUCUGCGUUCAGAUUACACCCUUAUAUUUUUCAUUAUACUGAUUAUAAAGAGAGAAAAAAAAGGUUUAUGUGUUUGUUUGUUUGUUUUUACAGAGCGUGUACCAGACAGCGCAUGCUAAGUGGUUCCUUUGAAGGCCAGCCAGCGAAAGAGCGCUCCAUACUCAGCGUGCAGCAUCACAUACGACAGGAGCGCAGGUCUGACAACAAUUAAACACGAGUACGAGAUAAUGCAACUUCUCUACCUCGAGAGUGGUUACUAUCUGCUUUUCGUUUCCACAGAUCCCUGAGACAUGGCUCCACCAGUCAGAGGAUCAGCAGAGGGAAGUCUCUGGAGACGCUCACCCAGGAUGUAAGAAUAUACACACAGAAACAAAAUGGGGGUCUUAAAUCUUUUAGGGGUCGGAAUCACUAGUGGCUCCACGAUACGAUGUUAUCACAAUACUUGGGCCACGAUACGAUAUUAUUGCGAUUUUUAACAUUUUGCAAUACAGUGAGUAUUGCGAUGCAAUUUUGCGAUUUAUAUUAUUUUUUCAACUGUUUAGCUAAUUUAGCAUUUGGCUUUCCUUCAUGUUUGUCGUAUUUACGCUGUAUUUUAUUUUCAUGUUGUACAGAUUUGUUGCACUGACUUUUUCCUGCUCUAUGAUGUCACCUCUGCCAACCUCACUGGACAAACAAUAGAUUUUCCGUUAUCAUAGAUUUGACUUCAUAUUAACAAUUAGUUUAAAAAAUCGAUACUUGGUAAAUGAGACGAUACUAUGUAUCACCAGACUAAAUAUUGCGAUACUACGUGUAUUGAUUUUUUUUUCCAUCCCUAGUAUCCUUAGAAAAUGGCUGUUUAAACUCUACCAGCAAGGUUUACUUUGUUUGAGUAUCUGCCGUAACAGGUGAUGAUUGAAAUUGGUGGGAGGAAAAAUGAAUAGUAAUGUCCUCUUUUAAACAGCAGAGGGCGUUAUCUUUCUUUGACUUCAGUUCAACAUCGCUACAUCUCAUACGUCUGUAGCCAAACAAAGGGGUACAAACAAAACAUCAGCAAGUGAAGAUUUUGCAGUUUAGGAUGCCCCGCCUGAGCCUCCUACACAUAUUGAUACCAGGACAGUAUUUUUAUUGAUAUAUUGUUAUUGUUAUUGAUAAACCAGGGGGUGCUCUCUCUUUCUCAACUCCUAGCAUGGGUGUUCCUGGUAGUGUCUCUUUAACACUCCCAUACCUGUUCACUUUGGUGAAAGUGUUUGUGUCCUUUCAAAAUAAAAGCUAGUCAAUCAUCAUAGCAGUCAAUCAAUACAUUUUCAAAUUGUUUCACUGUUUACUCUUAAAGUAUCUAGACUCUAGAUACUUUAAGAGUUAACAGUGAAACAAUUUCUAGAUUAUAGAGCAAUAAAUAGAUAAACCUUAAAAUCAAACUUUCCUAACUUUAUUGUCUUGUCUCUUUCCCAAGCAUUCCAGCACAGUGCGUUAUCGUAACGCACAGAGAGAAGACAGUGAGAUCAAGAUGAUCCAAGAGAAGAAGGAACAGGCGGAGAUGAAAAGGUAUGAUCACACAUGUGCGCCCAACAUCAGCCAAGAAGGUAGCCUUCAGUCCUCGUUUUAUGGUAGAUGUUUGGUGUGAUUUUUUGUCCAUAUCUCUGUUCCUUUAACUGAUCAGAAAAGUUCAGGAGGAGGAACUGAGAGAAAACCAUCCUUAUUUCGACAAGCCUCUCUUCAUUGUGGGCCGGGAGCACCGCUUCAGAAACUUCUGCAGGAUGAUUGUUAGGGCUCGCUUCAAUGCGUAAGUUGGUCUUGUUAGAUGGUAGUCUGUCUGAAUAUGUAUUUUUACUCUCAUGUAUCUCUGAGUGGCCUUCAGCAUUCAAUAACUAUGUAAAAAAACAAGCCACAUUUAUUUUUUUAUUACACCUGUCCAUAAUAUUUUCUUACAAACCUCCAGUCCCUCUAAAAACCCUUUUCUUUGUAUGAAUUCAUGUCCAGAUCCAAAACUGACCCCAUCACAGGAGCUGUGAAGAACACCAAAUACCACCAGCUGUAGUAAGUGUGAUGAAUUAUUGAUUCCUUCAUUCUCUAUUGAUCUCUUGGUUCUACAUGAGUGAAAUCCUCAUUAAUCCUGUAGCCAAAUGAUGUGUCUGUUGUCCUCCUCUAAAAAACAGUGGUGAGGAUUGAAAAUAGUGAAAGUGAAGAGCUGCGAAAUAGAUCUCACCCAUUAUGCAACCUGAUUGUAAUUCAGCCGAGCACAGGGGCUUAUUAUUAAAGUGAGAAAAAGUCCUUUUGUAUCAGGUAUCGCUGCAGCCAGGGGAUUUUUUUUACUGACUUCCCGCUGUAGAAAAGAUUGCUCUGCAUGCACAGAGACACACAAUUUAAUUCACUUUCACUCUCUGAUACCUCUCCUCACAUAUCCUCCUCUCACUUUGUCUGCCUCCCCCUCUUUCUCUUGAAUUAUCCUUGAGUAUGUGCUGCUUUGCAAGCCAAAUAUCUCCUAUGACCCACUUAAACCAAACAUGGUACUUUUCUCUGUGGAUUUAUUAAAAAAAAAUGUUCUCACGUGGCUCUGCAGUGAUCUUCUGGGCCUCGUCACCUACCUGGACUGGGUUAUGAUCGUGGUUACCAUCUGCUCCUGCAUCUCUAUGAUGUUUGAAUCACCUUUCACCCGGGUCAUGCAUGUUCCCACUCUGCAGGUAUUUUAAAAUAGUUUCAUGCUGAAGGAAUGCUGAGCGAGCAGAUGCACGAUGGCACAGGUGCAGCUAAUGCUCGUCCCCUCUGUUGCAGAUCGGGGAGUACGUGUUUGUGAUCUUCAUGAGCAUCGAGCUCAACCUGAAGAUCAUGGCGGACGGUCUGUUCUUCACCCCCACAGCUGUCAUCAGAGACUUCGGAGGAGUUAUGGACAUCUUUAUCUAUCUAGUGAGGAACCUGGUCAUAUAAAUACUGUUUAUUUAAUCAUAGUUUAAUGUAUAACUACAACAAAUUCACCUUUCUCCUUCUUCUCUCUUAGUGCUCAAGCAAACUCCUAACCAGGCCACACAUUAGCACAAAAUCAUGGAUUUAAUAGCUCUUAAUGGCUCUUUCUAGCUUAAUAAGAGCCAUUAAGUUAUUAUGAAAUUCAUUUCAUAGAGUUAGUUUUAAUUAUCCAUUUCAAUAAUUGAUUACAAAAUGUUCCGAACUGCAGUCCUAAUUCAAUAAAGUGAGUUGUUGUUGCAGAAAGGAGAGUAUGUCAACAACUCCUGAGGCUAGAUUUCUUGGUAAUAAAAAACAAACUUUUGUUCAGGUGAAGAAAUGCAGCCUGAUGCAGCAGAGGCAGAAACAUAAGCAAGUUUAAUUAAAGCCAGUCUUGUUUUUUUCCCUUUCUUUGCCUCUUUGUUUUGAUUUAAUAUUUGAAUCAGCUUCAGUGCCAUAUCGAGUCUAUUAGCAUGAAACUGAAGACAUAACAGCCGUGCCUCCAUCAGUGACAUUCCUGUAUCUGUUACUCAGUAGUAUUGAUAGUAAUGUGACCUGACUGAAUUUCCUCUCUAGGUGAGUCUGAUCUUUCUGUGCUGGCUGCCUCCUGACGUCCCUCCUGAGUCUGGGGCUCAGCUGCUGAUGAUGCUGCGCUGCCUGCGUCCGCUCAGGAUCUUCAAGCUGGUUCCCCAGAUGAGGAAGGUGGUGCGGGAGGUCCUCAAAGGGUUCAAGGAGAUUUUCCUGGUUAGUGGUCAAUCAUUAGAGCCUGUGCAAAAGAGAAUUUCCAAGUUUAUCCCACUUUUUUCUGGGUUCAAAAUUGCAGACAUCUGAUAUGAUUGCUGACCUUAUGAUAGGGAUAAAAUAUAGCAGGGGUGCUCAUAAGAAAACACUGUAAAUGGCAACUUGAAGAGGCAGUAUAAAGAAUUAUUACAUUUCACAUAGAAUGCCAAAAUGUUGUCAAGUAAUCAAACCUGACAUAUCAGUCAUUUACCCCGCUCAGUUUCUGCUCAUGUUUGAUUGGCUGUUGUGACAUGUUUCAAAUUUAGCUGGUUUUCACAUUUCAAAGUAUUGAUUUUUUUUCACAUUAUAAACUAUUUAUUUCUUCACCACAUUGGAACUGAAGAGGGAACUCAAAUAAGCACAUUAGAUUUGUGUUUGCUACUAUUAACAGAUGCCCUAGGCAAAAAUGUAAACAUGCAUUGACAGAGUUUUUCUCAUUACUUUUCAGUAAACCUCCAAGCACUAAAUUAAUGUGAUUGGAUAAAGUAAUAUUAGGUUCUAGGAUGGUCAUUUGAUUUUGUUUUCUGAUCUGGCAGGUUGUGAUUUGUGUAAUUUCCACCUUGUUGCUUUAAAAUGUUAAAUAGAGUUUAGGUAGACUGAUUGUGUUUCAAUUUAACAUGUUUUGAGAAACAGUUGUGAGAGAACAGAGAUGUGCUACAAACCCUGGCGUGCUCAGGGAAAAGGUGAACGAUGAAGUAUUCAUGAUUUAUAGUACACUGCUUAUAAACCAUGCAAAAAUACAAGCAGGAUUUGUGCACUGACGCAUCUUAUUCCCCUUUCUGCCAACCUUUUGCCUUUUCUAUCUUGGGUUUUAUGACAUUACGGGGAGCUUGCAGCAGUUAGUGAUUCUCCCUGUGUCUGAGCCGAGGUCUCUACAUCCACUGCAGUCUGACACCCUCAGCUCGCUCUGUAAUCUCUCAGGCUCGGAUUAUGUUGAACUGUGUGCCUUUAAACUCCUGAUUGAUUCUCUUGCAGGUUUCCAUUCUGCUCCUCACACUAAUGCUGGUGUUCGCAAGCUUCGGAGUUCAGCUGUUUGCAGGAAAGCUCGCCAAGUGCAACGACCCCCACAUCCUUAAACGGGUACAGCAAGAAACAUAAUCUCCUCACUAAACCAUCCCCUCCCAAAUGCACACUCCCUGUAGAGAAGCACAAGCUGAAUAAGUACAAGGGGUUUCCCCCAGACAAAUCAAUAAUCCAGAGGGUCCUUUUUAUCCUGCAUUUCUAACAAUAGUCAUUAUACUGCUCUCGCUUGCUGCAAGAGAGGCUUUUCCAUUUCAUGAGGACCCUGAGGGAGACUUCUUAUUGCUUUUUUUGCAUCUAUCCUCACUUACUGUAUUAUUCUCAUGUUCUCAGUAUUCAGAUUAGGUAGCGAACUGUUUAAGUUGUUUUCUCAAACACAGCAAGUAAACUACGUUACAGAAAGGAUCUUUUUCUAUUCCAAUUGUUCCCUUAUUCCGUGUUUUAUUUCCAACCUUUUGUUUGUAGGAUGAGUGUCACGGGAUAUUCCGGAUAAAUGUCAGUGUUUCCAAAAACCUCAACCUGAAACUGAAGCCUGGGGAGAAGAAACCCGGCUUCUGGGUGCCAAGAGUCUGGUAAAUAAUGUUUUUAUGGCAGCUUGAUUUAAAGUUAUUCUUCUGCAGAUGGAGAUUUAUGUUUCUGUUCUCUGUCCUCAGGGCCAACCCUCGUAAUUUUAACUUUGACAAUGUAGGGAACGCCAUGUUGGCCCUGUUUGAAGUGCUGUCGCUUAAAGGCUGGGUGGAAGUCCGGGAUGUCAUAAUUCACCGUGUUGGACCGGUACAAAGGCUUACCUUGGCUUAAAUUACCCUUCAUACAUUUUACUGUGAGAAGACUGGAACAUGUGAAAUUCUUCUUUGCUUUCAGAUCCACGGGAUCUACAUUCACGUCUUUGUGUUUCUGGGAUGUAUGAUUGGACUCACGCUGUUUGUUGGUGUCGUCAUUGCAAACUUUAAUGAGAACAAGGUAAGAAUUUAAAGGUUGUUUUUACUUUCAUAUGGUAAUUAUUAAACCGCAAAAGCAAAGAGGGAAGGCCAAAUUCAAAUGAAGUAACAUGGUAUUUAUCUGGACUCAAAUGAAUCUGUCGCAGUAAAACAUGUUGUGUCUCUUCUCACUAGGGCACUGCUCUCUUGACAGUCGACCAAAGACGAUGGGAGGAUCUGAAGAGCAGGCUGAAAAUAGCCCAACCUCUCCACCUGCCUCCACGCCCAGGUGCUCACAUCAAAAAUAAAUAAAUAACAGUAUAUCAGUCAGCAGAGCGCUUUAUAUUUUUCUAGCAGUGGAUGAUGCAAUAUUCACCUGGUUAUUAUCUGAAAUGUCCAGCUAAAGAAACCUUUUUGUAAAUAACGAGUUGAGGAUUUGUUCAUAAAACUUGAUUCACUUUCACAGCUGAGCCAACACUGAAAAAAAUCACUACAUCAGAUACUUUAUUGGCAAUCUGUUCUAUUUUCAAAAACAACCCCAGUACCACGCUCCAAAAUCCCACAGCCUGCAGAAAGCAGUGAUGAAAUUGUAGGGUUGUGAAAGUCAUGUUUUUUUUUUACCCCAUUCCCUGAGCGAUCAUGUGGUUUCUGUGUGGGAACAUCAACGUGUAGUAAAGUAGUACUUGGAUGAUUCAUCCAUAUUUGAUAGUCCGUGUUUUUUAUCCUUCAGGGACUCAACAUGAUCCCUUAAUGAUGACUUGCUCCACUAAUGAAAAAGCUGAUUUUAAGGACAGAUACCGCAGAUGACUCAGGCACUGAAUCAUGCAUGUUACCGCUUUCUGCACCGAGUUUAUGAGUGAAAUUUUUCAGAACUUAACACCAUGAAGCGGAGGUGAACGAUCAGCUUCAUGCAAACUAAACUAAACUAGAUGAAUGCUGACUUGACUGCAGUUUGUUACACCAUGUACUCUACAUUGCAAUCGAUCACCUUUCAACAUGGGAUUACGAUACAAUUACACUCUUGCUCUUCUCUCUGUGAUUAGAGCUGUGAGAAUAGUUUUAAGGGCCUCAGAGGCAUUGUGGGAAAUCGUCUGUUAGUACAGUUGAGGGCUGAGAACUAACAGAAAAUCAAUGGCUUCAGUUUUCGUCAGCAAUGCCGCUGACACCAGCAGUAUCAACCUGACUUUGAUCCACAUCCAAAGGCCCUCGGCACUGGCACCACUCACUCACUCUUGGCAGUUCAUUACAGCACCGAGCUGGACUUCCCUCACACAAUUCCACUCAAAGUAUUCGCAACAAUCGUCCCUGUGGUCAACAGUCAUGCUUCAUCACAGAGUCGGUUGUUAAAUUUCUAUCUCAUGUUGAUUAGAUAGAAGUGGAUAAAACAUCUUUAAAUUCAAAGACAAACUGUUGACACAUGACCAAAGAAAAGUCUGAGUGUAGAAACAUUUGGUCGAGUUAGUUUGGGCUUCAUUAAUGGCCAAUCACAUCAGCUCCCUCAACCCCUUAGUAAAGCUACUGCACUCUCCUAAUGGCCUUAAGAAAAGACUUCAUCUCCUGUCUGUGAGAUUGAUUUCUGUUUAAGGAGACACGGAAACACAGAGUCGCCUUUUAAGCCACUAACAUUAUUGUGUAGUGAGUUAAAAUCAAAGGCACCUUCGCUCCUAAAGUGAUGUUAUUACAACUCAUCUUGACAUAAAGGCGUUUAAAUGUGUAUCUAUGUUUAAACCUGCAGCACAUUUAAGAGCUUUCACACUGACGAGGACACUCAAACAAUGCAAGAGUGCCAUCUGCAGGACAGUUUAAGACAUUACCACAGACCCAAGCGUCAGUUGAAUCACAGAGCGCACUUCAGACAAAUAGAUCCAACCCAGACAGCAGAAUAAUGUUCGAUUAAUCACAGAUUUUUUCUGUCAAAGUCAUAAAGUUUGAACACAUCACUCGUCUUUCACCUCCCUGACAGAAAAUGGAGGUUUCCGAGCCAAAAUGUACGACAUCACUCAACACCCCUUCUUCAAACGAGGCAUCGCUGUGCUGGUGUUAGCUCAGUCAGUGCUGCUGUCCGUAAAGGUACAGUCCCACCUAUUUUACAGUUUUAAUGAGCUUUUUAUUCAUUAUUCUUCCUGCAGAUUUAUCCGUCUUUAAACUGGUAGGUAGAAACAUGAGCAAUAUUACCUAUUUGGCUCUUUGUGCUUCUUAUGACUGAUUUGAAAAUGUUAUCACUGACAUUCAAAUUGCUAAUCAGACUAGCUCCUGCUUAUCUCUCAGACCCAAUUGUUUAUCAAGGACACGCAAAUCUUCAGACCAGUUUCUUCUGGGUGUCCUGAGGUCCAAAUUGAAGCUCAGGAGGCAUUGAGACUUUUCAGGUGCAGCUCCAAAGCUCUGAAAUCCUUUGCCCCCAUAUGUUGGGCUGUCUUCCUCACUGACUAUUUUUAAAUCAAACCUCAAAACACACUUUUACUUUUACUUUUAGAUAUAUUUUAAGGGAAUAAAAACAUCUUCUCUUAGGGCAAUACAGUAGGAAUGAGCUUUUUCAUGAUAAGCAAACUGAACAUUUGUCAGUAUUUAAUCUGUCAGAUGGACACAAUGCAAACUGCUCCCUCACGUGUUUGAAUCUGUCCUUUUUUAGUGGGAUGUAGAUGACCAGGUCACGUUUCCUCUGGCCACCAUGUCAGUCGUCUUCACUUUUAUAUUUGUACUGGAGGUGAGCCUGUGAUCCUUUCCUCUUACGCAUUUGUUUCAAGGUUUUAUUGUUUAUUCUUGAUUUAGAAACCUGUCUUAUCUAACCUGUUUGUGUUGUUACCCAGGUGACCAUGAAGCUGAUCGCCAUGUCUCCCGCCGGAUAUUGGCAAAGCAGACGGAAUCGCUAUGACCUUCUGGUGACAUCACUGGGUGUCAUCUGGAUCGUCCUCCACUUCUCAUUACUGGUUAGACAAAUCACUCUCACAGUAAACAGAUAGUUUUUGUGUUUUUGAAGAAGAGUUGUGCAAGUAUAAAUGUUUUCAGGCAUGCACAAAGUUCCUGACAAUUCCCCAGAAUUACCCCGAUGGGCUGUAUGUGUAAACACAAACAAUUUCACCAGACUUUACCCAGAAUAUUUCCAGCUAGGACUCCAGUAUUAUUUCAGCUCUUGUGAUACACAGCAGCAAAUCUUCCAGUGAAUUCAGCAGGUGUUCUGGCUCGUUUGGCUGCUGGUUUAAGGUGCUGCUACUUCCUUGAAUUAGACGAGUUUUGCUGUUUGAUUUGAUCACAUCUGCAGUUUAAAAAUAAAACAUAAAAACUAUUCCUCCAAGGAAACAGUGAAGGAUUGUUUUUCAUGUAAAUGUCAACCCUAACGUUUCUCCCCUUUAGAACGCUUAUACCUACAUGAUGGGGACAUGUGUGAUUGUCUUCAGAUUCUUCACAAUAUGUGGGAAGCAUGUGAGUAAAUUUCACUUUAAAAAUAAAUAGAUUUAUACUCCAUCAUAAGGAUAUACUUCUGAAUGUGUUUGUGUCUUUAUGUGAUGAACAUAGGUGACUCUGAAGAUGCUCCUCCUCACUGUGGUCGUCAGCAUGUACAAGAGCUUCUUCAUCAUCGUGGGCAUGUUCCUGCUUCUGCUCUGUUAUGCAUUUGCAGGUGUUGUUCUCUUUGGGACUGUUAAAUAUGGAGAGAACAUCAACAGGUAAGGUUCAAAUGUUCUCCUGCCUCUCCUGCCGGUAGACAGUGGUAAAUUUAUGCAGUGGAAGUAGAAAUACAUAUUAGCAGAGUUGUCUGAUUCUCCUUUUGUCCUCCAGGCACGCAAACUUCUCCACAGCUGGCAAAGCAAUCACCGUUCUCUUCCGUAUCGUCACAGGGGAAGAUUGGAAUAAAAUCAUGCAUGACUGCAUGGUAAGAUGAGCUGCAGGUUUAGCAAACAUCCCGACAGCAAACAAGCAGAUCAUUUUGUUUCAGUUGUGAAUACACUUUUUUACUCUUUUUUUAUUUGGUAUUUUAUUUUGAAAGAGUCGCCCUUCCUCAGUUUUUGCAGCAGCCCCACCUUAGAGCAGGUUUUUGUUUCUGAUACUUAAAGCAAAAUUAACAAUAACCCCCAGUUGUUUUGUGUUCCUCGCAGACUUCACUGUCAGCAGUUUUAUAACCUCAAUGAAAACUGCUUACGUACAUUACAUUACAUAACAUUACAGUAAAAUUUUGAUACAUAAGGAUGCGUCGAACACUGAUUUGAAUGAGGUACUGUUUUUCCUGUCCCCCCAGGUGCAAGCCCCGUUCUGCACCCCAGACAAACAUCGCUACUGGGAGACUGACUGUGGCAACUAUGCAGGAGCACUGAUUUACUUCUGCUCCUUCUAUGUGAUCAUAGCCUACAUCAUGCUCAACCUGCUCGUAGGUCAGUGUGUGUUUAAUCCCUUAAAGAGGACGAGUCUUGUUACACAGUGAUGGAGCUCACCUUCAUUUUAAGGACAAAAAGCAAGUUUACAUUACAGCUCAAUUAAAUUUUAUGGCUAAAACUUUUAGUGAGGUUUGGGUAAUUUUCCAGUCAAUGAAACAUCCCUAAGUGUCAAAAAAAAGUGUGUGCAUACAUAAAAAUGAGUCGGGAGAUUAGGGACCUUGGGCUUCGGCAACAGCGACAACUCUAUUUCAUUUUUUGUCUCAUGUUUCGCAACACUGCACAACUCAUAAAGCACACUUAUGUCUAGUUUUGUCUUCUCUCCAAAGAGACUACGGAGUGAGUUUAGUCUAUUAAAGCUCAUUAUCGGCACAACGAUCAAACUUCCUCAUGCAGAAAAUAUUACUUCAUUUUCACAUCAGAGACUACAAGACACAAGGAAGGGAGGUAUGCACAAUGACAAGGCAGAAAAAUAAAAAAGAUGAACACUUAUAGCACAGAAGGAAUCAAAAAGAAACCAAAGCACCCAUGUACAACUCUUUAAAUCUUACCUGUGUAACUUGUCCUCUGGUUUUGUGGACUCUUUGUAUCAAUCAUUCUUGUAUGGGUCGUAAUUUUGUUCAGAGAGAGGCAGAUGGUGAGGCAUAAACCACAGACACUUACCGUGAUUUGAGAGCCAUCUCUGACCUUUUGCAAAGAAUGCUGUGAAGAAUGAAGGGCUUAAAAAGUCACAGACUCCAAAGUGGCUGCGCAUGAAAAAUUGAAGAGGAGUUAGGGUGAUUAUGUGAGAAUAAAAGGAAAUCCAGAAGAAGAGAGUCAAAGGACUUAUUUGUUUGUUUUUGAUCAUUGACAGAUUGUCACUGUGUCUGUCUGUAAAUACACUGUCUUUCAAUCAAAGCCUCCCGUACCUGUUAACAUGAUUACAAACACCAACUUACUCUUGGUUACUAUGGGUUUAUGUCAGGGUGGAACAAAGUAGUUUAGAGAAGACUAAGGUGGGUUAUGAAAGAGUUGUUUAGGGUGAUACAGAGUAGUGUAAAACAGACUUUGGUAAGGUAGAAAACCAGAUGGUAGAAGAGAGUAGGAUAGAGUUAUACAGGGUAGAUAGAACAGACCCACUGAGAAAUUUUUGGUCUAAAAGAGGUCUUAUAGACAUCUAAAUGUAGCCUAGACAACUGGUCUAAAAUCAGGCUACCACAGGUCUAAAAAUGAAAGUUUUGUAGACGUCUAAAUUUAGACCAAGUUUAGACCAAGUCUAAGUCUGGGUUAUAUCUAUACUGUGGAUUUAUGUAUCUACACUGUCUAUUGCUCAACAGCUAUCAUAAUUAUUUUAGAUCAGUUAUGCAACUCACAGUUGCUUCUUGAAAUAAAUAGUCAUCGAACAACGGGUUAAAGUGCAACGUCUGAACUCUGUCUAAAAAUAUACAAAAUCUAGAUUCUUGAAGACGGUGAUAUUCAGGAUUAACUUCAAGGUUCUUGUUUUUGUAUAUAGAGCUCUGCGUGGUCAGGCCCCAGAAUAUAUUGCUGACCUGCUUCACCCCUACAUUCCGAGUAGGUCACUCAGGUCUGCUGACCAGGGCUUGCUAGUUGUCCCUCAAACUCAUCGAAAAACAAGAGGUGACCACGCUUUUGAAGUGAUGGCUCCAACACUGUGGAACAAUUUACCUGCUGAUUUUCCUUCAGCUGUUUCCAUUGUCACUUUUAAAAAGCUUUUAAAGACUCACUUAUUUAAACAGGCCUUUACCUCCCCCAGUUUUAACUAAUGCUCUAUUUAUGCCAUUGUUUUUUUAUUGUUCUUUGAUUUUACUUGAUGUUUAUGAUUGUAGUUUGAUUCUUUUACUGUGAGGCACUUAGGGAAUCUUUUCUGUGAAAGGUGCUUUACUAAAUAAAUUUUACUUUCUUACUUCCUUGAAAUUAGGUCUGAAAAAAAUCACUAGACGUCUAAUAGCUGUCUAUUGCUCAGUGGGGAGUAGAGUAACACAAGGUGAAGGGAGGUAGAGGAGGGCAGGAUGGUAAGGACAGUGUAGGGUAGGGUAGUACAAAAAUAGAGUCGGGUGAAACACAGUAAGGUAGGGUAAUACAAGUAGGAUCAAGUAAAGCAGGGGAGGGAAAGGUAGAGUAAGGUUGGAUAAAGUUUGAAAAAUUAAUUUCAUUAUUCCAACGGUCUGUUUCAGUUAAUUUGACACUCUGAAAAUAUGUGUUCACUCUCCAUGUGCCCAGGCUGUCCACCUACAACUGCACAACACUUGAAUCACUUUUACGCAAAGAAAAGUUGAUACACCCCAAGAGAAACUUGCUGUGCAGUUAUAUGUCUCUUUCUAUCGCCACAGCCAUCAUUGUGGAGAACUUCUCCCUCUUCUACUCCACGGAGGAGGACCAGCUGCUGAGCUAUAAUGACCUGAGGCACUUUCAGAUCAUCUGGAACAUGGUGGAUGACAAACGGGAGGUGAGAAAUUAGCAAUAGGAAGAGAGAUGAGGACACAGCAGAGGGGAGAGGGUGACGAUCUUAAAGCCACUCGCAGAGGACAAUAAAGAAAAGUUAAAAGAGGAAAGUGAGCUAAUGAGAAGGCCUGGAGGAAAUAAGUAAUGCUCUGAGUUAUAGGAGGAGAAGUAAUUGGGGUAACAGUAAAAUGUAAGACCCCCCUUCCAUUAUGUUAUUUGACUGCUCUAUAGGCUUCUCUUCAAUUAAGGCGAGCUGAAUAAUGGGAGAUGCAUCCAGCCUAAGCUUUGGUUUGAUACCCCAUACAAUAAAAGGUUUUACUCUCAGGAAUAGAAAUCAUCUUUAUUUAGAAGUUUUCCCAAAGCCCUUUAAAGCCUCUUAGUGAUGCCGUUUUUUUUUUUCUUGUUUAUUCAGCUCAACCCAACUAAAAUUAGUAAUAUAGCCUCUUUAAUACAUACAAAAAUUCAGCCAGAUGGAGCAUAAAAAAAGAAUUGACUGGAAAAUAUAUAUAUAAAAGAAAGAAAAAGAAGGGGUAACCGAAUGAUUUAAAAAUGGUUAAAGCAGAAAAUAGCUGAAAUUAAAAAAAAGUUAAACUAUUAUAGAAACAUUGAUGAUAAAGCAAACCAAGGCUAUUUUAUAACCUGAUUUAGUUUAAUAUGUCGGGUUCAAGCCUAAUUAUACCUAUAAAAUUUAGUAAGUUAAAUAAAAAGGCAAAAAUAUUUGGUAACACUUUAUAAUAACCAUCCAUUAUAACUAGUUAAUAGAUCAUUAGUAAACUGUUUAUUAAUGAGUUAUUAAUGACUUCUUAAGUGUUGUAAACAGUUUGUUAAGUAUAUAUAACAAUGCCUACAGAUAAUAAUAUAUAAUUGAUAAACUGUUAAUUAAUGAGUUAUAAAUGACUUAAUAACUGUUUUUUAAUGAUUUAUAACUAUACCUUAUACAUUAGUAAUAGAUCAUAAACAAGGUAUUAGUAAAUUACUUACUAAUGACUAGUUAAGUAUCAGUUAAUAGUUCAUAGAUGUUAUUAGGACGUUAUUCCGGAGUUGCAACCAUUCCUCAUUUAUUAACUGUUAGUAAACGAGGAAUAGUUGCAACUUUAGAAUAAUGGAUAGGUAUUAUAAAGUGUUCCCAAAUCUUGUUUUUCAUAUAAAUUUAUCUAUUGAAUUUUGAAUACAAGGACUUUUCCAAACAUUUCAGCCUAAGACCCCUUAAAAAUAGUACCAGGUACCCCUGCUAUCCAUUGAGGUGGCCAAACAUUCUCACUGCUGCACGAAUCAACAGGCCAUUUUAAGAACAGGUGUGAGAAAAACACAAAAUGCACAAAAAAAUAAUAAUUCAAAAUUAAUUAAAGGUUCCUGUGAGCGACUUUCUGUAUGUGUUGACUUUGGCGCCCCCCUAUGGAAACCCUCAUGGUUGUUGAUUACAGCUGGAAACUCUUAUAGAGGCAAGGCUGGUUGAAGAUGAACAUAUAGUUAUGGUCUUUUCCUGUUCAUUCCGAGCUCCAUGAAUAUAAAUCUUCUCUCCUAUGACUGUUUCUCCAGGGUGUCAUCCCCACAUCCAGGGCAAAGUUCCUGCUCCGCCUGCUCAGAGGCAGACUGGAGGUGGAUUUAGACAAAGACAAGCUGCUGUUCAAACACAUGUGUUAUGAGAUGGAGCGACUGCACAGCGGAGGAGAUGUGACCUUCCAUGAUGUGCUCAGGUGACCACGAAAAGCCUCAUACACACUUAACCUGCACUUAUGAGAACUCAAGGACCCACCGCGGCUAAGACCAUGUUGCAUCCAUAUUUAACUACACCCUCAUGUCUUGUCGAAAGUAACUGGAAAUGGAUAAAUCUCAUGUGUGAAAUCACUUCCUGCUAAGAAUCAAGAGGUUUUAUUAGUCCAGAUUCUCUCCACCUUGGGUUCCCCUCAUGAGUAGUUUCAUGUGAGUAGUUUCAUAGUCAUUAUACCUGGUGUUUUGGGGGUUUAGAGCUCUUUCAGCUCAAGUUAGAUUGGUACACUGUUAACUUGUACAGCUUGUGUAAGGGCCUACUUCCAUUUAGUGCCCUGCUUCUACUGAAUUUAAUUGAAGCAGAAAAAGAAACCCCUCUAAAUCUGUCCUUUUUUUGUGUCUGAGUGCAGCAUGCUGUCGUAUCGUUCAGUGGACAUUAGAAAGUCUCUCCAGCUAGAGGAGCUGUUGGCCAGGGAACAGUUGGAGUACACCAUCGAAGAAGAGGUCGCCAAGCAGACCAUACGCAUGUGGCUCAAGAAGUGCCUCAAACGCAUCCGAGCGGUUUGUCUCUAAACAGACGACACAAAUACACGCCCCGAGAUGUUUUAACUGUGUGUGCAGUGCCACAUACUGACCACACGUGUCCCUGUGCUCUUGCAGAAGCAGCAGUCAUUUAGCAUCAUCCACAGCCUGAGAGAGAGCCAGCAGCAGGAGCUCAGCCGCUUACUCAACCCCCCCAGCAUAGAGACCACGGUGCCAAGCGAAGACCACAAUGCUAACAACCCAGACAACCCCUCCCAGCCUGAGGUAAAGCCCCGCACAGUCAUACACACACUCACACAUCCUCACAGCUUGAUAUAUAGCAGGCAUGUCAUAGGAUCUGCAGGUGUGCGGUCACACUGCCGAAACAAAGGAUGUGUCUUGUUUGUUUAGAUGAGUGGUCUCCAGCAGCUCCUGAGCCCCACGUUGUCAGACAGAGGAGGCUACAGACAGGACUCUUCAGACCUGGGGAGACCACAGAGGAAGCUGGGACAGUGGCGGCUGCCUGCAGGUGUGUACGACUCUAUAAAACGUCUGCUGCAAAGAGGCACAGCUUGUAGUUUUAUUAACCUGAUUUUGAACAUGAAAGAAAUCUUUUCCACCUGCACUUGACUCAGAAACACAGAUAAACGAUCACAAAAGUGGUCUGACCAAGAACUAAGCACCAAAGUAGAGCCUGACUGAUAUACCAGAUGAUAUCGGCCAAUGACAGGUACAUUGGUAUGCAUUAUUAACUCAUUACUUGGCAGAAAAUCAUGUAUGUGGUGGAAAAGGCCUUGUUAAGUAUUUUUUAUUUAAGUGUGCCCCAGCUGAAUUACCCAGACUGCAUUUAUUCAUAUUAAUAAAAAUGGCAUUUAACUAUUCAUAUGGAUCAAAACUGGAGAAACAUUUAAACUACAAAUUUUCUGACUUCCUGCUCAAAUCUUUUUGGCUACUUACAUUAAUUUGGUUUUAGACAGAGCCUUUGCGGUCACCACAGGUAACCAACACACUUCUUCCUCCUCUAAUAUAACCUGCGGUGUGCCACAAGGAUCAGUUUUAGGUCCACUUUUGUUCUCCAUUAAUUUGCUUCCAAUUGUCACAGUUAAUCUUUCCAUUGUUAGGCAGAUGAAACACAGUUAUACGAUAUGCUGAGACCUGGUGAUUCAAGAAGCCAAGAUGCUGUCUCUGAGUGUCGUAGUUAAAUGUUGGAUGGCUCAAAGUUUCCUUCAGCUAAAUGACUCUUAUCGUCAUAUGCUUGAAUUAGCCAAACUCCUUCAUUUUACAGAUAGAAAACUCCCUCUGUCUGUUUUACUCAAACAUCACAUCAACAGAAUUUUGUAUCCUUGUUGAUUGAGGUAUAAAAAUACCCAUGUAGAAAUGCAGAAUUUCAGUUCUGAAUUGUUUCUUUCUCAAGUCUGUAGUUUUCCUCCUUUUAAAAUCAGCGUCUGUUAAGAAAUAAAGAAAUGCAGACCCAAACUGUGAAUUCUGUGUUGUUCAUGUGUCAGGUCGCACAAGCGUCAAGUCCAUCGUGUGCAAGAUGAACCCCGUCAACGACGAGGCAUCUUCAGGGUCAGAGGUGAAGAAGUGGUGGACCCGCCAGCUGACAGUGGAGAGCGACGAGAGCGGGGACGACCUCAUCGACAUUUAGAGGAUGGAGCUCAGUGCAUCCUGACGAUUUUUUACAGAUUACAGGAGAAACUUUCUGGUUGUCUGGAAGUGGUUUCAUUUUCUUCUUGCUGAUCAGUGAAACAGUGCUUUUUAACAAUCUUUUUUUUAUUCAGGUUCAGAACUGUUCAGUGUGUCAUGCUAUACAUGCUAUAGAUGAUACUUUAAUUUCGCAGCCUUUUUGAAGUGCAGCAGUAUCUCAUACCUCUUAGCUAGGUAGUUUUUUUCUCUGUGAUUUUCACUCCUUAUAAUUGCUGAGUGCAGUAUUUCUAUGCAGACACAUAUAUGUUGAUCAAGUAAAUCAAAGCAGAAAGGGACACGUUGCAAAGAAGCUGCUUCUGUUUGUGUUUUCUACUGUUCUGCUGUUUCAUGUGAGUUUCAGUCAAGUUUGUUGUGUUGUUGCACCCAAAAUAACUCGGUGCUGUCUCUUCUUUGUUCUUCGGUUUCUGUCAGUGUUUUUAAAAGAGUCUACAGUAUUUAUUGUCUAAAUGUUGAAUUUCAUAGAGUCACUUUAUACUUCAGGCAGGCCUCUUGUUCUCACUGGUGGAACAAGCAAAUUCAAGCAACUUUUAGAUUGAUGACUGUGAAUGUAAAUGAAAGUCAAAUCUACUUUGUGAAUUUGUGUGGAGGUAAAACAUAAAAUAUUUUGUAAAUUAUUAUAAAUUAUGAACUUUAUUAAGAACUGGUUAUUCUAAUAAAGGCCUACAGUGUUAGGCACUUAUGAGAAAA